GAGCAGUCGUGCAUUCCCCGCCUCGCCUCGGGUGUAGGGAUUGCAAAAAAACAAAACUACACUGUCAAGACUGUGUAGUUUUGUUUUUAUGAUUAGAGGCUCUUCAAUUCUCAUGCUGGGAUUGUCUAAAAAAAUCUUACUCUGGAUAAGGACGUCGUUCAAGAAGAUUUCGUUGGGCUUAGCCCACUCUUGCAGGCACUUUGAGAGAUCAGAGUGCCUGUAAAGAUGACGACGAAAGCACCAACAUUUACACAGCCGUUACAAAGUGUUGUGGCACUGGAGGGUAGUGCCGCAACCUUUGAGGCUCAUAUUAGUGGUUUCCCAGUUCCUGAGGUGAACUGGUUUCGGGAUGGCCAGGUUCUCUCUGCUGCAACUCUGCCCGGUGUGCAGAUCUCGUUUAGUGAUGGCCGCGCUAGACUGGUGAUCCCCACCGUGACAGAAGCCAACAGCGGGAGAUACACUGUGCAAGCCACCAAUGGAUCUGGGCAAGCGACUAGUACUGCUGAGCUGCUUGUCACAGCUGCAACAGCACCACCAAACUUCUCACAACGACUACAGAGCAUGACUGCAAGACAGGGAAGUCAAGUUCGACUUGACGUGAGAGUGACUGGAAUCCCUACACCUGUGGUGAAGUUCUAUCGGGAUGGAGUAGAAAUUAAAAGUUCCCCCGAUUUUAAAAUUUUACAAGAAGGAGACCUUUACAGCUUAAUAAUUGCAGAAGCAUAUCCUGAAGACUCCGGCACCUAUUCCGUAAAUGCCACAAAUAGUGUGGGACGUGCUACUUCAACAGCUGAAUUGCUAAUUCAAGGCGAGGAAGAAGCCGUUCCUGCUAAAAAGACAAAGACAAUUGUUUCGACUGCUCAGAUUUCACAAACAAGACAAGCCAGAAUUGAAAAGAAGACUGAAGCCCACUUUGAUGCCAGAUCACUUACAAGUGUUGAAAUGAUUAUAGAAGGUGCAACCACCCAACAGCUCCCACACAAGGCACCUCCACGAAUGCCUCCUAGACCUACAUCCAAAUCACCAACCCCGACAACUGCUGCAAAAGCACAAAUGGCACGACAGCAAUCACCGUCGCCCGUUAGACAAUCACCAUCACCUGUAAGACAUGUCAGAGCACCAACACCUUCACCAGUAAGGUCAGUUUCUCCUGCUGGGAGAAUCUCCACGUCACCUAUCAGACCAGUGAAAUCUCCAUCUCCAAUCCGUAAACCACACGUAGUGACAACAGCUGGGGCUGAUGUCCUUCCUCCUUGGAAGCAGGAAGGAUAUGCUGGAACCAUGGAAGCCCAGAUGAAGGAAACAAGAGUAUCUACAAGCACUACCCAAGUCACUGAAGAAAGAUGGGAAGGGAGAUACGGGGCCCAAGAACAAGUUACUGUUACUGGCGCUGCUGCUGGUGAGGUGGCCACUGGUGCUAGAGAGGUGAGAAAGGACAGUGAAAAAACAGCAGCUAUUGCUACAGUUGUUGCUGCUGUGGAUCAAGCCAUGGUGAGAGAACCAGCUCCAGGUGUUGCAGAGCAAACUGCUAAAAGGACAGCAAUGACUGCGGUCCACGUUCAGCCUGUUCAUGAGCAGAUGAAAAAGGAGGCAAUGGUAGUAGUUACCAGUGAUAAAGCCACAAAACAAACAGUGAUAUCAAGAACUAGAGAAGGAAUUGUAACUUCACAAGAACAAAGACACAUCUCUCCUGAAAAGGUGAGAAAAGAACCAGAGAAAACUCCAGUACCGACAGUAAUAAUUGCCACAGACAAAGCCAAAGAACAAGAAAGAAUAGCAAGAGCUAGAGAAGAAAUAUCUACCAGACAUGAACAAGUGCACAUUGCUCAUGAACAGAUAAGAAGGGAAGAAAUGAAACCUUCAGUACCUAAAGUAGUAAUUACUACUGAUAAACCUAAAGCACCGGUCAUAAUAUCGAAAAGUAAAGAAAGAGUUGCCACCAAACAAGAACAAGUGAGCAUAACACGUGAAAAGACUCAAGCUGGAAAAAAGGCUGAAGCUGUAGCUACAGUCGUUGCAGCAGUUGAUCAGGCACGUGUUCGAUCACCCUGGCAACCAGAACAAGCAGAUGAAGCUUAUGUAAAGGAGAAAACUUUGGAAUAUGGUUAUAAAGAGCGCACUGUAACAGACCGUGGUCCUGAGGUCCCAGCAGAACGUCAUGUUGUCACCAAAGAAGUCAAAACAGUCUAUGUUCCUCCUGAGAAACAUAUCUCAACUCCUGAAAAGCAGGAAGUUCAUAUAUCAAAAGAGAUAAAAAGAACAACAGAGCUUGAGAAAACAAUUCACGUUGAACCGCCACGGCCUCGCACGGCAAGUCCUCACUUCACGGUCUCCCGAGUUGCUGUUCCUAAACCAGAUCAUACGUAUGAGGUUUCAAUAGCUGGAACUGCCAUGGCUACUCUGGAGAAAGAGCUGUCAGCUACUUCUGCCGUGCAAAAGAUCACCAAGCCUGUGAAACCACCUCAGCUAAAGCCUCAUGAAGUCAGGACAAAAGCAGAGCCAGUUGCCCCUCCACAGUUUCCCUUUGGAGAGGCUGCGGAGACAUACAAGAGUCACUAUGAUGUUGAGACUAAAAAGGAGACAAGCAUUAAAAGUGAAGCAGUGAGGACAGAACACUUGAUGCUGCAUAAAGAAGGUGAAGCAAAGGUGACAGAAACUGCCAGAGUUCCUGUACCUGCAGAAAUCCCUGCUACACCACCCACCUUAGUCUCAGGCCUCAAAAAUAAGACUGUGACUGAAGGUGAGUCUGUGACUCUGGAGUGCCAAAUAUCUGGUCAUCCUCAGCCUACAGUGACGUGGUACAGGGAAGACUACAAAAUUGAGAGCUCAAUGGACUUCCAGAUCACUUUCAAAGCAGGACUUGCUCGCCUUGUGAUUCGUGAAGCCUUUGCAGAGGACAGUGGAAGAUUUACCUGCACUGCCACCAAUAAGGCUGGGAGUGUCAGCACUUCCUGCCACUUACAUGUGAAAGUUACUGAAGAAACUGAGACUCGAGAAACCAUUUCUGAGAAGGCUGUUACAGAAGAGAAACGCUAUGUGGAGACAAAGGACAUUGUAAUGGAAGAUGUCUCUGCUGCAGCAGAGGAAGUAUCGGGAGAACCCAUACCUCCUUUCUUCAUAAGAAAACCCAUGGUACAUAAAUUAAUUGAAGGUGGGAGCAUUAUUUUUGAAUGCCAAGUAGGGGGCAACCCAAAGCCACAUGUCUACUGGAAAAAAGGUGGAGUUCCUCUCACGACUGGCUACAGAUACAAAGUGAGUUACAAAAAAGAAACCGGGGAAUGCAAACUUGAAAUUUCCAUGACUUUUGCCGAUGAUGCCGGAGAAUACACUAUUGUUGUUCGUAAUAAUCUUGGAGAAGCUUCUGCAACGGUCUCCUUACUAGAAGAAGCUGAUUACGAAGCCUACAUAAAAUCGCAACAAGAAAUGAUGUACCAAACUCAAAUGACUGCAUACGUACAGGAACCUAAAGUGGCUGAGGUAGCCCCACCCAUUUCCUAUGGCGACUUUGAAAAAGAGUAUGAGAAAGAACAAGCUCUAAUUAGGAAGAAAAUGGCAAAAGAUACAGUGAUGGUCAGAACUUUUGUGGAAGAUGAGGAAUUCCAUAUUUCUUCUUUUGAAGAAAGACUUAUCAAGGAAAUUGAACUCAGAAUUAUUAAGACUACCUUACAUGAACUUCUCGAAGAAGAUGGAGAGGAGAUGAUGGUUGAUAUUUCUGAAUCUGAAGCUGUAGAAGCAGGAUUCGAUUUAAGAUUAAAGAACUACAGAACCUUUGAAGGGACAGGAGUUACCUUCCAUUGCAAGACAUCUGGAUAUCCAUUGCCAAAGGUGGCAUGGUAUAAGGAUGGCAAACGUAUAAGACAUGGAGAGCGCUACCACAUGGAACUGCUGCAAGAUGGCAGCGCCACUCUGCGAUUACCUGUUGUUUUACCUGAAGAUGAAGGAAUUUAUACUGUCUUUGCUAGUAAUAUGAAAGGAAAUGCCAUUUGCUCAGCAAAACUCUAUGUUGAGCCAGUUGCACCUACAGCAACUCCAGGUUAUAUGCCAGGACCUGAAGUUAUGAGAAGAUAUAGGUCUAUCUCUCCACGGUCUCCAAGCCGGUCUCCUGCCCGCAGCUCUCCUUCUCGUUCUCCUGCCCGGAGAUUAGAAGAAACUGAUGAAGGGCAACUAGAGAGACUAUAUAAGCCAGUUUUUGUGCUGAAACCUACAUCAUUUAAAUGUUCACAGGGGCAGACAGCAAGAUUUGACUUAAAAGUUGUUGGCAGACCUAUGCCAGAGACAUACUGGUUCCAUAAUGGCCAACAAGUUAUUAAUGACUACACCCAUAAAAUAGUGAUUAAAGAAGAUGGUACCCAGUCAUUGAUCAUUGUUCCUGCAAUGCCUGAAGACUCUGGAGAAUGGGCUGUCAUUGCUCAGAACAGGGCAGGCAAAGCUUCAGUCUCAAUGACACUGACUGUAGAAGCUAAGGAAGACCUAGUCAGACCACACUUUGUGGAAAGAUUGAGAAAUGUCAGCGUGAAGGAGGGCUCUAGACUGGAGAUGGCAGUGAAAGCUACUGGUAACCCUAAUCCUGACAUUGUAUGGCUCAAGAACAGUGACAUCAUUGUGCCUCAUAAAUACCCCAAAAUAAAGAUUGAGGGAACCAAAGGGGCAGCUGCCCUUAAAAUUGAAUCUACUGCCAGGCAAGAUGCUGCAUGGUAUACUGCUACUGCUAUCAAUAAAGCUGGACGGGACACUACCCGCUGCAAAGUAAAUGUUGAAGUUGAACACACAGAACCUGAACCAGAAAGGAAAUUAAUAAUUCCAAAAGGAACUUAUAAAGCCAAGGAGAUUGCAGCACCAGAGUUAGAACCUCUCCAUCUGCGCUAUGGUCAAGAGCAAUGGGAGGAAGGAGAUCUCUAUGACAAAGAAAAGCAACAGAAACCAUUUUUUAAGAAGAAGCUCACAUCUUUAAGGCUCAAACAGUUUGGACCAGCACACUUUGAAUGCAGGCUUACACCAAUUGGUGACCCAACCAUGGUGGUGGAGUGGUUGCAUGAUGGCAAACCCUUGGAAGCAGCUAACAGACUCCGCAUGAUCAACGAGUUUGGGUACUGUAGCCUGGACUAUGGAGUAGCCUAUUCCAGAGACAGUGGAGUGAUUACCUGCAGAGCAACUAACAAAUAUGGUACAGACCACACAUCUGCUACUCUGAUUGUGAAGGAUGAGAAGAGUCUUGUGGAAGAAUCCCAGCUGCCAGAAGGCAAAAGGGGACUCCAGCGAAUUGAAGAGUUAGAAAGAAUGGCCCACGAGGGUGCUCUACCUGCUGUUGCACUGGACCAAAAGGAAAAGCAAAAACCAGAAAUCGUUUUGGUUCCUGAACCUGCAAGAGUCCUUGAAGGUGAAACAGCACGAUUCCGCUGCCGUGUGACUGGCUAUCCUAUGCCCAAGGUCAACUGGUACCUCAAUGGACAGCUCAUCCGUAAAAGCAAAAGGUUUAGACUCCGUUAUGAUGGAAUAUACUACCUGGAUAUUGUGGAUUGCAAAUCAUAUGACACAGGAGAGGUAAGAGUCACUGCAGAGAAUCCAGAAGGCUUUAUUGAACAUAAGGUGAAACUUGAAAUCCAGCAGAGGGAAGACUUCAGAUCUGUUCUUCGUCGUGCUCCUGAACCCAAACAUGAGCCUGUAGUUACAGAACCUGGGAAACUUCUGUUUGAGGUACAGAAGGUAGACAAACCUGCAGAGGCAACAACCAAAGAAGUGGUGAAGCUGAAAAGGGCUGAAAGAAUCACUCAUGAAAAGCUUUCAGAGGAAUCUGAAGAGCUGCGUAGUAAAUUCAAGCGCAGGACAGAAGAGGGCUACUAUGAAGCCAUUACAGCUGUGGAACUUAAAUCUCGCAAAAAAGAUGAAUCAUAUGAAGAAAUGCUAAAAAAGACAAAAGAAGAACUUCUUCACUGGACCAAAGAGAUCCCAGAGGAAGAGAAGAAAGCACUUCCUCCUGAAGGCAAAAUCACCAUUCCAACAUUCAAACCAGAGAAGGUGGAGCUUAGUCCAAGCAUGGAGGCUCCCAAGAUACUUGAACGAAUUCAAAGCCAGACUGUAGCCCAAGGAACAGAUGUACACUUCCGUGUAAGAGUGGUGGGAAAACCUGAUCCUGAAUGCCAGUGGUUCAAAAAUGGUGUUCAGAUUGAAAGGACUGAUCGUGUGUACUGGUACUGGCCUGAAGAUAACGUUUGCGAAUUAGUUAUCAGAGAUGUGACUUCUGAUGAUUCCGCCAGCAUCAUGGUGAAAGCAGUCAAUAUAGCUGGUGAAACUUCUAGCCAUGCUUUCCUGUUAGUACAAGCCAAGCAGUUAAUCAGCUUCACCCAGAAGUUGCAAGAUGUUGUUGCUAAGGCAAGAGACUCCAUGGCAACAUUUGAAUGUGAAACAUCAGAGCCCUUUGUCAAAGUGAAAUGGUUUAAGGAUGGAAUUGAGAUUCAUUCUGGAGACAAGUACAGGAUGCACUCAGACAGAAAGGCUCACUUUCUUUCCGUAUUAACAAUUGAGAUGUCUGAUGCAGAUGACUACAGCUGUGCACUGGUUGAAGAUGAAUCCAUAAAAACCACUGCAAAGCUUACUGUUGAAGGUGCUGCUGUUGAGUUUAUUAAAGAACUUGAGGAUGCUGAAGUGCCAGAAUCCUUCUCAGCUGAACUUGAAUGUGAGGUUUCCCCAGAAGAUGCAGAGGGGAAAUGGUAUCAUGGUGAUGUUGAACUCACUUCUAGUCUUAAAUAUGUGAUUGCAUCCCGCCGUGGUCGCCAAACCCUCACUAUUAAAGAUAUUAAUAAAGAUGAUCAAGGAGAAUAUAGUUAUGUUGUUGAUGGAAAAAGGACUCAAUGCAAACUGAAGAUGAAGCCUCGUCCGAUGGCAAUUCUUCAAGGACUUACUGAUCAAAGAGUCUGUGAGGGAGAUAUCGUGCAACUUGAAGUCAAAGUCUCCCUAGAAAAUGCAGAAGGUGUCUGGAUGAAAGAUGGCCAAGAAAUUCAGUCAAGUGACCGUAUUCAUAUUGUGCUGGAUAAACAAUCACAUAUGUUGCUCAUAGAAGAUGCCACAAAGGAAGAUAGCGGAACUUACUCUUUUAGUGUUCCUGAUCUUGAGCUGUCAACCACUGGACAGAUCACAGUGUACAGUGUGGAAAUAGUGGUUCCUCUAGAAGAUCUUCAUGUAAUUGAAGGAACAAAAGCCAUCCUCGAAUGCAAAGUUUCAGCACCUGAUGUGUCCUCCUCAAAAUGGUACCUAAAUGAUAAUCAAAUAAAGCCUGAUGAACGUGUGCAAGCUGUAUGUAAAGGUGCCAAGCAGAGGCUAGUGCUCACCAGAACCCAUGCAUCAGAUGCAGGACGCUAUAAGCUAAUGGUUGGCAAAGUGGAAACAAGCUGCAAUGUCACAGUUGAAGAAAUUGAGAUUAUUAGAGGUCUUCAUGACAUCACCUGCACUGAAACACAGAAUGUGUCCUUUGAGGUCGAGCUCUCCCAUUCAGGGAUUGAUGUAAUCUGGCAUUUCAAAGGCCAGCCCAUAAAGGCCGGUCCUAAAUAUAAAAUUGAAGCACGUGGCAAAAUAUAUAAAUUGACAGUGGUGAAGAUGAUGAAAGACGAUGAAGGAGAAUAUGUCUUUUAUGCUGGAGAGAAGAAAACAUCUGGGAAGCUUGUAGUAGCAGGCGGUGCCAUUUCAAAGCCUCUCAGUGACCUGACUGUGGCUGAGUCCCAGACAGCUGUUUUUGAAUGUGAGGUGGCAAAUCCUGAAUCAGAGGGCCAGUGGCUACAAAAUGGUAGACCAUUAGCUACGACAGAUCAGUACCGUGCUGAAUCUGACGGUGUAAAAAGAAGGCUUGUUAUCCCUGUGACGAAACUGGAGGAUAUGGGGGAAUACAGCUAUGAAAUAGCAAGCUCAAAGACAUCUGCCAAACUGAAGGUCGAAGCUGUUAAGAUAAAGAAAACACUAAAGAACUUGACUGUGACAGAAUCACAGGAGGCAGUUUUCAGUGUAGAACUGACCCACCCGGAUGUGAAAGGAGCUCUAUGGAUUAAAAAUGGUGUUGAACUUGAAUCAAGUGACAAAUAUGAAAUAACAGUGAAAGGAACUGUUCACACACUGAGAAUCAAACACUGUGUUGUCACUGAUGAGUCUGUUUACAGCUUUAAACUUGGAAAAAUAGGAGCAAAUGCCAGACUUCAUGUGGAAACUGUCAAGAUCAUCAAAAAGCCAAAGGAUGUGACUGCUUUGGAAAAUGCUGUUGUCUCAUUUGAACUGAGUGUUUCCCAUGAUACUGUACCAGUCCGGUGGUUCCAUAAAAAUAUAGAGCUUAAACAAAGUGAUAAAUACAAGAUGAUCUCUCAAAGGAAAGUUCACAAGCUCAUGCUGCAUAACAUAUCUCCCGAUGACGCUGGGGAAUACACAGCUCUUGUUGGGCAAAUCGAGUGCAAAGCAAAACUGUUUGUGGAAAGCAUACACAUCACAAAGACCAUGAAAAAUAUUGAGAUCCCUGAGACCAAAACUGCCUCUUUUGAAUGUGAAGUUUCUCAUUUCAAUGUGCCAGCUGUCUGGUUGAAGAAUGGCGUGGAGAUUGAAAUGAGUGAAAAGUUCAAAAUAGUUGUCCAAGGGAAACUCCAUCAGCUCAAUAUAAUGAACACAAGCAGUGAAGACUCUGCAGAAUACACUUUUGUCUGUGGAAAUGAUAGAGUCAGUGCAACCCUGACUGUAAAACCCAUCCUAAUUACCUCCAUGCUAAAAGACAUCAAUGCUGAAGAGAAAGAUACAAUAACCUUUGAAGUUACUGUUAAUUAUGAAGGCAUCUCAUAUAAAUGGUUAAAGAAUGGAGUAGAAAUAAAGUCGACUGAUAAAUGUCAGAUACGAACAAAGAAGCUUACACACUCCCUCUCCAUAAGGAAUGUGCAUUUUGGUGAUGCAGCAGAAUAUACUUUUGUUGCUGGAAAUGCAGCUUCAUCAGCCACUUUAUAUGUGGAAGCUCGUCACAUUGAGUUUAGGAAGCAUAUUAAAGACAUCAAAGUGGUAGAGAAGAAGAGGGCUAUUUUUGAAUGUGAAGUUUCAGAACCUGACAUUCAGGUCCAGUGGAUGAAGGAUGGGCAAGAACUCCAGAUUGGUGAUAGGAUGAAAAUUCAGAGAGAGAAGUAUGUCCAUCGUCUCAUCAUUGCUUCCACAAAGAUGUCUGAUGCUGGUCAGUACACUGUAGUAGCAGGUGGAAACACAUCCAGUGCCAAUUUGAUAGUGGAAGGUCGUGACAUUCGUAUCAGAAGUGCCCAGAAAGAUAUUCAGGUCAUUGAGAGACAAAGAGCUGAAAUUGAAUUUGAAGUCAAUGAAGAUGACAUUGAACCACAGUGGUACAAGGAUGGUAUUGAGAUCAACUUCCAAUAUGAGGAAAGAUACAAGUAUGUGGUGGAAAGGAGAGUCCAUCGAAUGAGCAUCUUUGAAACCACUUACUCUGACGCUGGGGAAUAUACCUUUGUUGCAGGACGGAACAGGAGUUCUGUUAUGCUUUAUGUGAAUGCUCCAGAGCCACCCCAGAUUAUUCGGGAGCUAGAGCCAACUACUGUGGAGUCUGGCAAACCUGCUCGCUUUUGUGCUAUUGUAUCAGGCAAACCCCAGCCCAAAAUUUCCUGGUACAAAGAUGAUCAACAGCUUUCUCCAGGUUUCAAGUGCAAAUUUCUUCAUGAUGCACAAGAAUAUACUCUAUUGCUGAUUGAAACUUUCCCUGAAGAUGAAGCAGUGUAUACCUGUGAAGCAAAAAAUGACUAUGGAGUAGCUACAACUUCAGCUUCACUUUCAGUUGAAAUCCCAGAAGUUGUCUCUCCCGAGCUAGAAAUGCCAGUGUAUCCACCUGCUGUGGUAAUACCACUACGUGAUACUGUUACAUCUGAGGGACACUCUGCUUGUUUUCAGUGCAGAGUUACUGGAACAGAUCUGAAAGUGUCUUGGUACAGCAAAGAGAAAGAGAUCAAGCCAUCACGGUUUUUUAGAAUGACUCAAUUUGAAGACACUUUCCAGCUGGAGAUUGCUGAGGCUUAUCCAGAGGAUGAAGGGAUCUAUACCUUCGUGGCGAGUAAUUCUGUAGGCCAAGUGACCAGCACUGCUACCUUGAAGUUAGAAGCUCCUGAAAAAAUUGUUCAUGAGAAGCUAGAGGAAGAGGUUGAAAUGGAAGUGAAAGUUGCACCGAUCCUGAGGAGGAGGCUUGAACCCUUGGAAGUGGCUGUAAAUCAUGUGGCCAAGUUUACCUGUGAGGUGGAGAUGGCUCCCAAUGUCAAGUUCCAGUGGUACAAAGCCGGACGAGAGAUAUAUGAUGGGGACAAAUACUCCAUUCGCACCUCCAACUACCUCUCCACACUGGAGAUCCCGAGGCCUCAAGUUGUUGACUGUGGGGAAUAUAGCUGUAAGGCUUCCAACCAGCAUGGCAGUGUAAGCUCCACAGCUGUUUUAACAGUAACUGAGGCAUUUCCGCCAACGUUUCUUACCAGACCUGAACCUAUUACUACUUUUGUUGGCAAAAGUGCCAAGUUCCUGUGUACUGUUUCGGGCACUCCAGUCAUUGACAUCACCUGGCAGAAAGAUGGAACAACUAUUUCACCUUCAGACCACCACAAGAUCUCCAAAGUGGAAAAUAAACAUGCUUUAGAAAUUUCCCUUCUUACCACUAGUGACAGAGGGGUUUACACUUGCAAAGCUUCCAACAAGUUUGGGGCUGAUAUUUGCCAGACUGAAAUGGUCAUUAUAGACAAGCCCCACUUCAUUAAAGAUUUGCAGUCAGUACAGUCAGCAGUUAAUAAAAAAAUACGCCUUGAAUGUCAGGUAGAUGAAGAUAGGAAAGUAACUGUAGGGUGGACAAAGGAUGGAAACAAAAUCCCUCCAGGCAAAGACUAUAAGAUUUACUUUGAAGACAAAAUAGCCUCACUUGAGAUUCCUCUGGCUAAGGUCAAGGACUCAGGCCACUAUGUGUGUACUGCUUCAAAUGAGGCAGGAAGCAGCUCCUCUUCUGCCAGCGUCACAGUCAGAGAACCGCCAUCCUUUGUGAAGAAGGUCGAUCCAUCUUAUUUACUGACCCCAGGAGACUCUGCACGCCUUCAAUGCAAAAUCAAAGGAUCUCCUGAAAUCCAGGUUACUUGGUUCAAGAACAAUAAGGAAAUCCAUGAAAGUAACACACACAGGAUGUCCUUUGUCAAUUCUGUGGCUGUGUUAGAUAUUUUGGAAAUGAAAGUUGAUGACACUGGGACCUACUCAUGUGAAGCUGUCAACGAGGUUGGAAGUGACAGUUGCACCACAGAAGUGGUUGUCAAAGAGCCUCCAUCUUUCAUCCGAACACUUGAACCUGCAGAGCUAGUGAAGGGAACAAACCCCAUUCUUCAGUGUGAGGUUGCUGGCACUGGACCCUUUGAAAUUAGCUGGUACAAAGACAAGAAGCAGAUUCGCAGUAGUAAAAAAUACAGGCUGACCUCUCAGAAGGCUGUUAUUUCUUUGGAGGUCUCCUCAUUUAAUAGUGCGGAUGUUGGUGAAUACGAGUGUGUGAUAGCUAAUGAAGUCGGGAAGUGCAUGUGCAGUGCCACAUACAUCUUGAAAGAACCACCAUCUUUUGUUAAGAAAAUCGAAAAUGUGACAGCUCUGGCUGGAGAUAGUGUUACAUUACAGGCUGUGGUGAAAGGGUCAGAGCCUAUUUCUGUGACAUGGAUGAAGGGCAAAGACAUUAUUAAAGAUGAUAACAAUGUGAGAGUGACAUUUGAUCAUGGUCUAGCAACACUGCAAAUCACCGGAGUCCAGCUGAGCUCUGGUGGCAAAUACACCUGCGUGGCUGAGAAUGAUGCAGGAAGUCAGUCCUGCUUUGGUGAACUAGCAGUGAAAGAACCUGCCAAAAUAAUUGAAAAAGCUGAAAUGAUCCAGGUUACAGCUGGGGAGCCAGCUGUUUUGGAGUACACUGUCACAGGCACUCCAGAGCUGAAAACCAAAUGGUUCAAAGAUGGAAGGCCACUACCUGCCAGCAAAAAAUACAGGAUCAGCUUCAAAAAUAACAUUGCCCAGCUCAAGUUUUAUGCCACUGAAAUGCAGGACAGUGGUGAAUACACCUUUGAGAUAUCCAAUGAUGUGGGCUUCAGCUCUUGUACUACCAGCUUCACUGUGCUAGAUCGCACUCUCCCUCCAUUCUUUACUAAACCACUGAAGAAUAUUGACAGCAUCAUUAGCGCCUCGUGCCGCCUAGACUGCAAAAUUUCAGGCUCUCUCCCAAUGACUGUCUCAUGGUUUAAGCAGGAUAUUGAGAUCACUUCAAGUGCCAAGUAUACAGUACACUUUGCAGAAGGCUCAGCAUCUCUGGAAAUAAAACACCUAGAUGCAAAUGAUGCUGGGGUCUACAUUUGCAGAGCCAGAAACUCUGCUGGUAGCAAAGAGAGCAGUAGCACUUUGUUUAUAAAAGAGCCGCCCAGCUUCACUGUAGAACCAGAGUCUCAAGAUGUAUUGCCUGCAUCAACUGUACAUUUCAAAGGAAUGUUUAAAGGCACAACACCACUGACAGUGAAAUGGUUUAAAGGUGAUACUGAGCUGGUGACAGGAGGAGCCUGCUACAUUAUGACAGAAGCAUUAGCAAGUUACUUGGAGCUUUAUGCAGUCAAACCGACUGACUCUGGAAAAUACACCUGCAAAGUCUCCAACGUAGCUGGUUCAGUAACAUGCAGUGCAAACUUAUUUGUGAAAGAACCUGCUGCCUUUAAGGAGAAGCUAGAGCCGACUCAUCUCAUAAAGAAAGGUGGAUACGCUGAACUGACCUGUGAAGUCACUGGUACUCCUGAGAUUAAAAUCACAUGGUUCAAGGAUGAUAGAGAACUAAAAGAGAGUGACAAAUACAGGAUAUCUUUUGCAAAAUCUUUGGCAAUACUCCGUGUUUCAGAGGUUGAUACUGAAGACAGUGGGGAAUACAUUUGCGAAGCCAAAAAUGACGCUGGAAAAGAUAUCUGCAGUAGUGUUGUUACAGUCAAAGAGUCACCUUAUUUUAGCAAGGAGUUUCAAUCCAUGGAAGUCUUGAAGGAUUCUGAUGUGGUUUUGGAGUGUGAGGUGCUUGGCACGCCUCCCUUUGAAGUGUUCUGGGUGAAAGAUGAUAAACCCGUGCGGAGCAGUAAGAAGCACAGAAUUAGCAUUGAGAAAUCUUUGAUUAGCCUCCACGUUUUCAGGUUUGAUGCUUCUGAUGUUGGGGAGUAUCAGUGUAGAGUAACAAAUGAUGUUGGGAGCUGCCUCUGCCGUUCAGAGGUCACACUGAAAGAGCCUCCGCAGUUUUUGAAGAAGAUAGAAAACAUUAGCUCCCUUCGAGGGGGAACGGUUGUGUUUCAGGCUGCUAUUAAAGGUUCCUUGCCCAUCACUGUGUCCUGGUUGAAAGACAAUGAUGAAGUGAUUGAAGACAACAAUAUCAAAAUGACCUUUGUGAACAAUGUUGCCACUCUUAUGGUGAGAUCUAUUGAGCUGAAACAUGAUGGGAAAUAUUUCUGUCAGGCUAAAAAUGAGGCAGGAAUUCAGAGGUGUUCUGCUCUGCUGACUGUCAAAGAACCUGCUACAAUUGUGGACAAGGCUGUGUCAAUAGAUGUGACUGAGGGAGACCCAGCAACCUUGCAGUGUAAAUUUUCAGGAACAAAACCUAUUACAGCCAAAUGGUUCAAAGAUGGCAAGGAACUGACAUUGGGCCCAAAAUACAAGAUCAGUGUUACAGAUACUGUCUCAGUCUUAAAGGUGCUUUAUGCAGAUAAGAAAGACAGUGGAGAAUACAUUUUUGAGGUUCAAAAUGACGUUGGGAGCAGUAGCUGUUCUGCCAGCAUAAAUGUCCUAGAUCUCAUUAUACCACCUAAAUUCACCAAAAAACUCAAGAAAAUGGACAGCAUUAAGGGGUCUUUUGUCCACCUGGAGUGCAUAGUGUCUGGUUCGCAUCCUAUAAGUAUUCAGUGGUAUAAGGAUGGCCAAGAAAUAACAGCAAGUGAAAAGCACAAAUACUCUUUCCAUGAUAAUACUGCAUUUCUGGAAAUAAAUAAACUGGAAGGCACAGACAGUGGCUCUUACACUUGUGAAGCAACAAAUAAAGCAGGAAGCAGCCAGUGCAGCGGGUUCUUAACAGUAAAAGAGCCGCCAUAUUUUGUGGAAAAACCCCAGUCUCAAGAGGUUGUGCCCAAUGCUAGGGUUCAGUUCAAAGCACUGGUGAAAGGGUCUACUCCUCUGCAGAUAAAGUGGUUUAAAGACAGCCAGGAGCUCCUCUCUGGAGCCAGUCGAUCUGUCUGGAAGGAUGACACUUCUAGUGUUCUGGAGCUCUUCUCAGCCAGGACAUCUGAUUCUGGGAGCUACACUUGUCAGAUAAGCAAUGACGUGGGGACUGCAACCUGCAAAGCAACUCUGUUUGUAAAAGAGCCCCCCAGAUUUAUUCAGAUGCCAACUUCUGUACUAGCUUUGCGUGAAGGACAGUCCACCACUUUUGAGUGCCAGGUAGUAGGCACGCCAGAGAUCCACAUUACAUGGUACCUGGAUGGAAUUGAAGUGACUGAUCAAGCUAAGUACGGAAUCUCCUUCAUAGAUGGUUUAGCCACUUUGAGAGUCACUCAAGCCAGAGUGGCAGAUAGUGGGAUUUAUGUUUGUGAAGCCCACAAUGAUGCAGGUAGUGAGAGCUGCAGCGUCGAGCUGAAAGUAAAAGAGCCUCCAACCUUUGUUCGGGAGUUGCGUCCCACCGAGGUAGUGAAGGGCUCAGAGGCCACACUAGAGUGUGAGGUGACUGGUACCCCUCCAUUUGAGGUCAAGUGGCUGAAGAACAACAAGGAGAUGUUCAGCAGCAAGAAAUAUGCCAUCUCCACCAAAGAAUCAGUGUUUACUCUUAAUGUGACUAACUGCGACGUCUCGGAUGUUGGUGAAUAUCAGUGUAUUAUAUCAAAUGAAGGUGGGAGCUGUUCUUGCAGCACAAGACUCAGCUUAAAAGAACCACCAUCCUUCGUCAAGAAGCUGGAGAACGUCACUAGCAUUUUGAAAGGUGAUGCAUUCUUUCAGUGUGUCGUAGCAGGCGCCCAACCCCUAUCUGUGUCAUGGAUAAAAGAUGAGAAAAUACUAGAAGAUGAUGAGCACCACCACAUUACCUUCGAGAACAGGGUAGCCACACUGAAGCUUACUAAUGUUGACCUCAGCCACAGAGGGAGAUACACCUGUCAGGCAAAGAACGAAUCUGGCAUGGAGAAGUGUUUUGCUUUGCUUUUUGUACAAGAGCCUGCACAGAUCAUAGAAAAGGCUAAGUCACUUAAAGUCACUGAAAAAGACCCUGUGACUUUGGAGUGUACUGUGGCUGGAACACCAGAGCUCCGAAUAAGAUGGUACAAAGAUGGCAAGCAGCUCCUGCCCAGCAGAUACUACACAAUGAGCUUUGAAAACAAUGUGGCCAGUUUCAGGAUUGAACCUGUAUCAAAGGAGGAUAGUGGCACAUACAGUUUUAAGGUUGAAAAUGACUUUGGAAGUAGCACCUGUGAAGCUGUUCUGACUGUGCUAGAUCAAUCAAUUCCUCCUGUAUUUAUCAAAAAGCUAGCCAAAAAGGAUACCAUUCUGGGAUCUUCUAUCCAAAUGGAGUGUAAAGUCUCUGGGUCACUCCCAAUUGUUGCAAAAUGGUUUAAGGAUGGAAAAGAGAUAACUGACAGUGCAAAAUAUAGAAGCCUGUGCCAUGAGAACACUAUGUCACUCGAGAUUGCUAACCUAGAGCUGGCAGACAGUGCAAAUUACACAUGCAGUGUCUCUAAUGUUGCUGGAAAUGAUUCUUGCAGUGCUGUCCUGACUGUGAAAGAGCCACCAAGCUUCUUAGUAAAACCUGAAAGCCAGCAAGCUAUACCAGAUUCCACAGUGGAGUUUAAGGCCACACUGAAAGGAACACCACCCUUUACAGUAAAGUGGUUCAAAGAAGACUUAGAACUCAUAUCUGGUCCAACUUGUUUCAUUGGGAUUGAAGGUUCAACUGGGUUCUUAACCCUCUAUUCAGUGGAUUCUUCUAGGAGUGGGCACUACACUUGCCAUGUUUCAAAUGACGUUGGCAGUGACUCUUGCACUACAACACUGUUGGUAACAGAACCCCCCAAGUUUGCUAAGAAGCUAGAGGCAACAAAAGUAGUCAAGCAGGGUGAUUCAGCCCGGCUUGAGUGCAAAGUAAGUGGAUCUCCAGAGAUGAAAGUAGUGUGGUUCAGAAAUGACCAUGAAAUUGUUGCCAGUGAAAAAUUCCGGACAUCAUUCAUUGACUCUGUGGCAGUGCUUGAAAUGAACCAUCUCAGCACUGAUGAGAGCGGUGACUACAUCUGUGAAGCUCACAACCCUGCCGGCAAGGCCAGUUGUAGCACCAAAGUCACAGUGAAAGAACCUCCUGUCUUUAGCAGGAAGCCUUCUCCAGUAGACAUUAUCAGAGGAUCUGAGGUUAGCCUGGAAUGUGAGAUUUCAGGAACACCUCCAUUUGACGUUGCCUGGUACAAAGACAGGAGACAAAUCCGCAGCAGUAAGAAGUACAAGGUUACAGCCAAAAACUACCACACAAGCGUUCACAUUCUUAAUGUCGAAGCUGCAGAUGUUGGUGAAUAUCAGUGCAAAGCACAGAACGAUGUAGGAAGUGACACUUGUAUUUGCACUGUGAAGCUGAAAGAACCACCAAAAUUCUUGACUAAAAUAAACAGCAUGACUGUUGUGGUUGGUGAACCAGUAGAGUUACAAGCAAGAGUGGAGGGCUCCCAGCCAAUUUCUGUGCAGUGGCUUAAAGACAAAGAGGAAAUUAUCAGAGAAAGUGAGACCACAAAGAUCACAUUUAUGGAAAAUAUUGCAACUUUGCAAUUUGUGCGCACAGAGACCAGCAGUGCUGGAAAAUAUACCUGUCAGAUCAGAAAUGAUGCUGGAAGUCGCGAGUGUAUGGCUACCUUAACUAUUCUAGAGCCUGCAGUCAUUGUAGAGAAAGCAGAGCCAAUGAAAGUUACAAUAGGAGAUGCCUGUACUUUGGAAUGCAAAGUAGCAGGCACACCACAGCUUUCCACUGGGUGGUUCAAGGAUGGCAAAGAACUGACCAGCAGCCAAAAAUACAGAAUCACUUUCCUCAAUAAUGUAUCUACACUUAAAAUUAUGGAUGCAGAAAAGGAAGAUGGUGGAUUGUACACUUUUGCUGUGCAAAACGACGUGGGGAAAAGCAGUUGUACGGCAUCGGUUGAUGUUUUAGACCGAAUCAUUCCUCCUUCUUUCACAAGAAAACUAAAGGACAUCCCUUGUGUUCUGGGUUCCUCAGCACUGCUGGAAUGUAAAGUGUCAGGUUCACCUCCUAUUUCUGUUGCCUGGUUCCAAAAUGGACUUAAGCUAGUCAGUGGAGAAAAACAUCAAAUGUCCUUUUCAGAUAACCUAUGUAUUUUAGAAGUUAAUUCACUGAGCCACUCAGAUACUGGCACUUACACCUGCAAAGCUACCAACACAGCUGGCUCAGAUGAAUGCAGUGCUGUAUUGACUGUACAAGAACCACCUUCUUUUGAGAGGACCCCAGAGCCUCUGGAUGUAUUGCCAGGCACAAGCAUCACUUUCACAUGUGUUGUCAGAGGAACCCCUCCUUUUAAGGUUAACUGGUUUAGAGGGGCCAAUGAACUUGUGCCAGGGGACAAAUGCAAUAUCUACUUGGAGGAGUCCGUUGUGGAGCUUGAGUUAUUUGAUGUAACUCCUCCCCAAAGCGGAGAGUACACUUGUCUAGUGACUAAUGAUGCUGGCAGGGUAAAUUGUACAACACACCUCACAGUAAAAGAGCCAGCUGUCUUUGUAAAGAAACUGAGUGAUCAGUAUGUGGAGCCUGGCAAGCCCAUCAUCCUAGAGGGCACUUACACAGGCAGCCUGCCCAUCUCUGUGACAUGGAAGAAGAAUGGCCACACCAUCACACAAUCUCAGAAGUGUAGCAUCACCACCACAGAGAAAUCCUGCAUCCUAGAAAUACUUGACAGCACCAAAGAAGAUGCAGGAGAAUACACUUGCCAUGUUGAAAAUGAGGCAGGAAGAGAUGUUUGUGAGGCUGUAGUCUCUACCCUAGAACCUCCCUACUUUGUUACACACUUGGAACCUCUUGAGGUGUCAGUUGGGUCUUACACAACAUUGCAAUGCCACAUUGCUGGAACACCAGAAAUUACUGUGUCUUGGUACAAAGGUGAUACAAAACUCAGGUCUACUCCUGAGUAUAAAGUGUUCUUUAAAGACAAUGUUGCUACACUUAUCUUCAACAAAGUGGCUAGCAGCGACAGUGGAGAAUAUAUCUGCAAGGCAGAAAACAGUGUAGGAACUGCAUCUACAAAGACUCUCUUAACAGUUCAAGAACGCAAACAACCACCUUCCUUUGCAAGAAAAUUAAAGGACAUCGAGCACCCUGCUGGUUUACCCCUUAAGCUUAUGUGUCGGCUCAAUGGCUCAGAACCCAUUACUGUCACUUGGCACAAAGAUGGAGUGCUGCUAAAGGAUGACCACAAUGUGCACACAUCCUUUGUAGAUAAUGUUGCAGUACUGCAACUGGUGCGAACCGAGAUGAAUCAUACUGGGCAGUACUCCUGCACAGCCACCAAUUCGGUGGGCACUGCCACCUCAAGUGCUAGGCUCACAGUGGCAGAACCCAAGCAAGCGCCUGUCUUCGACAUCAAACCACAAUCUAUUGACGUGCCUUUUGGAGAAAGUGCUGAUUUUGAAUGCCAUGUUACGGGAGCGCAGCCAAUACACAUAACGUGGUCCAAGGAUGGCCGGGAGAUCCGAACUGGAGGAAAUUUCAAUAUUACAUUCACAGCCAACACAGCUCACCUUCGAGUGCUCAGAGUGGGUAAAGGAGACUCUGGCCAAUAUACUUGCCAAGCUAGCAAUGAAGCUGGGAAAGACUUCUGCUCAGCCCAACUCAGUGUCAAAGAACCUCCCAAGUUCGUCAAGAAGCCUGAAGCUUUGCGAUUCGUGAAGCAGGGAGACACAAUUCAGCUUGAAUGUAAAAUCAGUGGCACACCAGAGAUCAGAAUCGUGUGGUACAAAAAUGAUCAGGCACUCCAGGCAGGCGACAGGCUGCACAUGUCCUUCGUAGACUCUGUGGCAAUGCUGACCAUCUUGGGUGCCACUGCUGAAGAUGCUGGGGACUACAUCUGUGAAGCCCACAACUCUGCAGGCACAGCCAGCUGCAGCACUUCAGUCACAGUGAAAGAACCACCUGUUUUUAGCAAGGUGCCAAGCCCCGUGGACACUCUUAAAGGCUCAGAUGUUAUCCUUCAGUGCGAGAUAGCAGGGACCCCACCCUUUGAGGUGGCUUGGUUCAAGGACCGGAGGCAGGUCAGGAGCAGCAAGAAGUUCAAGGUGACAGCAAAGCACUCCAUUGCCAGUCUUCAUAUUCUCAAUUUGGAAUCUCAAGAUACUGGAGAAUAUCAAUGCAAAGCUAUGAAUGAGGUGGGAAGCGACACUUGCACCUGCCCAGUGAAAUUCAAAGAACCUCCACGAUUUGCCAAGAAGCUGAGUGACACGGCAAUCUUCAUCGGGGAGCCAACUGCCCUGCAGGCAGUAGUGGAAGGAUCCCCACCAAUUUCUGUUGUCUGGCUCAAGGAUAAGGGUGAAGUUAUUAGGGAGAGUGAAAAUGUUCAAAUGUGGUUUAUGGACAACAUUGCAACUCUUGAGAUUGCCAGUGCAGAGGGAACUGACGUUGGAAAGUACAUCUGUCAGAUCAAAAAUGAUGCUGGCAUGCGGGAGUGCUCUGCCUUUUUACAGGUCCUAGAACCAGCAGUCAUCUUAGAGAAGACGGAGCCGAUCACAGUAAUGGCCGGCAAUCCUUUUACCUUGGAGUGCAAAGUAGGAGGAACACCUGAGCUUAUCACCAAGUGGUACAAAGACGGCAGAGAACUAAAGAGUGACCGCAAAUACCAAAUUUCCUUUUUCAACAAUAUAUCCACUUUGAAAGUCUUUUCUGCAGACAGGGGAGACAGGGGCUUGUAUACUUUUGAGGUGCACAAUGAAGUGGGGGACAGCAGCUGCACAUCUUCGGUUGAUGUUUCAGAUCGCCUCGUUCCUCCUUCAUUCUCAAGAAAAUUAAAGGAGACAAAUGGGGUGCUUGGAUCCUCUGUGCUGCUGGAGUGCAAAGUGUCUGGCACAGCUCCCAUAUCUGUGUCUUGGUUUCAAGAUGGGAAUGAGAUUGUUAGUGGAGAAAAACAUGAAAUCUCAUUCUUAGAUAAUGUUUGUGCUUUGAAGUUGAAUGCCCUGGAUGUCACAGAUACAGGGUCUUAUACAUGUGUGGCAGCCAACGUGGCUGGAUCUGAUGAAUGCAGUGCCUUCUUGACUGUACAAGAACCACCUUCUUUUGUGAAGACACCUGAUCCCCAGGAAGUUUUGCCUGGAUCAAAUGUGACAUUCACCAGCUACAUCAAGGGCAGUACUCCCUUCAAAGUGACCUGGUUCCGAGGCAUCAGGGAGCUGGUGCCAGACAGCAACUGCUCCAUCUCUCUCCAUGAGUCUGUGGCACAGCUGCAGCUGUACAACGUGGAGCCAGGCCACAGUGGGGACUAUGCCUGUGUGGUCACAAAUGAUGCUGGCAGUGCCUCAUGUACAACACAGCUCUUUGUGAAAGAGCCUGCAGUCUUUGUGAAGAAAUUAAGUGAUUUCAGUGUGGAGCAGGGGAAGUCCAUUGUGCUGGAAAGCAGCUACAUUGGCACUCCUCCCAUCUCUGUCACAUGGAAAAGAAAUGGGAUGCCCAUUGCUCAGUCUCAACGCUGCACUGUUACAACUACUGAAAAAUCUGGCAUCCUUGAAAUCUUCAACAGCACAAAGAAUGAUGAAGGCGAAUAUACCUGUGAGGUGGCAAAUGAGGCGGGUGGGGAUGUUUGCCACAGCCUUGUCUCUAUCUUAGAACCACCUUAUUUUGUCACGCACCUGGACCGUGUGGAGGUGAAGGUUGGCGAGCCUUUGACCUUAAAAUGCCAGAUUGGCGGUUCACCAGAAAUCAAGGUGUCCUGGUACAAAGAUGACACCAAACUCAGAUCAACACAGGCUUACAAAAUGCACUUCAAGAACAAUGUGGCAACACUGGCAUUCUCUGCUGUAGAGGAUAGCAACAUUGGAGAAUAUAUCUGCAAAGCAGAAAAUAGCAUUGGCUUUGCCACCUCCACAGCUUUGCUUGUUGUUAAAGAACGUCAACUUCCCCCUACAUUCACCAGAAAACUUAAAGAUAUUCAGGAGGUGGUUGGUGCCCCGGUGACAUUUGACUGCCGCAUAACUGGCUCAGAGCCUAUCCAGGUGUCUUGGUACAAGGAUGGGGCUCUCUUAAGUGACACUGAUAACAUGCAAUCAGCCUUCUUAAAUAAUGUUGCAACUUUACAGAUCUUAGAAACUAGUAUGGAUUACUGUGGCCAAUAUACUUGCUCAGCCCAAAAUGCUCUGGGGACUGCCUCUUCCAGUGCCAAACUUCUCCUUACAGAACACCUGCGACCUCCCUUCUUUGACAUCAAGCCGCUAUCUAUCGAUGUGGCACUAGGGGAAAGCGCAACCUUUAAGUGCCACGUGACUGGUUCUGCUCCCAUGAGGAUUACUUGGACCAGAGACAACAGAGAGAUUCGUCCAGGUGGCAACUACAAAAUGACAUUGGUGGAAAACACAGCCAGCUUGACAGUCCUAAAAGUUGGUAAAGGGGAUGCCGGACUCUACACAUGUACUGCCAGCAACAGUGUUGGAAAGGACGCAUGUGCAGCUCAGCUGGCUGUACAAGAACCACCAAGGUUUAUAAAGAAACUAGACUCCUCAAAACUUGUGAAAGAGCACGAUUCCACAACGUAUGAAUGCAAGAUAGGUGGAUCUCCAGAAAUCAAAGUCACCUGGUACAAAGGUGAAACUGAAAUCCAUCCCAGUGAAAAAUACAGAAUGUCCUUUGUGGAUUCAGUAGCAGUCAUUGAAAUGCACAAUCUCAGUGUUGAAGACAGUGGUGACUACACUUGUGAAGCUCGGAAUCCAGCGGGUAGUGCAAGCACCAGUACUGCACUGAGAGUAAAAGCACCCCCUAUUUUUACCAAGAAGCCCCAUCCAGUUGAGACCUUGAAAGGGUCUGAUAUUCAUCUGGAGUGUGAGCUUCAGGGCACUCCUCCAUUCCAGAUUUCAUGGUAUAAAGACAAACGAGAAAUUCGGAGCAGCAAGAAGUAUAAGGUCAUGUCUGAGAAUUACAUAGCUAGUCUUCACAUUCUCAGUGUGGAUACUGCAGAUGUUGGUGACUAUCACUGUAAGGCUGUAAAUGAUGUAGGAAGUGACUCCUGUAUUGGCUCUGUAACACUAAGAGCACCACCAACCUUUGUGAAGAAGCUGAGUGAUCUCACUGUCGUAGUUGGGGAGUCAAUUGAACUGCAGGCUGCAGUACAAGGAUCACAGCCCAUUUCUGUUCUGUGGUUAAAAGACAAAGGAGAAAUCAUCAGAGAAAGUGAUAAUCUUUGGAUCUCCUACUCAGAAAACAUUGCAAGUCUGCAGAUUGGAAAUGCAGAAGCAACAAAUGCUGGGAAAUACAUUUGUCAGAUAAAAAAUGAUGCUGGAGUUCAGGAAUGUUUUGCCAUGCUGAAAGUGCUAGAACCUGCAGUCAUUGUAGAGAAGCCAGGCCCAGUCAAAGUUACAGCUGGAGAUUCUUGUACUCUGGAAUGCACAGUAGAUGGCACACCAGAGCUUACUGCUAGGUGGUUUAAGGAUGGCAAUGAACUGUCCACUGACCAUAAAUAUAAAAUCAGUUUCUUCAACAAAGUAUCUGGACUUAAGAUCCUCAAUGCAACACUAGAAGACAGUGGAGAAUAUACCUUUGAGGUGAAAAACAGUGUUGGUAAAAGCAGCUGCACAGCUUCAGUGCAUGUUUCAGAUCGUAUUAUACCUCCUUCUUUCACAAGAAAACUGAAAGAAACUUACGGUCAGCUGGGUGCUUCUGCUGUACUGGAGUGCAAAGUUUAUGGGUCACCACCCAUUCUGGUUUCCUGGUUUCAUGAUGGACAAGAGAUUACCAGUGGAGAGAAGUAUCAGGCUACUCUUACAGACAAUACCUGUUCUCUGAAAGUGAAUGGACUUCAGGAGUCUGAUAUGGGAACUUAUUUGUGCACUGCUACUAAUGUAGCUGGGUCUGAUGAAUGCAGCGCAUUUUUGAGUGUUAUAGAACCACCAUCUUUUGUGAAGAAGCCUGAACCACUGGAUGUUUUAUCUGGGGCAAACAUAACCUUUACUAGUAUCAUAAAAGGUUCCCCUCCACUGGAAGUUAAAUGGUUCAGAGGCAGUGUUGAGCUAGUACCAGGAGCCAGAUGCAAUAUCACCUUGCAAGAUUCAGUUGCAGAACUGGAGCUGUUUGAUGUACAUCCACUUGAGAGUGGAGACUACACCUGCCAAGUCUCUAACGAGGCAGGGAAAAUUUCUUGCACAACACAUCUUUUUGUCAAAGAACCAGCCAAAUUUGUGAAGAAGGUUAAUGAUUUAAGUGUAGAGAAAGGGAAAAAUUUAAUCUUGGAAUGCACAUAUAUGGGUACACCACCAAUUUCAGUGACAUGGAAGAAAAAUGGAGUGAAAAUAAUGCACUCUGAAAAGUGUAGCAUCACCACUACAGACACAUCUGCCAUACUGGAAAUCCCUAACAGCAAACUAGAAGAUCAAGGGCAAUAUUCUUGUCAUAUUGAAAAUGAUUCUGGGAAAGAUACUUGUCAUGGUACAAUCACAAUACUAGAACCACCUUACUUCAUUACACCCUUGGAGCCAGUGCAGGUGACUGUUGGGGAUUCUGCAUCCUUACAGUGCCAGGUUGCUGGAACACCAGAAAUGAUUGUGUCCUGGUACAAAGGUGAUACAAAGCUGAGAGGAACUGCAACUGUGAAAAUGCACUUUAGGAACCAAAUUGCUACUCUGGUUUUCAGCCAGGUAGACAGUAGUGACAGUGGGGAAUACAUCUGCAAAGUAGAAAACUCUGUUGGGGAGGCUUCUUCAUCAUCUUUGCUCACAGUUCAAGAGCGUAAACUUCCUCCUUCUUUUACACGAAAAUUAAGAGACAUUCAUGAAACUGUUGGCUUACCAGUUGUAUUUGAUUGUGGCAUUGCUGGCUCAGAACCCAUCGAAGUAUCUUGGUUUAAAGACGGCGUGCGUGUAAAAGAGGACUACAAUGUUCACACGUCCUUUGUAGAUAACGUAGCAACUCUCCAGAUUUUGAAGACAGAUAGGAGCCUUAUUGGGCAAUACACCUGCACAGCUGUCAAUGCUAUUGGGACUGCUUCUUCUAGUGGCAGGCUUGUCCUUACAGAAGGGAAGACUCCUCCAUUCUUUGACAUCCCACUUACACCUGUGGAUGGCAUUAUUGGAGAAAGUGCUGAUUUUGAGUGUCAUGUUUCUGGAACACAGCCUAUUAGAGUCACUUGGGCAAAAGAUGACCAAGAAAUUAGAACAGGAAAGAACUAUCAGAUCAGUUAUGUAGACAACACAGCCCAUCUGACCAUCUUGAGAGUUGACAGGGGGGAUUCUGGAAGAUAUACAUGCUAUGCUAGCAAUGAAGUUGGAAAGGACUCUUGCACAGCUCAACUGGCUGUUAAAGAACGAAAAACUCCUCCAACUUUUACUAAGAAACUGUCUGAAGCAGUAGAAGAAACAGAAGGGAAUGAACUUAAACUUGAGGGUCGUGUUUCCGGCUCUCAGCCUUUGACUGUUGCUUGGUACAAAAAUAAUCAGGAAGUCCAUUCAAGUGCUCACUGUGAAUUAUCUUUCAAAAACAAUACCUUACUUUUGCAUAUAAAGGCUGUAGAGCAAUCAGAUGCUGGUUUAUACACCUGUAAAGUGUCCAAUGAAGCAGGAAGCGUGUUGAGUACAUCUUCUGUUGUUAUCAGAGAACCUAAAAAGCCUCCAGUUUUUGACCAGCCUCUUCAGCCAGCAGCAGCAGAGGAAGGUGAUACCCUGCAGCUUAGCUGUCAUGUCCAGGGAUCAGAGCCAAUCCGGAUCCAGUGGCUGAAGGCAGGAAGAGAAAUAAGAGCUUCAGACAGAUGCAACUUCAGCUUUGCUAAUGGAGUAGCUCUUCUAGAACUUGCUGCAGUUACCAAAUCAGAUUCAGGAGAAUAUGUAUGCAAAGCUUCAAAUGCAGCUGGCACUGAUACUUGCAAAUCUAAAGUGACAGUCAAAGAAAAACCGGCAGCUGCUCCAGCAGCUAAGAAAGCAGACAUGGAAGGCAAACUUUAUUUUGUGUCAGAGCCUCAGAGUAUCAAAGUCAUGGAAAAGACCGUUGCAACAUUUAUUGCAAAAGUUGGAGGAGAUCCAAUUCCAAAUGUUAAGUGGAUGAAGGGAAAAUGGAGGCAACUCAACCAGGGAGGCCGCAUUAUAAUCCAGCAGAGAGGAGAUGAAGCCAAACUAGAAAUAAAGGACACAAUAAAAACUGAUUCUGGCAUGUACAAGUGUGUUGCUUUUAACCAACAUGGUGAAAUUGAGAGGAGUGUAAACCUGCAAGUUGAAGAAAGAAAGAAAGAAGUUGUUGAAGGAGAUCUCAGGGCAAAACUAAAAAGCACUCCAACAAAAAGAAAAGAAGAGGAAGAGCAACCUAUUGAUAUCUUGGAACUUCUCAAAAAUGUAGAUCCCAAAGAAUAUGAGAAAUAUGCUCGCAUGUAUGGAAUUACAGAUUUCCGUGGCCUCCUACAAGCCUUUGAGUUACUAAAGCAAACCCAAGCAGAAGAAAGCCAUAGAUUGGAAAUUGAGCUCACAGAGAAAGCUCAAAGGGAAGAUCAGGAGUUUGAUGAACUUGUAGCUUUUAUUCAGCAACGACUCACACAAACAGAGCCUAUUACUCUGAUCAGAGACAUUGAAAAUCAGACGGUUUUAGCAGAUGAGGAUGCUAUCUUUGAAUGUGAGAUUAAGAUUAACUAUCCAGAAAUUAAACUGUCAUGGUACAAGGGAACACAGAAACUGGACUCCAGUGACAAAUAUGAAAUUAGAAUUGAAGGUGAUCGCCACAUACUGAGAAUUAGAAACUGCCAGCCUGAAGAUCAAGGAAAUUUCAGAAUAGUGUGUGGACCACAUAUUGCCAGUGCCAAGCUAACUGUGAUUGAACCUGCAGUUGAGCGGCAUCUUCAUGACACUACUUUCAAGGAAGGAAAAACAUGCACACUGACUUGUCAGUUCUCUAUCCCAAAUGCCAAGUCUCAGUGGUAUAGAAAUGGGAGGCCCAUUAAGAUAGGAGGGAGAUAUUCAACACAAGUCUCUGACAAAGUGCACAAACUCAUCAUCAAGGAUGUUAGAACGGAAGACGAGGGACAGUAUACCUGCAAGCUUGACAGUCUAGAGACAACGGCAGAUCUGGCCAUUGAAGCGGAACCAAUUCAGUUCACCAAGAGCAUACAGAACAUCGUUGUGAGUGAACACCAGUCUGCAACCUUCGAAUGUGAGGUGUCUUUUGAUGAUGCAGUUGUGACAUGGUAUAAAGGCCCCACUGAACUGAGAGAGAGUCCCAAGUACAGCUUCAGAAGUGAAGGUCGUUGUCAUUAUAUGACUAUUCACAAUGUCAAUGCAGAAGAUGAAGGUGUGUAUUCUGUAAUUGCUCGUCUUGAACCAAGAGGAGAAGCAAGAAGCACUGCAGAGCUCUAUCUUGUAACCAAAGAAAUCAAACUGGAGUUGAAGCCACCAGAUGUUCCUGAUGCCAAGGUUGCAGUUCCACCUCAAAAACCAGCUGAAGCUGCCCCUAUUCCCAUUCUUCUGCCUCUUGUUCCACCUCCAGAGGAGAAAAAGCCAGCAGAGAAAAAGGUUCCAUUAAAGAAAGUCCCCCAAAAGGUGGUUAAAAAAGCUCCUGAAGAAGUCCUGCUACCUAAAGUUCCUGAGGUGCCACCAGAGAAGCCCAAAGAAGUCAAAAUAACAUCCAUGGCAAGGAGAGAAGAGAUACAUGAAGAAAAGAAAAUACAUGAAACACCCAAAGAAAUUUAUGAAGAAUGGGAAGAAGAUUAUGGUGAGGACCAUGACUAUUAUGUCAAGGAAGAGGGCUAUGAUGAAGGGGAAGAGGAAUGGGAAGAAGCUUACGAGAAAAAAGAAGUGACUUACGAAGAAAAAAGAAUAAUUCAUGAAGAAGUGACCGAAGUUCCUAAGAAACCCGUGCCUGAGAGAAAGCCACCGGCCAUUAUAGCUGAAAAGAAGGAAAAGAAGGAAGUAACUGUUCAAAAAGUUGUCAAGAAACCUGUCGAUGAAAAAGUGGAGGUAACCACUCAGAGGGUUGCAGAAGAAAAAGUCAAAAGGGCUGAGGUUACCAAGAAAGUUCUGCCACCAAAACCUACACCAGUGGUCGUUGAAGAAAAAGUUAUGAAAAAAGAAGUACCAACAGUAGAAACAUGGACUGUUUCAGAAGAAAAGAUGUCAGUUUCUGUCCACAGAGAAGAAGAAUAUUCAUAUGAUGUUACAGAGCCAACAGAGCAUGAGAAAACAGUUGAAGAAAGAUUCUUUGAAGCUGUUUAUCCAAUUGAAGCACAUAGAGAGGUUGAGGAGGAGGAAGAAGUUGUUUCUACAGAACUGGAGAUCUCUCAUGUUGAAGUGCCUGAGAUACCAAAGAGGCGUGUUCCAGAAGAGAGAAAGCCUGUUCCUGUGCCUAAAAUGGAAGCUCCUUCAGCUAAAGUGCCUGAAGCCCCUAAGAAACCUGUUCCAGAAAAGAAAGUUGCUGUUGCUAAAAAGGAGGUGGCUCCCCCAGCAAAAGUGCCAGAGGUUCCUAAGAAAGCUCCCCCAGAGAAAAAGGUUGCUGUUCCAAAAAGAGAGGAAGCUCCAACACCUAAAGUGCCUGCAGUUCCUAAGAAACCUGUCCCUAAAGAAAAAGUAUCUCCUGCUGUUCCUAAAAAAAUUGAGGCUCCUCCAGCUAAAGUGCCUGAAGUGCAGAAGAAAGCCACUUUUGAAGAAAGAGUACUUAUUACAGAAGAAAGAAUAUCUGUAGCCAUUCCAGAGGAAAUUCCAUCACCUGAAGAACCAACAGUUGAAGAAUGGUCUGAAGAAGAAAGAGAGGAAGUAUCUAUUUCCAUCCACAGAGAAGAGAUUUCUGAAGUGACUGAAGAAGAGUCUUACUACAUAGAGGAGACAGUAACUGUUCCAAAAAGAGAGGAAGCCCCACCUAAAAAAGUGCCUGAGAAGCACAGGAGAGUUGUCCCUGAGCCAAAAGUCCCAGCUGCUCCUAAGGAAGCUCCAGGAGUUAAAGUUCCUGAAGUUCAUAAGAAAGCAGUUCCUAAAGAAAAAGUACCUGUUCCUGUGUCUAAAAAAAUAGUGGCUCCACCAGCAAAAGAACCUGAGGAAGCAUUGGUGCCCACUUUUGAGGCAGAAUUUGAAGAACCUCCAACAACCAAAGUGACUGAAGUGCACAGGAAAAUUAUCACAGAAGAAAAAGUUGCAGUUGCUAAAAAAGAAGUGGCUCCACCAAAGAAAGUGGUGCCCAAGAAGCCUGUGCCAGAAGACAAAGUACCUGUUCCAAUUUCACAGAAAGUGGCAGCUCCAGCAGCUAAAGUCUCAGAAGCACAGAGGAAAACUGCCAGAGAAGAAAGAGUAUCCAUUGCUGUUCAAAAGAGAAAAGUGUCUCCACCACCAGAAGUACCAACAGAAGAAGAACAUUGGGCUAUGUCAGAGGAAGUAUCCGUUUCUCUCCACACAGAAAAGGAGAUUUCAUACACAGUGCCUGAUGUACCAGAGAGGGCUAUCAUUGAAGAAAGAGUACCAAUUUAUCCUCCUAAAAAAAUGGCAAGACCACCAGCCAAAGUGCCUGAAGUACGCAAGACAGUUGUCCGAAAAGAAAAAGCGUACGUUGAAGUUCCUCAGUAUGAAGAGGAGGAGGAGGUUCCAAGGUACGAGGAGGAAGACACCACCAGAUAUGAGAGGGAGGUGAUCCGUUACAAGGAGGAAGUUCGGCAUUACGAAGAAGUUAGUCACUAUGAGGAGGAAGCUCCUCAGUAUGAAGAGGAGGAAGCUCCUCAGUAUGAGGAGGAAGAAGUUCCUCAGUAUGAAGAGGAAGUCAUCCACUAUGAAGAAGAAGCUGCUUAUUAUGGAGAGGAAGUUGCUGAAUAUGAGGAGGAAGAGCCACAGGUUCCUCAGUAUGAAGAGAAGGCUCCCCCACCAACUAGAGUGCCUGAGGUUCCCAAGAAGCCUGUUCCAGAGGAAAAAAUACCUAUUCUGAAGAAAAAAGAACCUCCUCCAGCUAAAGUGCCCGAGGUGCCAAAGAAACCUGUACCUGAAAAGAAAGUCCAAGUGCCGAAGAAGGAAGCUCCCCCAGCUAAAGUUCCAGAAGUGCCAAAGAAACCUGUGCCAGAAGAGAAGUUUCCUGUUCCUGUACCAAAAAAGAAGGAGGUUCCACCAGCCAAAGUGCCCGAAGUACCAAAGAAACUUGUGCCAGAAGAGAAGGUACAUGUCCCAGUGCCUAAAAAAGUGGAAGAACCUCCACCAGCCAAAGUCAUGGAGGUGCGUAAAAGAGCUGUGGCAGAAGAGAAAGUGCAAGCUGUUGUGCCCAAACCCAAAGAACCGACACCAACCAAAGUGCCCGAAGCACCCAAGAAACUUGUACGGAAAGAAAAAGUCCCUGCUCCUACACCUGUGGUGGAGAAGUAUGAGUAUGCCUAUGAAGAAUAUGAGAAGUAUGAGACAUAUGAAAGCAUUGAAGAGUUUGAGAAGAUCCAGGAAGCUGAAGAAAUUGAGGCGUACGAGGAACCUGAAGAACCUGAGGGAUAUAAGGAAAUUCUGGAACAGGAAUAUGAAGUGGAGGCUGAGGAGAAAGAUGUCUAUGAACAGUAUGAGUUUAAGGAGAAGGAAGAGAUCUAUGAGAAAUAUGAGGAGGUAUAUGAGGAGGCUUAUGAGACCAAACCAGCUAUAGUGCCUGAGUUGCCCAAAAGACCUCUGCCAGAAGAAAAAGUACCUGCUCUUAAAAGAGAAGCUCCACCAGCUAAAGUGCCAGCAGUGCCGAAGAAACCUGUUCCAAAAGAGAAAGUACCACCUGCUGUUCCUAAAAAGGAAGCACCUCCGCCAGCUAAAGGGCCAGAUGAUUUCAAAAGACCUGUCCCUGAAGAAAAGAAACCUACACGUACACCUGAAAUAGAAGUUCCACCAAAGAAAGUUCCUGAGUUUCGUAAGAGAGCUGUCCUUGAAGAGAAAGUACCCACCAUUAUCCCUAGAGAAGAGGAGCCUCCUUUUUAUGAAGAACCUGAAGGUUAUGAAGAAGUUCCAACAGAAGAAAAGAUGCCUUUUAUUACUCCUAGUGAACCAGAAGCUCCAGCAGCUAAAGUAUCUGCAGUGACAAAGAAAACUGUCGCACUUAAGAAAAUACCUGCUGCUGUACCUACAGAAGAAGCUCCUCCAGCUAAAGUUCCUGAAGUACGAAAGAAAGCUGUCCACAAAGAAAAAAUACCUCCUGCUCUACCUAAAGAAGAACCUUCACACCUUACAGUGCAUGAAGUUUAUGAGGAGAUUCACAUAGAAGAAGAAAUUUCUACUGUUCAUAGGAAAGAGGAGGCUCCACCAUCUAGAGUGCCUGCAGCCAUUAGGAAAGCUGUUCCAGAAGAAAAAGUACCUAUUGCUAUGCCUAAAAAACCAGAACCUACUCCUGUGCCUAAAAGACCAGAAUCUCCACUGUCUAAAGUGCCAGAGGUGCCCAAGAAAAUUCCAGAAGAGAAAGUGCCCACUGCUGUUCCUAAAAAACCAGAACCACCACCAGCCAAAGUGCCUGAGGUGCCCAAGAAAGUGAUUUCAGAAGAAAAAGUACACAUUGAAGUUCCUAAAAAGCCAGAACCUCCACCAGCCAAAGAACCCGAGGUGCCGAAGAAAGUUGUUCCAGAAAAGAAGAUACCUGUGCAAAAAGUACCAGAACCAGUGGUUGUCCCAGAACCAGAGGCUGCACCUGAAGAACCAGAACUCCCACCAAAGGAAGUGCCGCAGCCUGAAAAGAAGAUUCCUGAGAAGCGAAAACCACCACCACCACCUGCUCCAACAGAAGAUAUUAAACUGGCAAAAGAUCUACUUAAAGCUCCUGAGGCAAGGAAGAAAGCUGUGGCUGCAAAACCUGGUGAGCCUCCGAAACUGGAACCUCCACCUGCUAAAGUGCCUGGACUUGUAAAGAAACCUCGCAAAAUACUUCCUGAGCCUACUCCCCCACCAAAAGAAGAAGUUGUUUUGAAAAGAGUUCUUAAAAAGAAACCUGAAGAGGAAGAACCUAAACCAGAAAAAGAGCCUAAACCAGAAGUUAAACCAGUACCUACACCAAUAGAAAAAAUUAAGAAACCUGAAGUCCCAGAAGUUCCUAAGAAGAAAACUGAGAUACCUGCCAUAAAAAAAGAGGAGAAACCUGUGCCUGAACCACCAAAAGAAACUAAGCAAGCGUCUGUCCCAAUUCCUGGGCCUGAACCUAAACCUGUAGUAGCUGUAAAAUCUCCAAAACCAGCUGAAGAACCCACUGUUACUGCUCCAGUGACAGCUCCAGUUGUUGGAAAGAAAGCAGAGGCCAAGCCACCAAAAGAAGAAUCUCCGAAGGGUAUCAGUCCAGUCAAAGCCAAGAAGACACCUUCACCAGCAGACGCGGAAAGAAGGAAGCUCAGGCCAGGCAGCGGUGGUGAAAAACCUCCUGAAGAGCCUCCAUUUACUUACCAACUCAAGGCUGUACCACUGAAGUUUGUCAAGGAGAUGAAAGAUAUAGUGCUAAAAGAAGCUGAGUCUGUUGGGUCUUCUGCAAUCUUUGAAGUCCUUAUUUCACCAUCCACUGCAAUUACCAGCUGGAUGAAAGAUGGAAGUAACAUCCGAGAGAGCCCAAAACACAAGUUUAUUGCUGAUGGCAAAGAUAGGAAGCUGCAUAUUAUUGAUGUCCAGCUGUCUGAUGCUGGCGAAUAUACUUGUGUAUUAAAACUGGGGAACAAAGAGAAGACCUCUACAGCCAAACUUAUUGUUGAAGAACUCCCAGUGCGGUUUGUGAAAACUCUUGAAGAAGAAGUGACUGUCAUUAAAACCCAGCCACUGUACUUAACAUGUGAGCUUAACAAAGAAAGAAAUGUGGUCUGGAGAAAGGAUGGUAAAAUCAUCAAAGCCAAGCCUGGGAAAUUUGCUCUGGGUGUUAUUGGUUUGUCACAUUCCCUCACAAUCACAGAUUCAGAUGAUGCUGAUGCUGGCACUUACACUGUUACUGUGGAAGACUCUGAGCUAUCAUGCUCAUCUUGUGUUAAGGUAGUAGAAGUUAUAAGGGACUGGUUGGUGAAACCCAUAAGAGACCAGCAUGUUAAACCAAAAGGAACAGCUACUUUCAGCUGUGACAUUGUCAAGGAUACACCAAACAUUAAAUGGUUCAAAGGAGAUGAGGAAAUCCCUGCUGAACCCACUGACAAGACAGAAAUCUUGAAAGAAGGAAAUAAAAUUUUCCUGAAAAUCAAGAAUGCUGGUCCUGCUGAUAUUGGAGAAUAUGCAGUGGAAGUUGAAGGUCGCAGAUACCCAGCUAAACUGACCCUUGGUGAACGUGAAGUUGAGCUUCUGAAGCCAUUAGAGGAUGUUACAGUUUAUGAGAAGGAAACAGCAAAUUUUGACACAGAAAUAUCUGAAGAUGAUAUUCCUGGUGAAUGGAAGCUGAAAGGAGAAGUCCUGAGACCUUCACCUACAUGUGAAAUCAAAGCCGAGGGAGGAAAACGCUUCCUAACCUUACACAAAGUCAAGUUAGAGCAAGCUGGCGAAGUCCUUUACCAGGCCCUGAAUGCCGUCACUACAGCCAUCCUGACAGUAAAAGAAAUCGAGCUGGACUUUGCUGUGCCCCUGAAAGAUGUCACUGUUCCUGAGAAGCGCCAAGCAAGGUUUGAAUGUGUCCUUACCAGAGAGGCCAAUGUUAUAUGGUCUAAGGGCACUGAUAUAAUCAAGAUUGGAGAAAAAUUUGACAUCAUUGCAGAUGGAAAGAAGCACAUUCUUGUUAUCAAUGAUUCACAGUUUGAUGAUGAGGGAGAAUACACUGCUGAAGUUGAUGGCAAAAAGAGCACAGCAAGACUGUUUGUGGAAGGUGUGAGGCUGAAGUUCAUAUCACCUCUACAGGACCAAACAGUGAAAGAGGGGGAAACAGCUCACUUUCAGUUUGAGCUUUCUCAUGAAGACAUGCCUGUGAAAUGGUUCAAAAAUGACAAGAGACUUCACACAAGCAGAACAGUUUUAAUUACUUCAGAAGGCAAAGUUCAUAAACUAGAAAUGAGAGAAGUAACACUUGAUGAUAUCUCAGAAAUAAAGGCCGUAGUCAAGGACUUGAACACACAAGCCAACCUGAAAGUCUUAGAGGCCGAUCCAUAUUUCACUGUGAAAUUACAAGACUACAGUGCUGUAGAGAAAGAUGAUAUUACUCUGGAGUGUGAACUUAGCAAAGAUGUGCCAGUAAAAUGGUACAAAGAUGGUGAAGAACUAAUAGCUUCCAACAGAAUUUCCAUAAAAACCGAUGGCUUGCGCCGUAUCCUGAAGAUCAAGAAGGCUGCAGAGAGUGACAAAGGGGUUUAUGAGUGUGACUGUGGAACCGACAAGACAAGUGCCAAUAUCAGCGUGGAGUCUCGCUUAAUUAAAGUGGAGCGCCCACUGUAUGGAGUAGAAGUAUUUGUUGGUGAAACAGCACGCUUUGAAAUUGAAAUAUCUGAGCCUGAUGUCCAUCCUGUAUGGAAGCUAAAGGGAGAAACCUUAAUACCUUCACCUGACUGUGAAAUCAUUGAAGAUGGGAAGAAGCAUAUUCUUGUCCUUCAUAACUGCAAACUUGAUAUGACUGGAGAAGUGUCUUUCCAAGCUGCCAAUGCUAAAAGUGCUGCUAAUCUGAAAGUGAAAGAACUGCCUCUUAUCUUUAUCACUCCACUAAGUGAUGUGAAGGUCUUUGAGAAGGAUGAAGCUAAGUUUGAAUGUGAGGUAUCCAGAGAACCCAAGACUUUCCGCUGGUUGAAAGGAACAGAAGAGAUCACUCCUGAUGAAAGAUUCGAAAUCGUUUCAGAUGGAACAAAGCAUGCUCUGAUUAUUAAAUCUGUUGCCUUUGAGGAUGAAGUAAAAUACACAUUUGAAGCUGAGGAUAAAAGAACAAGUGCCAAGCUAAUUAUUGAAGGUAUCCGCCUGAAAUUCAUCACUCCUCUCAAGGAUGUGACAAAGAAGGAGCGAGAAACUGCAGAGUUCACUGUGGAACUCUCCCAUGAAAAUAUCACUGUGGUCUGGUUCAAGAAUGAUCAACGAUUACAUACCAGCAAAGUGGUUUCAAUGACAGAUGAUGGCAAAUUCCAUACACUCACAAUCAAAGAUCUAACUAUUGAUGAUACUUCUCAGAUAAAAGUGGAAGCUAUGGGCAAAUCCUCAGAAGCUAAACUCACUGUUCUUGAGGGAGACCCUUAUUUCACUGGGAAGCUGCAGGACUACACUGCUGUGGAGAAAGAUGAAGUAAUCUUGCAAUGUGAAAUCAGCAAAGCAGAUGCCCCAGUGAAAUGGAUGAAGGAUGGCAAGCCAAUUACUGCGUCAAAGAAUGUUGUUAUAAAGGCUGAUGGCAAAAAGAGAAUCCUUAUUCUCAAGAAAGCUUUAAAGAAAGACAUUGGACAGUACACUUGUGACUGUGGUACUGACCAGACCUCUGCUAAACUUGAUAUUGAAGACCGGGAUAUUGAGAUUGUGCGACCACUCUACAGCGUGGAGGUGAUUGAGACAGAGACUGCCCGUUUUGAUAUUGAAAUCUCUGAGGAAGGUGUCCAUGGCAAUUGGAAGCUAAAAGGAGAACCCCUGACUGAAUCAGCUGAAUGUGAAAUCAAGGAGGAAGGAAAAAAGCACUUCCUUACACUGUACAAUGUACGCUUAGAUCAAGCUGGUGGAGUAGAUUUUCAAGCAGCAAAUGCCAAGUCUGGUGCUCACCUUCGAGUGAAACCUCGAGUAAUUGGCCUGCUGAGACCCCUCAAGGAUGUAACAGUGACAGCUGGGGAAUCAGCAACCUUCGAUUGCGAACUCUCUUAUGAGGGAAUCCCAGUAGAAUGGUUCCUGAAAGGAAAGAAACUGGAGCCCAGUGAUCAGGUGGUGACCCGCACUGAGGGGAGAGUUCACACACUUAUUCUCAGAGACGUCAAGUUAACAGAUGCAGGAGAGGUAUCACUGACAGCGAAAGAUUUCAGAACUCAAGCAAAUCUUUUUGUGAAAGAACCCCCAGUUGAAUUUACUAAACCACUUGAGGACCAGACUGUUGAAGAGGAAGCCACUGCAGUACUGGAAUGUGAAGUUUCCAGGGAAAAUGCAAAAGUUAAAUGGUUCAAAAAUGGAGAAGAAAUUCACAAAUCGAAGAAGUACGAUAUCAUUUCUGAUGGCAGGGUCAGAAAACUCAUCAUCCGCGGCUGCACACUGGAUGAUGCAAAAACAUAUUCCUGUGAUGCUAAGGAUUUUAAGACAUCAUGUUUUCUCAAUGUGGAGCCUAUUCGUGUCGACUUCCUGAAACCCCUGACUGACCUUGAGGUUAAAGAAAAAGAAUCUGCUCGGUUUGAGUGUGAAAUUUCUCGUCCAAAUGUCAAGGUGAAGUGGUUUAAGGAUGGCAUGGAAAUUAGAAAAGGCAAAAAAUAUGACAUAAUUUCUAAAGGUGCAGAACACAUUCUUGUCAUCAGUAAAUGUGUCUUUGAUGAUGAAGCUGAAUAUUCCUGUGAAGCAAAAACAGCUCGAACUUCUGGCCUACUUACAGUGAUAGAGGAAGAGGCUGUUUUCACAAAAAAUCUUCCUGAUCUUGAAGUAAAUGAAAACGACACUGUAAAACUGAUCUGUGAAGUUUCAAAGCCUAAUGCUGAAGUUACUUGGCUUAAAGGAGAUGAAGAGGUGCCUGAUGGUGGUAGAUUUGAACACAUUUCUGAUGGUAGAAAGAGAAUUCUUGUUAUACAUAACGCUCAUCCUGAAGAUGCUGCGAAGUACACUUGCAAGCUCCCAAGCUCUAGUACAACAGGAAAACUUACUGUACAUGAACUUGCAGCAGAAUUUCUUACCAGACCGCAAAACCUUGAGGUGCUUGAAGGAGAAAAAGCUGAAUUUGUCUGUUCAGUAUCCAAAGAAGCCAUUACAGUACAGUGGCUGAGGGGUGACACAGUCCUGGAGCCUGGUGAUAAGUACGACAUCAUUUCAGAUGGCAAAAAGAGAAUGCUUGUGGUUAAAGAAUCUGUUCUAGGAGAUACAGGAAUGUAUACUGUCAUGGUUGGUGAAGCUAAAGCUACAGCACACUUAGCUGUGAUUGAAAAACUCAAGAUUAUAACUCCUCUUAAGGACCAAGAAGUUACUGAGUGCCAAGAAAUUAUCUUCAACUGUGAAGUCAAUAAAGAAGGUGCCAAAGAGAAGUGGUACAAAAAUGAUGAGGCAAUAUUUGAUAGUGCAAAGUACAUUAUUGUUCAGAAGGGUGUAGUCUACACUCUCAGAAUCAGAGAUGCAGAGUUGAAAGAUCAAGCUACCUACACCAUCUCCUUGACAAACCAGAGAGGUGAACACGUUAAAAGCUCUGCUGACUUAAAAGUAUUAGAGGAGGAUCUCAGAAUUGUUGAGCCCCUUGAAGACAUUGAGACGACGGAAAAGAAAACUGUCACAUUCUGGUGCAAAGUCAAUCGCCUUAAUGCAACUCUCAAAUGGACAAAGAAUGGAGAAGAGAUCACAUUUGACAGGCGCAUUUUGUACAAAAUUGAUAAAUUCAAGCACUCAUUGAUCAUUAAAGAUUGUGGGUUUGUAGAUGAAGGUGAAUACACUGUUACUGCUGGACAAGACAAAUCAGUUGCAGAGCUUCUCAUCACAGAAGCACCAGCAGACUUCACUGAACAUCUUCAGGACCAGACUGUCACUGAAUUUGAUGAUGCUGUCUUUACAUGCCAGCUUUCCAAAGAAAAAGUCAGUGUAAAAUGGUACAGAAAUGGAAGAGAAAUCAAAGAAGGCAAAAAAUACCAGUUUGAAAAAGAUGGAAAUCUGCACAGAUUAAUCAUAAAAGACUGUAGACUAGACGAUGAGUGUGAAUAUUCCUGUGGAGUAGAUGACAGGAGAUCUAGGGCAAGACUUUUUGUUGAAGAAAUCCCUGUUGAGAUUAUUCGACCACCACAAGAUAUUUAUGAAGCUCCUGGUGCAGAUGUCAUCUUCAUGGCUGAGUUGAACAAAGAUGGUGUGGAGGUAAAGUGGUUGAGGAACAACAUGAUUAUCAUCCAAGGUGACAAACAUCAGAUGAUGAGUGAAGGAAAGGUCCACAGGCUGCAGGUGUGUGACAUAAAGCCCCGUGACCAAGGGGAAUACAGAUUUAUCGCCAAAGACAAGGAAGCUAGAGCAAAGCUUGAAUUAGCUGCUGCACCUAAAAUCAAGACUGGUGAUCAAAACCUUGUGGUUGAUGUUGGGAAACCUUUAACUAUGACUGUCCCAUAUGAUGCCUACCCAAGAGCAGAAGCGGAAUGGUUUAAAGCAGGGGAAAGUCUGCCCACAACAACUGUUGAUACAACAACUGACUGCACUACCUUCAAAAUUUAUGAAGCAAAGAAAUCAGAUAAGGGAAGGUACAGGAUUGUGCUUCGAAACAAACAUGGCCAGGCAGAAGCAUUCAUCAAUGUAGAGGUCAUUGAUGUUCCAGGUCCAGUUAGAAACUUGGAAGUCACUGAAACUUAUGAUGGUGAAGUUGGUCUCGCAUGGCAAGAACCAGAAAGUGAUGGUGGAAGCAAAAUCAUAGGCUAUGUCGUUGAAAGACGUGAUAUCAAGCGUAAGACCUGGAUUGUGGCCACAGAUCGUGCUGAAAAUUGUGAAUACACUGUUACUGGACUUCAGAAAGGAGGAGUUGAGUACCUCUUCCGUGUCAGUGCACGCAACAGAGUGGGCACUGGUGAGCCAGUGGAAACAGACACGCCUGUGGAAGCUAAGAGCAAAUUUGAUGUUCCUGGUCCUCCUCAAAAUGUAGAAGUUACUGAUGUGAACAGGUUUGGAGCCACACUCAGCUGGGAGCCACCUGAGGAUGACGGAGGAUCCCCGAUUACUGGCUACGUUAUUGAACUGCGUAACAGAGCUACCAUCAGAUGGGAGCCAGCUAUGACCACGGGAGCUGAUGAACUGACAGCUGUCCUGACUGAUGUUGUGGAAAAUGAAGAAUAUUUCUUCAGAGUGAGAGCUCAAAACAUGGUUGGAGUUGGCAAACCAAGUCCUGCUACACGUGCAGUAAAAAUCAUGGACCCAAUUGAGAGACCAAGUCCUCCCAUUAACCUUGAGCACUCAGAUCAAACGAAGUCAUCAGUCCAGCUCACAUGGGAACCCCCUCUUGAAGAUGGAGGAAGUCCAAUCUUAGGCUAUAUUAUUGAAAGGCGAGAGGAAGGAACAGACAAAUGGAUUCGUUGUAACCCAAAACUAGUACCUGCUCUUACUUUUAAGGUAACUGGACUGAAACAAGGAUCCAGUUAUUACUACAGAGUCUCAGCAGAAAAUGCAGCUGGCGUGUCUGACCCAGCAGAGGCUAUUGGGCCAUUAACUGCAGAUGAUACUUUUGUUGAACCUACAAUGGACCUAAGUGCAUUUAAGGAUGGGCUGGAAGUUAUUGUACCAGAGCCAAUCAAGAUCCGUGUUCCCAUCACUGGAUACCCCGUGCCAACUGCUACGUGGUAUUUUGGUGACCAAGUCUUAGAAGAGGGUGAUCGUGUGAAAAUGAAGACCACGGCCUCCUUUGCAGAACUUGUAAUUACUCCAAGUGAACGCCCAGACAAGGGAGUUUAUUACUUGACAUUAGAAAACCCUAUGUCAUCUGUUACAGGAGAAAUUAAUGUUAAUGUCAUUGCUUGUCCAAGUGCACCGAGAGAGCUCAAUGUUUUAGAAGUACUCAAGAGUACAGUGCAGCUUGCAUGGGAACCUCCAGAAGAUGAUGGUGGAAGUCCAAUUACUGGCUAUAUAAUUGAAAAACGUGAAGUAAGCCGGAAAACGUGGAGCAAAGUUGCGGAUCAUAUUGUCGACCAAGAGUUCACUGUACCUGACCUCAUCCAAGGGAAAGAAUAUUUAUUUAGAGUAUUUGCGUGCAAUAAAUGUGGCCCUGGAGAACCUGCAUAUAUUGAUGAACCUGUAAAUAUGUCAAUACCAGCAACGGUGCCUGACCCACCAGAAAAUGUUAAAUGGAGAAAUCCAACAUCAAAAGGAAUCUUCCUAACAUGGGAGCCUCCCAAAUAUGAUGGUGGUGCACGCAUUAAGGGUUAUCUGGUAGAAAAAUCCCAACGUGGCACAGACAAGUGGGAGAUAUGUGGGGAGCCUGUUAUUGAAACAAAAAUGGAAGUAACAAAGCUCAAGGAAGGAGAGUGGUAUGCUUAUAGGGUUAAGGCUUUGAACAGAAUGGGAGCAAGUAGGCCAAGUAAGCCAACUGAUGAUAUUCAGGCCAUUGAUGCAAAAGAGGCUCCAGAAAUCUUCUUAGAUGUGAAGCUUCUUGCUGGACUUACUGUGAAAGCCGGAACUAAAAUUGAGCUGCCAGCUAAAGUAACUGGAAAGCCUGAGCCCCAAGUUACUUGGACCAAGGCUGACAAAAUUUUGAGACCUGACAACAGAAUCACCAUUGAAAGCCAGCCUAAUCAUUCUACAGUCACUAUUACAGACAGCAAGAGGAGUGACAGUGGAACCUAUAUCAUAGAAGCUGUAAAUACCAGUGGACGUGCUACUGCUGUUGUUGAAGUUAAUGUUCUUGAUAAACCUGGUCCACCAGCUGCAUUUGAUGUAACAGAAAUCACAAACGAAUCCUGCCUUCUAACCUGGAAUCCUCCACGAGAUGAUGGGGGUUCUAAAAUUACCAACUACGUCCUUGAGAAAAGAGCUACAGACAGUGAAAUAUGGGACAAGUUGUCAUCGACUAUUAAAGAUACAAAAUUCAGAGCUACCAAUUUAACUCCUCAUAAAGAAUAUGUGUUCCGAGUCAGUGCUGAAAACAUGUAUGGUGUUGGGGAACCAGCACAGUGUAGCCCCAUCAUUGCCAAAUAUUCAUUUGAUCCGCCAGGCCCUCCAACAGGUCUCAAGCCCACAGAGGUUACUAAAGAUUCAGUCACUUUAACAUGGAAUGAACCAGAUGAAGAUGGUGGCAGCCCCAUAACUGGCUACUGGGUUGAAAGAUACGAUCCUGAGCAGGAUAAAUGGAUAAAAUGCAACAAAAUGCCAGUGAAAGAUACAACAUUCAAAGUUAAAGGUCUUACAAAUAAGAAGAAGUAUAAGUUCCGUGUCUUGGCAGAGAAUCUUGCAGGACCUGGAAAACCAAGCAGGGAAACAGAGCCAAUCUUAGUGAAAGAUCCAAUUGAUCCACCAUGGCCUCCUGGAAAGCCAACUGUGAGAGAUAUUGGCAAGACAUUCCUUACCCUGAACUGGACAAAGCCAGAACAUGAUGGAGGGGCAAAAAUUGAAUCUUAUGUCAUUGAGCUGUUAAAGACUGGAACAGACGAAUGGGUGAGAGUGGCUGAAGGAGUUCCAACAACUGAACACUUCCUCAAAGAUCUUAUGGAGAAACAAGAAUAUUCCUUCCGUGUGAGAGCUGUGAACAAGGCUGGUGAGAGUGAGCCCAGUGAGCCCAGUGACCCUGUGCUGUGCAAGGAGAGGCUCUAUCCUCCUUCACCACCCCGAUGGCUUGAAGUUAUUAAUAUUACUAAAAACACAGCAGAUCUGAAAUGGACAGUACCAGAAAAAGAUGGGGGUUCCCCGAUUACCAACUACAUUGUUGAGAAAAGAGAUGUAAGGCGGAAAGGCUGGCAGACAGUUGACACGACAGUGAAAGAUACCAAGUACACAGUAAGCCCACUGACUGAAGGCUCACUCUAUGUGUUCCGUGUGGCUGCUGAAAAUGCGAUUGGACAGAGUGACUACUGUGAAAUUGAAGACUCAGUGCUUGCUAAAGAUACUUUCACAACCCCUGGGCCUCCGUAUGCCCUUACAAUAGUUGAAGUGAAAAAAGGCCAUGUUGAUUUGAAAUGGGAACCACCUAAGAAUGAUGGUGGCAGACCAAUUCAAAGGUACGUUAUUGAAAAGAAAGAAAAGCUAGCUACUCGCUGGGUAAAAGCUGGGAAGACAGCUGGUCCAGAUUGCAAUUACAGAGUGACAGAUGUCAUUGAAGGUACAGAUGUACAGUUCCAGGUCCGUGCAGAAAAUGAAGCUGGAUGUGGUCAUCCCAGUGAACCAACUGACCUUGUUCAUAUUGAAGACCCAACAAGCCCUCCUUCACCUCCUCAGGAUUUACAUGUCACAGAUGCAGGCCGAAAGCACAUUUGCAUUGCAUGGAAACCUCCUGAGAAGAAUGGUGGAAGUCCCAUUAUUGGAUACAAUGUUGAGAUGUGUGAAGCAGGAACAGAAAAAUGGAUGCGAAUCAAUUCUCGUCCAAUUAAAGAUCUAAAAUGUAAAGUAGAGGAGGGAGUUGUUCCAGACAAAGAAUAUGUGCUGAGAGUCAGAGCUGUCAAUGCUGUUGGAGCUAGUGAGCCAUCAGACAUCUCAGAAAAAGUUGUUGCCAAGGACCCAGACUGUAAUCCAACCAUUGAUCUGCAAACUCGUGACAUUGUUGUUGUUAAGGGACAGAAGCUAAGUAUCCCUAUACCCUUCAGAGCUGUUCCAUCGCCAACUAUAACAUGGCACAAAGAUGGCAAGGAGUUGAAAGCUGGUGACAGAACAACAAUGAAGAGUGACUACACCUCUGCAUUGCUUGAAGUGAUAGACAGCGUUCAUGCCGAUGCUGGUGUUUAUACUAUCACACUGGAGAACAAGCUGGCAUCAACAACUGGCUCAGUCAAUGUCAAAGUCAUAGGUCCACCUGGACAGUGUAAAGACAUUAAGGCAAGCGAAGUAACUAAGAAUUCUUGCAAAGUAUCCUGGGAGCCUCCAGACUUUGAUGGUGGUACUCCUAUUUUGCAUUACGUUCUGGAACGCAGGGAAGCUGGUCGUAAAACAUACAUCCCAGUCAUGUCUGGUGAAAAUAAGCUUUCGUGGCAAGUCAAAGAUCUUAUUCCAAACUGUGAAUAUUACUUCCGUGUUAAAGCUGUCAAUAAGAUUGGAGGGGGUGAUUAUCUUGAACUAAGAAACCCGAUCAUUGCAGAAGACCCAAAACAGCCCCCAGAUCCGCCUGUCGACCUUGAAGUCCAUAAUCCAACAUCAAAAUCAGUUACUCUUACAUGGAAACCACCCCUGUUUGAUGGGGGAAGCAAGAUUAUGGGCUAUAUAAUAGAGAAGCUUGCAAAGGGCAAAGAGAGGUGGGAGAGAUGCAAUGACUAUCUGGUACCCUUACUAACUUACACGGUGAAAGGCCUUGAGGAAGGAAAGGAGUAUCAGUUCCGUGCUCGUGCUGAGAAUGCUGCUGGCAUCAGUGAGCCUUCUCGGAUUACUCCUUUUGUGAAAGCUGUGGAUCCUAUUGAGGCUCCAAAAGUCUUCCUUGCUGCAAACCUACAGUCUGGCCUUGAGGUGAAGAGGGGUGAUGAGAUCAUACUUGAGGCACAUAUUUCAGGGUCACCCUAUCCAUCUAUUACUUGGCUGAGGAAUGAUGAAGUUGUCAGACCAGAGGAUAUAAAGAAGAGAGUAACAGCACCUAAAAAGAAGAAAGGUGAAGCUGAAGAAGAGAAACCUUUCCAGCUUUCACUGCCAGAACGUAUGAGUGUUGACAACCACAAGGAAGGAGAGUCUAUACUGUCAGUUCGUGACUCCAUUAGAGCUGACCAUGGCACAUUUACAAUUAAAGUAGAAAAUGAUCAUGGAGUUGCAAAGGCCUCAUGUGAAGUCAAUGUGUUGGAUACACCUGGGCCACCAGUCAACUUUGUAUUUGAAGAUUUGAGGAAAAAUUCUGUCCUUUGCAAAUGGGAGCCUCCCCUUGAUGAUGGUGGAAGUGAAAUCCUAAACUAUGUACUGGAAAAGAAAGACAAUACAAAAGCUGAAAUGGGCUGGGUCACUGUCAGUUCAACACUCAGGCAUUGCAAAUUCCAUGUAACAAAACUGAUUGAAGGAAAAGAGUAUCUAUUCCGUGUAUUUGCUGAAAAUAGAGUUGGAGCAGGACCACCAUGUGUUUCAAAACCAAUGACAGCUAAAGAUCCUUUCUCUCCACCAGAUGCACCUAACAAGCCUGAUGUGGAAGAUGUAACCAGCAACAGUAUGCUGGUUAAGUGGAAUGAACCAAAAGAUAAUGGGAGCCCUAUCAUAGGAUACUGGAUUGAAAAACGUGAAAUCAAUAGUACUCAUUGGGCUCGGGUCAACAGGAACCUUGUGAAUGCUCUGGAAGUAAAAGUUGAAGGACUGUUGGAAGGUUUAACUUACAUCUUUAGAGUGUGUGCUGAAAAUGCAGCCGGCCCUGGUAAAUUUAGUCCACCAUCAGAUCCAAAAACUGCACAAGACCCAAUAAUGCCACCUGGUCCCCCGAUUCCAAGGAUUGCUGAUACAAGUGCAACUUCCAUCGAGCUAGAAUGGCAACCUCCUGUGUAUAAUGGUGGUGGAGAUAUCACUGGUUACCAUGUGUACAAACAACUGAUGGGUGUAAAUGAGUGGUCACGCUGCACAGCAAAACCCAUUAAGGUCCUGCAGUUUACUGUUGGAGAAGUGAGGGAAGGUGCAGACUAUAAGCUCCGUGUUACUGCACUCAAUGCAGCUGGUGAAGGACCACCUGGGGAAACUGAACCCGCAACAGUUGCAGAACCUAAAGAGCCUCCCACUGUUGAGCUGGAUGUUUCUGUGAAAGCAGGCAUUCAGGUCAUGGCUGGACAGACUAUUAAAAUUCCUGCUACUGUGACAGGGCGUCCUGCUCCCACCAUUUCAUGGGCUAUAGACGAGGGGGAAUUAGACAAAGAUCGAGUUGUUAUUGAAAAUGUUGGCACAAAAUCUGAGUUAACCAUUAAGAAUGCAUUGAGAAAAGACCAUGGAAGAUAUGUAAUUACUGCUACCAACAGCAGUGGUUCAAAAUCGGCAGGAACCAGAGUAGAAGUAUUUGAUGUUCCUGGACCAGUCCUUGACCUAAAGCCAGUGGUCACCAACAGAAAGAUGUGUUUGCUUAACUGGUCUGAUCCUGAAGAUGAUGGUGGCAGUGAUAUCAUAGGCUUCAUUGUUGAAAGGAAGGAUGCCAAAAUGCAUACAUGGAGACUAGCUGUAGACACAGAUAGAUCUAAAUGUGAUAUUACAGGUCUAAUUGAAGGGCAGGAGUAUAAAUUCCGUGUUAGUGCCAAGAACAAAUUUGGUACUGGUCCAGCUGUGGAAAUAGGACCCAUUCUUGCAGUUGAUCCAUUAGGUCCUCCAACAGCACCUGAGAGGUUCAUGUACACAGAGAGGACGAAGUCAUCCAUUACACUUGACUGGAAGCCUCCACGCAGUGAUGGUGGUAGUCCCAUCUUAGGAUAUAUUGUUGAGAAGAGGAGACAUGAUUCAAAAGAUUAUGAAAGAGUUAAUGCAAGGCUCUGUCCAAAAACAUCUCUUCUUGUUGAAAAACUUGAUGAACUUCAUAUGUAUGAAUUCCGUGUGAAAGCUGUCAAUGAGAUUGGAGAAAGUGAGCCAUCACUGCCCCUCAAUGUAGUUAUACAAGAUGAUGAAGUGCCUCCAACUGUUACAUUGCGUUUGGCCGUGAGAGGAGAUACUAUCAAAGUCAAGGCAGGAGAGCCAGUUAACAUUCCUGCUGAUGUAACAGGCCUGCCAAUGCCGAAGAUUGAAUGGGACAAGAAUGAAGUUUUAAUUGACCAAACGUCCAAUGCACUUAAGAUAACCAAGGAAGAAGUAUCUAGAACUGAGGCAAAAACCGAACUCAUCCUUCCUGCAGCAGUGAGGGAUGAUAAAGGCACUUACACUGUGAGAGCUACCAAUCGUCUUGGCACUGCAUUCCGCAAUGUGCAUGUCGAAGUGUAUGAUCGCCCUUCUCCACCAAGAAAUCUUGCGGUUUCUGAUAUUAAAGCAGAAUCAUGCUAUCUAACAUGGGAUGCACCUCUUGACAAUGGUGGUAGUGAAAUUACCCAUUACAUUAUUGAAAAACGUGAUGCUAGUAAGAAGAAAUCUGAGUGGGAAGAAGUCUCCAAAGGCGCUGUUGAGAGAAGAUUUGGGGUAUGGAAUCUUGCAACAAAUGAAAAAUACCAAUUUAGGGUCCGGGCUGUAAACAAAUAUGGAAUAAGUGAUGAAUGCCUCUCAGAAAAAGUUGUCAUUAAGGAUCCCUAUGGUCUUCCUGGACCUCCUGGAAAGCCAAAAAUUUUGGAUCGCACCAGAUCAUCUAUGCUGGUGACUUGGGAGCCUCCUUUGGACAAUGGUGGCAGCCCAAUAACUGGCUAUUGGUUGGAAAAGAGAGAGGUGGGAGGUGUCUACUGGGCACGUGUCAACAGGGCUCCAGUAACAAAACCAUCAGUAAAAGGUCUAGAGCACAAUGUGCUUCGUUUGGCUGAAGGUGUUGAAUACCAGUUUAGAGUUAUGGCUGAAAAUCUUGCUGGAAUUGGCCCUCCUAGUGAACCAUCAGAUCCAGCUUUGGCAGCAGAUCCUAUAUUUGUGCCUGGUCCACCAUCAUGCCCAGAGGUCAAAGACAAAACCAAAUCAUCUGUAGCACUUGCAUGGAAGCCUCCUCAAAAGGAUGGUGGGAGUCCUAUAAAAGGAUAUAUUGUUGAAAUGCAAGAUGAAGGUAGUACUGAUUGGAAGAAAGUGAAUGAAGGAGACAAACUCUUUCCUACUUGCGAGUGUGUUAUUCCCAACUUGAAAGAGCUCAGAAAAUACCGAUUUAGGGUGAAAGCUGUAAAUGCUGCUGGAGAAUCAGAACCAAGUCCUGCAACAUCAGAGAUACCUGUCCAAGAUAUUCUAGAGGAACCAGAAAUCUUCCUUGAUCUUGGAGCACAGGAUUUGCUCUCUUGUCGUGCUGGCACAACAAUUAAAAUCCCAGCUGUUAUCAAGGGUCGUCCAGUUCCAAAAACAUUUUGGGAGUAUGAAGGAAAAGCAAAAACAGCAGCAAAGGAGGGAGGUCAUAAUGUACCCGAAGAAGCUCAGGUGGAAGCAACUGAUACACGUUCAGAGAUUAUCAUCCCUGACUGCAACAGAAGUCACUCUGGUCGAUACAGUAUUACAGCAAAGAAUAAAGCAGGACAAAAGACAGUGCAUGUCAGAGUUAAUGUGCUUGAUGUCCCUGGCCCACCAAAAGACCUUAAAGUAAGUGAUAUCACAAGAGGUAGCUGUAAACUCUCAUGGAAGAUGCCAGAUGAUGAUGGUGGAGAUAGAAUCAGAGGCUAUGUUAUAGAGAAGAGAAAUAUUGAUGGGAAGGCCUGGACUAAAGUCAAUCCAAAUUGUGGCAGUACUUCCUUUGUUGUACCUGAUCUCAUAACUGGCCAAGAAUAUUUCUUCCGGGUACGUGCAGAAAACCGUUUUGGAGUUGGCCCUCCUGCAGAAACCAUCCAGCGGACCACAGCCAGGGAUCCAAUCCAUCCUCCUGAUCCGCCUAUUAAACUGAAGAUUGGCCUUGUAACCAAGAACACAGUGAGCCUGACAUGGAAACCACCAAAGAAUGAUGGCGGAGCUCCUGUUACGCAUUAUAAUGUUGAGUGUCUCCGCUGGGAUCGUACUGGAGAAGUGAAAGAGUCUUGGAAGCAAUGCAACAGACGUGAUGUGGAAGAAACAAAGUUUACUGUUGAGGAUCUUGUAGAAGGUGGAGAAUACGAAUUCAGAGUCAAAGCUGUAAAUAUAGCAGGUCCUAGCAGACCUUCAGCCACUGUUGGCCCACUUGUUGUCAAAGACCAGACAUGUCCACCGUCUAUUGAGCUCAAAGAAUUUAUGGAAGUUGAAGAAGGAACAGAUGUCAAAAUUGUGGCCAAGAUAAAGGGUGUACCCUUCCCCACAUUAACAUGGCUAAAAGCUCCUCCAAAGAAACCAGAUGACAAAUCACCAGUGGUGUAUGAUCAACAUGUCAACAAGAUUGUUGAUGAAGAUACUUGCACUUUAUUGAUCCAACAGUCUCGCAGAAAUGAUACAGGCUUAUAUACUAUAACAGCUGUAAACAACCUGGGAACUGCUUCAAAGGAGAUGCGGCUGAAUGUUCUGGGUCGUCCCGGACCUCCAGUAGGACCUAUUAAAUUUGAAUCCAUUUUGGCUGAUAAAAUGACAAUAUCAUGGCUUCCUCCAUUAGAUGAUGGUGGUUCUAAGAUUACAAACUAUGUUAUAGAGAAAAGAGAAGCAAAUAGGAAGACAUGGGUGUCUGUUACUAAUGAGCCUAAGGAGUGCAUAUUCACUGUUCCCAAGCUGAUGGAAGGCCAUGAAUACGUGUUCCGCAUUAUGGCACAAAACAAAUACGGUAUUGGAGAACCUUUGGAUAGUGAGCCAGAAACAGCAAGAAACCUUUUCACUGUCCCUGGACCUCCUGACAAGCCAACAGUUAGCAGUAUAACACGUGACUCAAUGACAGUGAACUGGGAAGAGCCAGAGCAUGAUGGUGGCUCUCCUAUUACUGGUUACUGGUUGGAGCGCAAAGAGACCACUGGAAAGAGAUGGACCAGGGUUAACCGAGAUCCUAUCAAGCCUAUGACCCUGGGGGUUUCAUACAAAGUUACAGGCCUUAUUGAAGGCUCUGAAUAUCAGUUCCGUGUGUCAGCUAUCAAUGCGGCUGGUGUUGGCCCACCAAGCAUGCCAUCUGAUCCAGCACUUGCUAGAGAUCCUAUUGCCCCACCUGGCCCUCCUAUACCAAAAGUUACUGAUUGGACAAAGUCUUCUGUAGACUUGGAAUGGACUCCACCAGUAAAGGAUGGUGGCUCUAGAGUCACUGGCUACAUUGUUGAGUUUAAAGAGGAAGGAAAGGAAGAAUGGGAACGGGUAAAAGAUAGAGAAAUUAGAGGAACCAAGUUUGUUGUGGCAGGAUUAAAAGAAGGUUGUUUUUACAAAUUUAGAGUUAGAGCAGUAAAUGCUGCUGGCAUCGGAGAGCCUGGAGAAGUUACAGACGUUAUUGAAAUGAAGGACAGAAUUGUGGCUCCUGAUAUUAAUUUGGAUGCAAGUGUAAGGGACAGAAUUGUUGUUCAUGCUGGAGGAGUAAUUCGGAUUAUAGCAUAUGUCUCAGGAAAACCACCUCCAACAGUGAGUUGGAGCAGGGAUGAGCAAGCUUUGCCAGAAGAAGCCAAAAUUGAAGAAACAGCUAUUAGUUCUUCUUUAGUCAUCAGGAAUUGCAAAAGGAGUCACCAGGGUUUAUACACCCUUCUUGCUAAAAAUGAUGGUGGUGAGAGGAAGAAGACAAUUAUUGUUGAUGUGCUAGAUGUGCCAGGCCCAGUUGGAUUGCCACUCCUUACAGAGAAUCUAACUAAUGACUCUUGUAAAUUGUCAUGGUUUACUCCAGAAGAUGAUGGUGGUUCUCCUAUUACAAACUAUAUAAUUGAAAAACGUGAAUCUGACCACAGAGCUUGGACUCCCGUGACCUACACAGUUACAAGACAGAAUGCUACUGUUCAGGGACUCAUUCAAGGGAAAGCCUACUUUUUCCGAAUUGCAGCUGAGAACAUAAUUGGCAUGGGUCCUUUCACAGAAACAACGAAAGAGAUUCUCAUUAGAGAUCCAAUAACUGUUCCUGACCGUCCAGAAGACCUGGAAGUAAAAGCAGUUACCAAGAACUCUGUGACACUAACUUGGAACCCUCCAAAAUAUAAUGGAGGCUCAGAUAUCACCAUGUACGUUCUAGAGAGCCGUCUCAUUGGAAAAGACAAAUUCCACAAAGUUACAAAGGAGAAAAUGCUAGAUAGGAAAUUCACUGUAGAAGGCUUGAAAGAAGGUGACACUUAUGAGUUUCGCGUGAGUGCUUGCAAUAUUGUGGGGCAAGGCAAGCCGUCAUUUUGCACUAAACCAAUCACGUGCAAGGAUGAAAUUGCUCCUCCCACACUUGACCUUGACUUUAGAGACAAGCUUAUUGUUCGAGUUGGUGAAGCUUUCAGCUUGACUGGACGCUACUCAGGCAAACCUGCACCAAAGGUUACUUGGCUGAAGGAUGAUAUUGUUGUGAAAGAAGAUGACAGAAUAAAGAUUAAGACAACUCCUACAACUCUUUGUUUGGGGAUACUAAAAUCUGUCCGUGAAGACACAGGCAGAUACUGUGUUACUGUAGAGAACAGCACAGGAUCAAGAAAAGGAUUUUGUCAAGUUCAUGUCGUUGAUCGCCCAUCACCUCCAGUAGGCCCAGUUAUAUUUGAUGAAGUCUUUAAAGAUCAUAUGGUUGUUUCCUGGAAACCUCCAUUAGAUGAUGGAGGCAGUGAAAUUACAAAUUACAUAAUUGAGAAGAAGGAUACACACAAAGACUUAUGGAUGCCAGUUACAUCUGCCACAGUGAAGACAACAUGCAAAAUUCCCAAGCUGCUUGAAGGAAGAGAAUAUCAAAUUCGAAUUUAUGCUGAAAAUCUUUAUGGCAUAAGCGAUCCUCUCAUCUCUGAUGAGAUGAAAGCCAAGGACCGUUUCCGUGUUCCUGAUGCACCUGAGCAACCAAUCAUUAAGGAUGUAACCAAAGACUCUGCAGUAGUGGUUUGGAACAAACCAUAUGAUGGAGGCAAGCCAAUAACAAACUACAUUGUAGAAAAGAAGGAAACAAUGGCUACAAGAUGGGUCAAAGCUACCAAAGAUCCAAUUUUCCCUGGUACAAAGUUCAAAGUGCCUGAUCUCCUUGAAGGCUGUCAGUAUGAAUUCCGUGUGUCAGCAGAAAAUGAAAUUGGUGUUGGUGAUCCUAGUCCACCAUCAAAGCCAAUUUUCGCUAGAGAUCCAAUUGCAAAACCAAGUCCACCUGUUAAUCCAGAAGCAGUAGAUAAAACUAAAAAUUCAGUUGAUUUAUCUUGGCAACCACCACGCCAUGACGGAAAUGGCAAGAUAAUUGGCUACCUUAUAGAGUUUCAGAAAGUUGGAGAUGAGGAAUGGAAACAGGCUAAUCUUACAGCAGAUUCUUGUCCUGAAACAAACUACAAAGUCACUGGUCUUACUGAGGGAUUAACCUACAAAUUCAGGGUCAAGGCAGUCAAUGCAGCAGGCGAAUCUGAUCCAGCACAUGUUCCUGAUCCGGUAGAAGUAAAGGACAGGCUUGAACCUCCUGAGUUAAUACUUGAUGCUAAUAUGGCCCGAGAACAGCAUGUAAAAGCUGGAGAUACCCUGAGACUUAGUGCUCUUAUUAAAGGUGUUCCAUUCCCAAAAGUUACUUGGAAGAAAGAAGAUCAUGAGGUCUCACCCAAAGCUGAUAUUGAAGUUACAGGAGUUGGCAGUAAGCUUGAAAUCCGUAACACUGUCCAUGAAGAUGGUGGAAUGUAUUCCCUGACAGUUGAAAAUCCAGCUGGUUCAAAGACUGUUUCAGUAAAAGUUGUGGUCUUAGAUAAGCCUGGUCCACCCAGAAAUCUGAACAUCAGUGAUGUUAGAAGCGACUCUUGCUAUCUCACUUGGAUGGAACCAGAAGAUGAUGGUGGCUCUGUGAUUACCAACUAUGUGGUGGAGAGGAAAGAUGUAGCUUCUGCACAGUGGGUAGCCAUCUCAUCAUCCUCCAAGAAACGCAGCCAUAUGGCUAAAUAUCUGAUGGAAGGCACUCAGUAUCUCUUCCGAGUUGCAGCUGAGAAUCAGUAUGGUAGAGGUCCAUAUGUGGAAACACUUAAGCCUAUCAAAGCUAUAGAUCCGCUGCAUCCUCCAGGGCCACCAAAGAAUCUGCAUCAUGUAGAUGUUGACAAGACUGAAGUUUCCCUUGUUUGGAAUCGACCAGAUCGUGAUGGUGGUGCUGAGAUAACUGGGUAUUUGGUGGAAUAUCAAGAAGAUGGUGCAGAUGAAUGGACAAAGUUCCAGACAGUCCCUAUGCUAGACUGUGUUGUUACAGGCCUACAGAAAGGAAAAAUAUACAAAUUCCGUGUGAGAGCUCAAAACAUUGUUGGUCUUAGCCUUCCAGAUACAACUAUACCAAUAGAGUGUCAAGAAAAGCUAGUACCUCCAUCUGUGGAUCUAGAUGUGAAGUUAAUUGAAGGUCUUGUUGUUAAAGCUGGCACCACAGUGCGCCUUCCAGCGAUUAUGAGAGGUGUGCCAGUUCCCACAGCAAAAUGGGUUACUGAUGACACCGAAAUUAAACCAGAUGGCAAAUACAAGAUUGAGACUGACAAUUACUCAACUGUGCUUACUAUCAAAGACUGUGUAAGAAAAGAUACAGGAGAAUAUCUACUCACAGUAUCUAAUGCAGCUGGCAGCAAAACUGUGGCUCUACACCUUACAGUUUUGGAUGUUCCAGGCCCACCAACUGGUCCUAUUAAUAUUCUUGAAGUAACACCAGAAUAUAUGGUUAUUUCUUGGCGCCCUCCUAAAGAUGAUGGUGGGAGUCCUAUAAUAAAUUAUAUUGUUGAGAAGCGUCAAUCGAAGAAAGAAACAUGGGGAGUGGUUAGCUCUGGAACAAGUCACACAAAAAUUAAGGUUCCACGACUACAGAAAGGCUGUGAAUAUAUUUUCCGUGUUCGUGCAGAAAAUAAGAUAGGCAUCGGUGCACCCCUGGAUUCAGAACCAACAGUUGCUAAAUACAUGUUUGAUCCACCAUCCCCACCUGGUAAACCAACUGUUUAUGAUAUUACAGAAAAUGCAGCAACAGUGUCUUGGACCCUACCAAAAUCUGAUGGUGGAACUCCAAUAACUGGUUAUAUACUUGAACGUCGGGAAGCAUCUGGUAAAUGGGUGCGUGUCAAUAAGACGCCUAUACUUGAUAUGAAAUACAGAGUCACUGGUCUUUUUGAAGGCAACACAUAUGAAUUCAGAGUUUUUGCAGAAAACAUGGUGGGCUUAAGCAAACCAUCUCCAAGCUCUGAUCCAAUAAAAGCAUCACGUCCUAUCACUCCUCCCGGUCCACCUAUAAAUCCAAAAUUAAAAGACAAAACUAAAGAAUCAGCUGAUCUUGUGUGGACAAAGCCCCUCAAGGAUGGUGGCAGCCCAAUUCUGGGAUAUAUUGUGGAAUGUCAGAAAAGUGGAACUACGCAGUGGAAUAGGAUUAAUAAGGAUGAGCUCAUUAGACAGUGUGCUUUCAGAGUACCUGGAUUAAUAGAAGGAAAUGAAUAUAAAUUCCGAAUAAAAGCUGUCAACAUCGUGGGAGAGGGAGAACCAAGAGAACUACCAGAAACUGUGCUUGCAAAAGAUAUUCUUUCUCCUCCAGAAAUAAGCCUAGAUGUGACCUGUCGAGACUUAAUUACUGUCCGAGUAGGUCAAACAAUACGUAUUACUGGUAAGGUAAAAGGCAGACCAGAUCCUGAAAUAACAUGGUCUAAAGAUGGCAAAGUACUAGUCCAAGACAAGCAUGUUGAAAUACUUCAUGAUCUACCUAAUGUUGAACUGCAAGUGAAAGAAGCCAAAAGAUCUGAUCAUGGCAAAUAUAUAAUAGCAGCUAAAAACAGCUGUGGACAAGCUCAAGCUUUUGCUAUUGUUAAUGUACUUGACAGACCUGGACCAUGUCAGAACCUGAAAAUAAGCUAUGUCACAAAAGACUCUUGUAUGAUCUCUUGGGAGAGUCCAGUGGAUAAUGGUGGCUCUGAAAUUACAAAUUACAUAGUAGAAUACCGUCAACCAAAUCAGAGGGGAUGGUCAAUUGUCUCCUCUGAUGUUACUAAACGAUUAGUAAAGGCAAAUCUUGUAGAGAACCGUGAAUACUUCUUCAGAGUUUGUGCAGAGAACAAAAUAGGUCCAGGUCCUUGCAUUGAGACCAAGACUCCUAUCCUUGCUAUCAAUCCUAUUGACAAGCCUGGAGAGCCAGAAAAUCUUCACAUUGCAGAGAAAGGAAAGACAUUUGUAUACCUGAAAUGGAGGAGGCCAGAUUAUGAUGGUGGAAGUCCCAAUUUAAGUUACCAUGUUGAGAGAAAACUGAAAGAUUCAGAUGAAUGGGAAAGAGUUCACAAAGGCAGCAUUAAGGAAACACACUACAUGGUAGAUAAAUGUGUGGAAAAUAAAACUUACCAAUUCCGAGUUCAAACUAAGAAUGAGGCCGGUGAAAGUAACUGGGUAAAAACCGCUGAAGUUGUUGUGAAGGAAGAUCUUCAGAAACCAGUGUUAGAUUUGAAGUUAAGUGGGGUUCUAACUGUGAAAGCAGGCGACACAAUUAGAAUUGAAGCUGGAGUCAGAGGAAAACCACAGCCUGAAGUUGUAUGGGCAAAAGACAAAGAUGCCACAGAUCUCACCAGAUCUCCAAGAGUCAGUAUUGAAAACACUUCUGACACAUCUAAGUUUGUUCUCACAAAAUCAAGGCGUACUGAUGGUGGGAAAUACGUGAUUACAGCAACUAAUGCGGCUGGUAGCUUUGUGGCAUAUGCUACUGUUAUUGUCUUGGAUAAACCUGGUCCCGUACGAAACUUGAAGGUCACUGACAUUUCAAGUGAUAGAUGUACUGUUACUUGGGAUCCUCCAGAAGAUGAUGGUGGUUGUGAAAUACAGAACUACAUCCUGGAAAAAUGUGAAAGCAAGCGUAUGGUUUGGUCUACAUACUCUUCCUCUGUCCUAACAAACUAUGCCAAAGUGACACGCCUCAUUGAAGGUAAUGAAUAUAUAUUCAGAGUGCGUGCAGAGAAUAAAAUGGGCACUGGUCCUCCAACAGAAACACAUCCAAUUAUUGCAAAAACGAAAUAUGAUAGACCUGGACGCCCUGACCCUCCAGAUGUCACAAGAGUCAGCAAAGAAGAGAUGACUGUAGUUUGGAAUCCACCAGAAUAUGAUGGUGGCAAAUCAAUUACAGGAUACAUUUUAGAGAAGAAAGAGAAACGAUCACUGAGAUGGGUUCCUGUUACUAAAACUCCAAUCCCAGAGAGACGCAAGAAGGUUACUAAUCUCUUCCCUGGUCAUGAAUACCAGUUCCGUGUCAGUGCUGAAAAUGAAGUCGGACUUGGAGAACCAAGCUUGCCAUCAAGACCUGUAAUAGCCAAAGACCCAAUAGAACCACCUGGUCCUCCCACAAACUUGAGAGUGGUUGAUAGCACAAAGACUUCCUUAACCCUUGGCUGGGGAAAACCGGUGUACGAUGGUGGUGCUCCGAUUAUUGGAUAUGUUGUGGAAAUGAGACCAAAAGUUGAGGGUGCUGAUCCUGAAGCAGGAUGGAAACGAUGUAAUGUUGCUGCUCAAGUUAUUCAUACAGAAUUCACAGCUACCAGCCUGGAUGAGAAGCAAUUAUAUGAGUUCAGAGUUUCUGCCCAAAACCAGGUUGGCCUUGGCCGACCAGCAGAAUUGAAAGAAGCUGUGUCUCCCAAAGAAAUACUUGAACCUCCUGAGAUUGAGCUGGAUGCCAGCAUGAGAAAGUUAGUCACAGUCAGAGCAGGAUGCCCUAUUAGACUUUUUGCCAUUGUGAGGGGUCGCCCAGCACCAAAAGUCACCUGGAGGAGAAUGGGUAUUGAUAAUGUUAUCAGAAAAGGACAAGUUGAUCUGGUUGACACUAUGGCCUUCUGUGUCAUUCCUGAUUCAACACGUGAUGACUCAGGCAAAUAUUCAUUGACACUUGUUAAUGCAGCUGGAGAAAAGGCUGUAUUUGUGAACGUCAGAGUUCUGGAUACUCCUGGACCUGUGUCAGACUUCAAGGUUUCAGAUGUCACCAAGAUGUCCUGCCAUCUUUCAUGGGCACCUCCAGAGAAUGAUGGGGGUAGCCCAGUGACUCAUUACAUCCUGCAGAAACGGGAGGCUGACAGGAAGACAUGGGCAACAGUCACAGCAGAACUAAAGAAAACUAGUUUCCAAAUAGCGAACCUUGUGCCUGGAAAUGAAUAUUACUUCAGAGUAACAGCAGUGAAUGAAUAUGGGUCAGGUGUUCCAAGUGACAUACCAAAACCUGUUCUAGCAACAGAUCCUCUAAGUGAACCUGAUCCACCAAGAAAACUUGAAGUUACUGAAAUUACAAAGAACAGUGCUACUUUAGGCUGGCUGCCACCACUGCGCGAUGGAGGCUCUAAAAUUGACGGAUACAUUGUUAGCUACAAAGAACAUGAUCAACCAGCAGAUCGCUGGAUGGAAUAUUCAGUCGUUAAAGAUCUCUCCAUUGUUGUGGCUGGUCUGAAGGAGGGAAAGAAGUACAACUUUAGAGUGGCAGCUAGAAAUGCUGUAGGAGUAAGUUUGCCAAUAGAAGCUACAGGAGAAUACGAAAUUAAAGAACAACUCAUCCCACCUAAGAUUCUGAUGCCUGAUCAUGUUCACAUUAAAGCUGGAAAGAAACUGAGAAUUGAAGCUCAUGUAUAUGGGAAGCCUCAGCCAGUCUGUAAAUGGCUGAAGGGAGAUCAAGAUGUGGUUACAUCCAGUCGCCUUGCUGUGCAUAAAGCAGAAAAGUCUUCUGUUCUUAUCAUUAAGGAUGUGACUAGAAAAGAUACUGAUUUUUAUACUCUUACUGCAGAAAACAGCUCUGGUAUUGAUAGUCAGAAAAUCAAAGUGACAGUCAUGGAUAAACCAGGUCCACCACAGCCUCCAUUUGAUAUUUCUGAAAUAGAUGCUGAUGCUUGCACUCUUUCAUGGCACAUACCUCUUGAAGAUGGUGGCAGCAACAUUACAAACUAUGUAGUUGAGAAAUGUGAUGUAAGCCGAGGAGACUGGGUAACAGCUUUAUCUUCUGUCACAAAGACAAGCUGCAGAAUUGGAAAACUGAUUCCUGGAGAAGAGUAUAUGUUCCGUGUUCGUGCUGAAAAUCGUUUUGGGAUUUCUGAGCCACUUGCUUCUGACAAGAUGAUUGCAAGAUUCCCAUUUGAUGUUCCCAGUGAACCAAAGAAUGCACGUAUUACCAAGGUCAAUAAGGACUGCAUUUUUGUUGCUUGGGAUAAACCAGAUAGCGAUGGAGGCAGUCCGAUCACUGGUUAUCUCAUUGAGCGCAAAGAAAGGAACAGUUUACUGUGGGUGAAAGCUAAUGACACAGCUGUGCGCUCCACAGAAUACCCUUGUGUGGGCCUCAUCGAAGGUCUUGAGUAUACUUUCAGAAUUUAUGCGUUGAACAGAGCUGGAGCAAGUAAACCUAGUAAACCGACUGAGUUUGUCACAGCAAGAGCACCAGUUGAUCCCCCUGGAAAACCUGAAGUUAUUGAUGUCACUAAGAGUACUGCAUCACUGGUAUGGACAAGACCAAAGCAUGAUGGUGGUAGCAAACUUAUUGGCUACUUUGUGGAGGCUUGCAAAUUACCUGGUGAUAAGUGGGAUCGGUGCAAUACAACUCCAUAUCAAAUACCCCAGGAAGAGUACACUGUGACUGGUUUGGAAGAAAAUGCUCAGUACCAAUUUAGAGCAAUUGCCAAGACAGCAGUUAACAUUAGUCGACCUUCAGAACCUUCUGAUCCAGUGACCAUUCAUCCAGAAAAUGUUCCUCCCAGAAUAGAGUUAGAUCUGUCUAUGCAAUCACAGCUUACAGUAAAAGCUGGAACUAAUGUGCGCCUGGAGGCAAAUGUGUAUGGCAAGCCAAUGCCAGCAAUCACCUGGAAGAAAGAAGGAGAAGUUUUAAAGCCAUCUGAAGGUCUUAAGAUCACCACGAAGAGAAAUCUUGCUACAGUUGAGUUGUUCAGUGUUAACAGGAAGCAAACAGGAGACUACACUAUCACUGCUGAAAAUGCAAGUGGAUCAAAGUCAGCAACCAUUAGGCUUAAAGUACUUGAUAAGCCUGGCCCACCAGCUUCUGUCAAAAUCAAACAUAUGUAUGCAGAUCGUGCAAUGCUUUCUUGGGAGCCUCCUUUGGAAGAUGGAGGUUCAGAAAUUACUAACUACAUUGUAGACAAGCGUGAAACAAGCAGACCUAACUGGGCCCAAGUCAGUGCCAAUGUACCCAUUACAAGCUGCACUGUGGAGAGACUGAUAGAAGGACAUGAGUAUCAGUUCCGCAUUUGUGCUGAAAACAAGUACGGUGUUGGAGACCCCAUCUUGACUGAACCUGCAGUUGCUAAAAACCCAUAUGAUGUGCCUGGACCUUGUGAUCCACCAGUAAUUAGCAAUGUAACAAAAGACUUUAUGACUGUGAGCUGGAAGCCACCAGCUAGUGAUGGUGGAUCCCCAAUAACUGGUUAUAUACUUGAGAAGCGUGAAACAAAGGCUCUUAACUGGACAAAAGUAAACAGGAAGCCUGUCAUUGAAAGAACUGUUAAAGCUACUGGACUCCAAGAAGGAACAGAGUAUGAGUUCCGGGUGAUAGCAUUGAAUAAGGCUGGACCUGGCAAGCCUAGCGCACCAUCUAAAGCAGUGUAUGCUCGUGACCCUCAAUAUCCUCCUGGCCCACCUGCUUUCCCAAAAGUGGUUGAUACUACUCGUAAUUCAAUAAGCCUGUCAUGGAGCAAACCAGCAUAUGAUGGAGGAAGUCCUAUCAUUGGUUAUCUAGUGGAAUCAAAACGAGCUGACACAGACAACUGGGUCAGAUGCAAUCUACCUAAGAAUUUACAGGCUACACAAUUUGUGGUAACAGGGCUGAUGGAAGGUACAGAGUACCAGUUCCGUGUUUAUGCUGUCAAUAAGAUUGGAUACAGCGAUCCAAGUGAUGUUCCAGAUAAACACACUGCCAAAGACAUUUUAAUUCCACCUGAAGGAGAACUUGAUGCAGAACUAAGGAAAGUCCUUGUGUUGCGUGCUGGAGUCACAAUGAGACUUUACGUGCCAGUAAGAGGACGUCCACCUCCUAAGAUUUCAUGGUCUAAAGUGGGUGCCAACCUAAGAGAUAGACAAGGAUUAGACAUCAAAUCAACUGAUUUUGAUACCUUCCUGCGUUGUGAAAAUGUAAAUAAAUAUGACGCUGGAAAAUACGUCCUUAGUCUGGAGAACAGCUGUGGCAAAAAGUCAUAUACCAUUGUUGUAAAAGUACUUGAUACUCCAGGCCCACCCAUUAACCUGAUUGUAAAGGAAGCAUCUAAAGAUUCUGCCUUCAUUACAUGGGAACCUCCUCUAGUAGAUGGGGGCAGUCCAAUCAAAAAUUAUGUUGUUGAAAAACGUGAUGCAGAAAGAAAAUCAUGGUCCACAGUAACAACAGAAUGUCCAAAGACAAGCUACAGGAUAACUAACUUAGAAGAAGGCAAAUCUUAUUUCUUCAGAGUUUUUGCUGAAAAUGAAUAUGGUAUUGGUGAUCCUUGUGAAACUCGUGAUGCUGUCAAAGCUUCUGAAACACCUGGGCCAGUUGUGGAUCUAAAAGCUUCAGCUGUAACAAAAUCCUCAUGCAAUUUGAUAUGGAAGAAGCCUAUCAGUGAUGGUGGAAGCCGUAUUUCUGCAUAUGUUGUUGAGGUCCUGACUGGUGAAGAUAAAUGGCAAGAAGUCAUGCGGGGAAAGAACCUCCAUUUUUCAAUGAGAGACUUGAAAGAAGGACAAGAAUACACUUUCAGAGUGAGGGCCCAAAAUGAUGCUGGAUAUGGAACUCCAUCAGAGAUCACAAUUGUAGCAAGAGAUGAUGUUGCGGCACCUGAACUUGACUUAAGAGAUCUGCCUGAUUUGUGCUAUACUGCUAAAGAGGGUAGCAAUUUCCGUCUUAAAAUCCCUAUGAAAGGCAAGCCUGUCCCAACCGUAACUUGGAAGAAGGACGAAGACCAGGCAAUUACUGAGAGUGGAAGAGUUGCAUUUGAAUCUACAGCAGUUAACACCACCCUUGUAGUACAUGACUGCCAGAAAGCUGAUGCAGGAAAAUACACAAUAACUCUGAGGAAUGUUGCUGGCAGCAAGGAAGGCACUAUUUUUGUGAAAGUUGUUGGCAAACCUGGCAUACCAACAGGUCCAGUGAAAUUUGAAGAAGUCACAGCUGAUGCCAUAACCUUAAAAUGGGGCCCUCCAAAAGAUGAUGGUGGUUCAGAAAUCACUAACUAUGUUCUAGAGAAGAGAGAUAAUGUAAACAAUAAGUGGGUGACUUGUGCCUCUGCAGUCCAAAAAACCACAUUUAGAGUUACAAGACUUCAUGAAGGAAAUGAAUAUACAUUCAGGAUCAGGGCUGAAAAUAAAUAUGGAGUAGGGGAAGGUCUUAAAUCAGAGCCUGUCAUUGCAAAACAUCCAUUUGAUGUCCCAGAUGCUCCUCCACCUCCCAAUAUUGUUGCUGUUCGGCAUGAGUCUGUAGCUUUAACUUGGACUGAUCCCAGAAGAACUGGAGGUUCACCAAUCACAGGCUAUCACAUUGAAGUUAAAGAAAGAAAUAGUCUUCUGUGGAAGAGAGCAAAUACAACGCCCAUAAGAAUGAAAGAUUUCAGAGUGACAGGGUUAACUGAAGGUCUGGAAUAUGAAUUCAGAGUAAUGGCAAUCAAUAUGGCUGGAGUAGGUAAACCAAGUCUUCCAUCUGAACCAGUUGUGGCACUUGAUCCUAUUGAUCCUCCUGGGAAACCUGAAGUUAUCAAUGUAACCAGGAACUCAGUAACACUCAUUUGGACAGAACCAAAGUAUGAUGGCGGACAUAAAUUAACCGGCUAUAUUGUUGAAAAGCGUGAUUUACCCAAAAAGACUUGGAUGAAAGCUAAUCACGUGAAUGUUCCAGACUGUGCAUUUACUGUAACUGACCUUACUGAAGGCUGCAAAUAUGAAUUCAGAAUUAGAGCAAAGAACACUGCUGGGGCUAUCAGUCCUCCAUCUGAAUCCACAGGAACCAUAAUAUGCAAGGAUGAGUAUGAGGCACCAAGCAUUGUUCUGGAUCCUACUUUGAAGGAAGGUUUAACAGUAAAAGCAGGGGAAACCAUCACACUGUCUGCUAUUAGUAUCCGUGGCAAACCACCUCCAACUUCAGCAUGGUCCAAAGCUGGAAAAGAUUUUAGACCCUCAGAGCUUGUGCACAUUGAAACCAAGCCAACUUCUUCUACUCUAAGUGUCAAAUAUGCAGCCAGAAAAGAUUCUGGAGAAUACACCAUCACUGCAACCAAUCCUUUUGGCACUAAACAGGAGACUGUACAUGUGAAAGUUUUAGAUAUUCCAGGACCUCCAGGGCCUAUUGAGAUCAGCAAUGUUUCAGCAGAAAAAGCGACUCUUACAUGGACACCUCCUGCAGAAGAUGGUGGAUCACCAGUAAAAUCAUAUGUUCUUGAAAAGAGAGAGACUAGUCGACUGCUCUGGACAUUGGUUGCUGAAAACAUUGAGAGCUGUAGGCAUGUUGUUAGCAAGCUCAUUCAAGGAAAUGAAUAUGUUUUCCGUGUCUCAGCAGUAAAUCAGUAUGGCAAGGGUGAACCAGUACAAUCAGAACCAGUUAAAAUGGUGGAUAGAUUUGGUCCUCCAGGCCCUCCUGGAAAACCAGAAGUAACAAAUGUGACUAAAAAUACUGUCACAGUUACCUGGAAAAGGCCAGUCGAUGAUGGUGGAAGUGAAAUCACAGGUUACCAUGUGGAGCGAAGAGAAAAGAAAGGUUUAAGAUGGGUGAGAGCAACAAAGAAGCCGGUUUCAGAUCUUAGAUGCAAAGUAACUGGUCUUCUGGAAGGAAACGAAUAUGAAUUCCGUGUCAGUGCAGAAAACAGAGCUGGAGUUGGACCACCAAGUGAUACUUCAAACUCAGUCCUUUGCAAAGAUGUUGCAUACCCACCAGGUCCACCUGCAAAUCCAAGAGCAACUGAUACCACAAAGACAAGUGCAUCUUUAGCCUGGGGCAAGCCUCACUAUGAUGGUGGUCUUGAAAUCACUGGCUAUAUAGUGGAGCAUCAAAAAGAAGGAGAAGAUGAAUGGGUGAAAGACACAAUAGGGACUGCUUUAAGAAUCACUCAGUUUGUUGUAGCUCCUCUGCAGACCGGGGCCAAGUAUAAUUUCAGAAUCUCUGCCAUGAAUGCUGCAGGUGUCGGUGAAGCAGCAAUAAUUCCAAGUGUGGAAAUCACUGACCGAGAAGAGAUUCCUGACUUUGAACUGGAUGCUGAGCUGAGAAGAACACUUGUUGUUAGAGCUGGAUGCACUAUUCGGAUUUUUGUACCAAUUAAAGGACGUCCAACUCCAGAAGUUACAUGGACAAAAGAUGAUGCUUCACUCAAAGGACGUGCCAGUAUUGAAAAUACCGACUCUUUUACACUCUUGAUUGUCACAGAGUGCACCAGAUAUGAUGCAGGAAAAUAUGUAAUGACUCUUGAAAACGCUGCUGGUAAGAAGACUGGCUUUGUAAAUGUAAAAGUCUUGGAUACGCCAGGUCCACCAAUAAACCUUAAGCCUAGAGAAAUAACCAAAGACAGCAUCACCCUCCAAUGGGAUAUGCCUCUGGUAGAUGGAGGUUCACGUAUAACCAACUAUAUUGUUGAGAAACGCGAAUCAACUCGGAAGGCAUAUUCAACAGUCACAACCAACUGCCAGAAGUGUUCCUUCAAGGUUCCUAAUUUGGCUGAGGGGUGUGAAUACUAUUUCAGAGUACUGGCUGAAAAUGAGUAUGGUAUUGGUGAACCAGCUGAAACUACAGAACCAGUAAAAGCUUCUGAGGCCCCAUCCCCACCUGAGAGCCUUAACAUUAUGGAUGUGACACGGAAUUCAGUUAGCCUAGCUUGGCCAAAACCAGAACAUGACGGUGGCAGCAAGAUCACUGGGUAUGUAAUUGAAGCACAGAGAAAAGGAACCAACCAGUGGGCACACAUCACCACUGUAAAAACACUGGACUGUGUAGUAAAGAAUCUAACUGAAAAUGAAGAGUAUACUUUCCAGGUUAUGGCAGUUAACAGUGCUGGAAGAAGUGCUCCAAGGGAAAGCAGACCAGUUAUUAUCAAGGAACAAACAAUGCUACCAGAGUUUGACCUCCGUGCUAUUUACCAGAAAACAGUCAUUGCCAAAGCUGGUGACAAUAUCAAGAUUGAAAUCCCUGUACUUGGUCGUCCAAGGCCUACCGUGACUUGGAAGAAAGAAGACCAAAUACUUAAGCAAACACAAAGGGUAAAUUAUGAAAAUACAGCAACUGCAACCAUACUGACCAUCAAUGAAUGUAUUCGAAGUGAUAGUGGUCAAUAUCCACUGUCAGCUAAAAAUAUUGUUGGAGAAGUUAGUGAAGUAAUCACAGUUCAGGUUCAUGACAUACCUGGACCGCCUACUGGACCAAUCAAAUUUGAAGAAAUUUCAUGUGAUUUCCUAACAUUCUCGUGGGAGCCUCCUUUGAAUGAUGGUGGUGUACCAAUUAGUAACUAUGUUGUAGAAAUGCGUCAAACUGACAGUACCACGUGGACUGAAUUGGCAACUACAGUGAUACGCACUACAUUUAAAGCCAUUCGUCUUACUACUGGAGUUGAGUAUCAGUUCCGUGUUAAAGCUCAAAACAGAUAUGGAGUUGGUCCAGCCAUUACUUCAGAGUCUGUAGUUGCCAACUAUCCAUUUAAGGUACCUGGGCCUCCUGGCACUCCUCAGGUGAUUGCAGUCACCAAAGAAACCAUGACCAUUAGCUGGAAUGAGCCAGUUACUGAUGGUGGAAGCCCAAUACUGGGAUAUCACAUUGAAAGAAAAGAGCGAAACAGCAUUGUUUGGCAGACUGUAAGUAAAAUGUUGGUGUCAGGAAAUAUCUUUAAAUCAUCUGGACUUACUGAUGGCAUUGCAUAUGAAUUCCGUGUUAUAGCACAAAACCUGGCUGGGAAGAGUAAGCCAAGCAAGCCAUCUGAGCCUGUGUUUGCCCUGGACCCAAUAGAUCCACCUGGUAAGCCGAUACCUCUGAACAUUACAAGACAUGCAGUUACGCUGAAGUGGACUAAACCAGAAUAUAACGGAGGUUUUAAGAUAACUGGCUACACAGUUGAAAAAAGAGACCUUCCUAAUGGCCGUUGGCUGAAGGCUAAUUUCAGCAAUAUACUAGAGACUGAAUUCACUGUAAGUGGUUUGACAGAAGAUGCUGCCUAUGAAUUCCGUGUCAUUGCUAGGAAUGCUGGUGGAGCUGUUAGUCAGCCCUCAGAGCCAUCAGAUGCAAUCACUUGUAGAGAUGACAUUGAAGCACCGAGGAUAAAGGUGGAUGCUAAAUACAAGGACACCAUAGUGCUGAAAGCAGGUGAAGUUUUCAGACUUGAGGCUGAUGUUUCAGGACGCCCUCCACCAACUAUGACAUGGACAAAGGGAGAAAAAGAACUUGAAGACACAGCAAAAUUAGAAAUAAAAAUAGCAGAUUUCUCUACCAUUCUCACCAACAAAGAUUCCUCAAGAAGAGAUGGUGGUGCUUACACUCUUACUGCAACAAACCCUGGUGGCUUUGCCAAGCAUGUCUUCAAUGUUAAAGUUCUUGAUAGACCUGGCCCCCCAGAAGGACCUUUGGCUGUGUCUGAAGUCACUGCAGAAAAAUGUGUGCUGUCUUGGCUACCCCCACUGGAUGAUGGAGGAGCAAAGAUUGACCAUUAUGUGGUUGAAAAACGUGAAACAAGUAGAUUGGCAUGGACAUCUGUAGGCACAGAAGUUCCAGUGACUAAACUGAAGGUUACUAAACUGUUGAAGGGCAAUGAGUAUGUAUUCCGAGUUAUGGCUGUUAACAAAUACGGAGUUGGUGAGCCUCUGGAAUCAGAGCCCAUUCUUGCAGUAAAUCCAUAUGUUCCACCUGAUCCACCUAAAACUCCUGAAGUUACAGCAAUUACAAAGGAUUCUAUGGUUGUCUGCUGGGGACAUCCUGAUUCUGAUGGAGGGAGCCCAAUAACUAAUUAUAUUGUGGAACGUCGAGACAAGACUGGUCUACGGUGGGUGAAGUGUAACAAAAGGGUUGUUACUGACUUACGUUUUAAGGUGUCUGGACUGACAGAAGGCCAUGAAUAUGAAUACAGAGUCAUGGCGGAAAAUGCUGCUGGUGUCAGUGAGCCAAGCCCAACCAGUCCAUUCUAUAAAGCCUGUGAUACUGUAUUCAAGCCUGGUCCCCCAGGUAAUCCUCGUGUUUUGGAUAGCAGCAAGUCCUCUAUUACAAUAGCAUGGAACAAACCAAUAUAUGAUGGUGGUUCGGAGAUCACAGGUUACAUGGUUGAGAUUGCACUACCUGAAGAAGAUGAGUGGAAGAUUGUAACUCCACCAGUGGGUCUAAAGGCCACUUCUUUUACCAUCACUGACUUGAAAGAAAACCAAGAGUAUAAAAUACGGAUCUAUGCUAUGAACUCCGAAGGUCUUGGGGAACCUGCUCUUGUUCCUGGCACUCCAAAAGCUGAAGAAAGAAUGCUACCUCCAGAGAUUGAACUUGAUGCAGAGCUACGUAAAGUUGUAACUAUUAGAGCUUGCUGUACUCUGAGACUCUUUGUCCCAAUUAAAGGAAGACCAGCACCUGAAGUUAAAUGGACAAGAGAACAUGGGGAAUCUUUGGAUAGAGCGAGCAUUGAAUCCACAAGCUCUUACACUUUACUUAUUGUUGAAAAUGUAAAUAGAUUUGAUAGUGGCAAAUACAUACUGACAAUUGAAAACAGCUCAGGUAGUAAGACAGCAUUUGUGAACGUCAGAGUUCUUGAUACUCCAGGGGCACCUCAAGAUUUGAAAAUAAAGGAAGUUACAAAAUCUUCAGUUACACUCACAUGGGAGCCUCCUCUCAUAGAUGGUGGCUCUAAAAUAAAAAAUUACAUUGUUGAAAAGCGUGAAUCAACAAGAAAAGCUUAUUCAACUGUUAAUGCCAAUUGCCACAAGACCAGCUGGAAAGUUGAUUCACUGCAAGAAGGCUGCAACUACUACUUCAGAGUCCUCGCUGAAAAUGAGUAUGGAAUAGGCCUUCCAGUUGAAACUUCAGAAUCCAUAAAAGUAUCAGAAAGACCACUUCCACCAGGGAAAAUAACUUUGUUGGAUGUGACAAGAAAUAGUGUAACCUUAUCUUGGGAAAAACCCGAACAUGAUGGUGGUAGCAGAAUUCUGGGCUAUAUUGUAGAAAUGCAAAGCAAAGGCAGUGAAAAGUGGUCAACCUGUGCUACUGUAAAAGUUACUGAAGCCACCAUCACAGGAUUGAUCCAAGGUGAAGAAUACACCUUCCGUGUUUCAGCUCAGAAUGAGAAGGGUAUCAGUGAUCCUCGCCAGCUGGCUGUACCAGUUGUUGCAAAAGAUCUUGUGAUCCCACCAGCUUUCAAACUACUGUUUAACACUUUCAGUGUUCUAGCAGGAGAGGACUUAAAGGUUGAUGUUCCUUUUGUUGGUCGACCCAAACCAGCAGUGUCUUGGCAUAAAGACAAUGUGGCAUUGAAGCAGACUACAAGAGUAAAUGCAGAAAGCUCGGAAAACAACACAGUGUUAACAAUAAAAGAAGCAUGCAGAGAAGAUGUGGGAGCAUAUGUAGUUAAACUUACAAACUCUGCUGGUGAAGCAACUGAGACACUAAAUAUUGUUGUCCUUGACAAACCAGGACCUCCAACUGGACCAGUAAAAGUAGAUGAAGUAACAGCAGACAGUAUUACCAUUUCCUGGGAACCACCCAAGUAUGAUGGUGGUAGCUCUAUCAAUAAUUACAUUGUAGAAAGAAGAGACACUUCCACCACAACUUGGCACAUUGUGUCAGCUACUGUUGCAAGAACAACUAUAAAAGCAUGUCGUUUAAAAACUGGCUGUGAAUAUCAGUUCAGAAUUGCAGCUGAGAAUAGGUAUGGGAAGAGUACGUAUCUCACCUCAGAGUCAAUAAUAGCCCAAUACCCAUUUAAAGUUCCUGGUCCACCUGGAACUCCUUUUGUAACAAAUGUCACAAAAGACAGCAUGGUGGUACAAUGGCACGAACCAGUCAGUGAUGGCGGUAGCAGGAUCAUUGGUUAUCACUUGGAGCGCAAAGAAAGGAACAGCAUUCUGUGGGCUAAACUGAAUAAAACACCUCUUCCAGAUACCAAAUUUAAGACAACUGGCCUUGAGGAAGGUCUUGAAUAUGAAUUCAGAGUCUAUGCAGAAAAUAUAGUGGGAAUUGGAAAGGCAAGUAGAGCAUCUGAAUGCUAUACUGCACGUGACCCAUGUGACCCUCCAGGUCGUCCAGAACCUGUAAUUGUCACAAGAAGCUCAGUAACACUCCAGUGGAAGAAACCUAUGUACGAUGGUGGAAGUAAAAUCACAGGCUAUGUUGUUGAAAAGAAGGAAUUACCUGAUGGCCGUUGGAUGAAGGCAAGCUUUACAAAUGUCAUUGAUACUCAGUUUGAAGUAACUGGUCUAGUUGAAAACCAGAGAUAUGAGUUUCGUGUUAUAGCACGAAACGCUGCAGGUGUUUUCAGUGAACCAUCUGAAAGCUCAGGGGCAAUUACAGCAAGAGAUGAAGUAGAACCACCUCAAAUAAGUAUGGAUCCAAAAUACAGAGACACUAUUGUAGUGAAUGCUGGUGAGUCAUUCAAGCUUGACGCUGAUGUUCAUGGCAAACCAAUACCUUCCAUUCAGUGGUUAAAAGGUGAUCGUGAGCUGACAAGCACCGCUCAUAUGGAAAUAAAAACUACUGAUUUUGCAACAAGCCUCAGUGUGAAGGAAGCCACAAGAGUUGACAGUGGGCAGUAUGUACUACUGGCAAAGAAUGUUGCAGGUGAAAAGAAGGUUCCUGUUAACGUCAAAGUUCUUGAUAGACCUGGACCUCCAGAAGGACCUGUUGAAUUUACAGGUGUUACAGCUGAAAAAUGCACGCUGUCAUGGAAACCUCCACUACAAGAUGGUGGUAGCGAUAUUUCACACUACGUUGUAGAAAAAAGGGAAACCAGUCGCUUGGUGUGGACUGUCGUUGACUCAAAUGUGCAAACCCUGAACUGCAAAGUUACAAAACUUCUAGAAGGAAAUGAGUAUGUUUUCCGCAUCAUGGCAGUAAAUAAAUAUGGUGUUGGUGAACCUCUUGAGUCUGACCCAGUAGUUGCAAAGAACCCAUUUGUUGUGCCACUGCCUCCAAAGGCUCCAGAAGUCACAGCAGUUACCAAGGAUUCUAUGAUAGUUGUAUGGGAAAGACCAGCCUCAGAUGGCGGCAGUGAAAUCCUAGGCUAUGUCCUUGAAAAACGAGAUAAGGAAGGCAUUCGCUGGACAAGAUGUAACAAGCGCCUGAUAAGUGAACUGCGAUACAGGGUGACUGGUCUUAUAGAAAAUCAUGAUUAUGAGUACAGAGUUUCAGCUGAAAAUGCUGCUGGUCUUAGUGAACCAAGUCCACCUUCUACUUACUACAAAGCAUGUGAUCCUAUUUACAAGCCAGGUCCACCCAAUAAUCCCAAAGUUACAGAUGUUACAAGAUCUUCAGUUUUUCUUUCAUGGGGUAAACCUAUAUAUGAUGGUGGCUCUGAAAUUCAGGGAUACAUUGUGGAAAAAUGUGAUGUAAGUGAUGGUGAAUGGUCAAUUUGUACCCCUCCAACUGGAAUUAAGAAUACUCACAUGGAAGUAGAAAAAUUAGUGGAAAAACACGAAUACAAAUUCCGCAUAUGUGCAGUUAAUAAAGCAGGAGUUGGAGAGCAUGCAGAUGUUCCUGGUUCUGUCAUUGUAGAAGAGAAGAUGGAGGCACCAGACCUUGAUCUUGACAUGGAAUUAAGGAAGAUUGUAAAUGUGAGAGCCGGAGGUUCCUUAAGACUUUUCGUUCCCAUCAGAGGUCGUCCAACACCUGAAGUAAAAUGGGGUAAAGUGGAUGGUGACAUCAGAGAAGCAGCUAUUAUUGAUACCACUAGUAGCUUUACUUCCCUUGUUCUAGAUAAUGUUAACAGAUUUGAUAGCGGAAAAUAUACUCUGACCUUGGAAAACAGCAGUGGAACAAAGUCUGCAUUUGUCAGCGUAAGAGUACUGGAUACCCCAAGUGCACCUGUUAACUUAAAAAUCAGAGAGAUCACUAAGGACUCUGUUUCACUUUCAUGGGAGCCUCCUCUCUUGGAUGGUGGAGCAAAAAUAAAGAAUUUCAUUAUUGAAAAGCGUGAAGCCACAAGAAAGGCAUAUGCAGCUGUUGUAACAAACUGCCACAAGACUUCAUGGAAAGUAGAUCAACUUCAGGAGGGCUGCUAUUACUUCUUCAGGGUCUCUGCUGAGAAUGAAUAUGGAAUUGGCCUCCCUGCAGAAACCAGUGACCCAAUUAAAGUUGCUGAAGUUCCACAGCCUCCUGGGAAAAUAACAGUGGAUGAUGUCACAAGAAACAGUGUCUCACUAAGCUGGGCAAAACCUGAACAUGACGGUGGUAGCAAAAUCAUACAAUAUAUUGUUGAAAUGCAAGCAAAGGGUAGUGAAAAGUGGUCAGAGUGUGCUCGUGUUAAAACACUUGAAGCAGUUGUUACUAAUCUAACUCAAGGGGAAGAAUAUCUUUUUAGAGUAAUGGCUGUAAAUGAAAAGGGUAAGAGUGAUCCUAGAGCACUUGCAGUUCCAAUAGUUGCCAAAGACCUGGUGAUUGAACCUGAUGUAAGACCUGCUUUCCACAGUUACAGUGUUCAGGUGGGACAGGACCUAAAAGUAGAAAUACCAAUUGCAGGUCGACCUAAACCAACUGUUACCUGGGUUAAAGAUGGCCAGCCAUUAAGGCAGACAACAAGAGUCAAUAUUAGCGAUUCAGCCGAUCUCACUAUACUGAAUCUUAAGGAAACUAGCAAAGAAGACAGUGGCACUUACGAAAUCACUGUGGCUAAUGUUGUUGGGCAAAAGUCUGCCUCUGUUGAAAUUAUUACUCUUGACAAACCUGACCCUCCAGUUGGACCUGUGAAGUUUGAUGAAAUAAGUGCAGAAAGUAUUACCCUGUCAUGGAAUCCCCCAGCGUACACAGGCGGCUGCCAAAUCACCAACUAUAUUGUGCACAAGAGAGAUACAACAACCACUAUAUGGGAAACAGUUUCAGCUACUGUUGCAAGAACUACACUGAAGGUGACUAAACUGAAAACUGGUUCAGAAUACCAGUUCAGAAUCUUCGCUGAGAACAGGUAUGGGCAGAGUUUUGCAUUGGAAUCUGCACCAGUUGUAGCACAGUAUCCCUACAAGGAACCAGGACCUCCUGGCACACCAUUUGUGACAACAGUCACAAAAGACUCCAUGGUUGUACAGUGGCAUGAACCAGUAAAUGAUGGUGGCAGUAAAGUGUUGGGUUACCAUCUUGAGAGAAAGGAGAAAAACAGCAUUCUAUGGACUAAAGUAAAUAAGACUAUUAUACAGGACACAAGUUUUAAGACAAAUAACCUUGAAGAAGGAAUUGAGUAUGAGUUUCGAGUUUCUGCAGAAAAUAUUGUUGGUGUAGGCAGAACAAGUAAAGUUUCUGAGUGCUACGUAGCUCGUGAUCCAUGUGAUCCUCCAGGUCGCCCAGAACCUAUAAUAAUAAAAAGAAGCUCUAUUACUCUACAGUGGACCAAACCAGAAUAUGAUGGUGGAAGUAAGGUUACUGGUUAUAUUGUAGAGAAACGUGACUUACCAGAUGGUCGCUGGAUGAAAGCAAGCUUCACAAAUAUCAUUGAAACUCAGUUCACUGUAACAGGACUUACUGAAGACCAAAGAUAUGAAUUUAGAGUAAUUGCAAAGAAUGCUGCAGGUGCAAUAAGCAAACCUUCUGACAGUACAGGACCAAUAACAGCAAGGGAUGAAGUUGAACUUCCACGAAUUUCAAUGGAUCCGAAGUACAAAGACACUAUUGUUGUAAAUGCUGGUGAAACAUUCAGACUUGAGGCUGAUGUUCAUGGAAAGCCACUACCAACCAUUAAGUGGUACAAAGGAGAUAAAGAGCUUGAGGACACUGCUAGAUAUGAAAUAAAGAACACAGAUUUCAGUGCAUUAAUAAUUGUAAAAGAUGCUAUUAGAGUUGAUGGUGGACAGUACAUUCUGGAAGCCUCUAAUGUUGCAGGAACAAAGACAGUAACAGUAAACGUAAAAGUCUUGGACAGGCCAGGACCUCCAGAGGGCCCAGUCCAAGUGACAGGAGUUACAGCUGAAAAAUGUGCACUGGCAUGGGGUCCUCCUCUUCAUGAUGGUGGCAGUGAUAUUUCUCAUUACAUUGUAGAGAAGAGAGAAACUAGCCGCCUGGCAUGGACUGUGGUUGCUUCAGAAGUUUUACCUACAAUGCUGAAAGUAACAAAACUCUUGGAAGGAAAUGAAUACGUCUUCCGUAUCAUGGCAGUUAACAAAUAUGGGGUUGGUGAGCCAUUAGAAUCUGUGCCAGUAAUGAUGAGAAAUCCAUUUGUGGUUCCUGGACCACCAAAGGCCUUGGAAAUUACCAACAUCAUGAAGGAUUCUAUGACUGUCUGCUGGACCCGGCCAGACAGUGAUGGAGGUAGUGAAAUUGUAGGUUACAUUGUAGAAAAGAGAGACCGAGCAGGCAUCAGAUGGAUAAAAUGCAAUAAACGACGCAUUACAGAUUUGCGAUUAAGAGUUACAGGUUUAACAGAGGAUCAUGAAUAUGAAUUCAGAGUUUCUGCUGAAAAUGCUGCUGGAGUUGGUGAACCAAGCCAAGUUUCUCCCUACUUCAAAGCUUGUGACCCGAUGUUCAAGCCUGGCCCACCUACAAAUGCCCAUGUUGUGGAUACCACCAAAAGUUCAGUUACGCUCGGUUGGAGUAAACCUAUUUAUGAUGGUGGUUGUGAAAUCCAGGGAUACCUUGUAGAAAUCUGUAAAGCAGAUGAAGAUGAAUGGUCGCUUGUUACCCCACAGACAGGCAUACGUGCCACUCGAUUUGAGAUCAAAAAGCUUACUGAACAUCAAGAGUACAAACUACGAGUGUGUGCUCUCAACAAGAUCGGUGUGGGAGAGGCUGCAUCUGUUCCUGGUACUAUUAAACCAGAAGACAAACUUGAAGCUCCAGAACUUGAUAUUGAUUCAGAGCUAAGGAAAGGGAUAGUGGUUAGAGCUGGUGGGUCUGCUAGGAUUCACAUACCAUUUAGGGGACGACCAACACCUGACAUCACAUGGUCCCGAGAAGAAGGUGAAUUCUCAGAAAAAGUUCAGAUUGAUAAAGGCGUAAACUACACACAACUUUCAAUUGACAACUGUGAUAGAAACGAUGCUGGAAAGUAUAUUCUUAAGCUGGAGAACAGCAGUGGUUCUAAAUCUGCAUUUGUUACAGUGAAAGUCUUGGACACGCCAGGACCCCCGCAAAACUUAGUGGUAAAGGAUAUAAAGAAGGAUUCUGCUGUAUUAUCUUGGGAGCCACCAAUUAUUGAUGGUGGUGCAAAGGUAAAGAACUAUGUAAUAGACAAGCGUGAGUCAACCAGGAAGGCAUUUGCAAAUGUAAGUGCUAAGUGUGCCAAGACAAGUUUUAAAGUUGAAAAUCUUACAGAAGGAGCAAUUUAUUACUUCAGAGUUAUGGCUGAAAAUGAAUAUGGAAUAGGUGUCCCAGUUGAAACCAGGGAUGCUAUCAAAGCCUCAGAGCCACCUCUGCCUCCUGGGAAAGUAACACUCACUGAUGUCACUCAGAGAAGUGCAUCGCUUACGUGGGAGAAACCUGAACAUGAUGGAGGUAGCAGAAUUUUGGGAUAUCUUGUUGAAAUGUUGCCUAAAGGAACAGAAAAAUGGAGUGUUGUUAGUGAGACCAAAACAUGUAAUGCAGAGGUGUCUGGUUUGAGUCCAGGACAGGAAUAUCAAUUCCGUGUGAUUGCCUACAACGAAAAAGGCAAAAGUGAUCCCAGAGCACUUGGAAUUCCUGUGAUAGCUAAAGACCUGACUAUUGAGCCAAGUUUCAAACUGAUGUUUAAUACAUACAGUGUACAAGCUGGAGAAGAUCUGAAGGUAGAUGUACCAUUUAUAGGUAGACCCAAACCUACUAUUACUUGGACAAAAGAUGAGCAGCCACUGAAACAGACGACAAGAUUAAAUAUUGAGAAUACAACAACAUCAACUAUUUUACAUAUUAAAGAAAGCAACAGGGAAGACUUUGGUAAAUAUACAGUAACAGCAACAAAUACAGCUGGUACAGCAACAGAGCACCUGAGCAUAAUUGUACUAGAAAAGCCUGGCCCACCACGAGGACCUGUCCGCUUUGACGAAAUUAGUGCAGACUUUGUUGUUUUGUCAUGGGAUCCACCUGAUUAUACUGGUGGCUGCCAGAUAAGCAACUAUAUAGUAGAAAAGCGUGACACAAGCACUACCACGUGGAACAUUGUGUCAGCAACUGUUGCAAGAACAACCAUCAAAGCAACAAAGCUUAAAACAGGUUCUGAAUACCAGUUCAGGAUUUCUGCUGAAAAUAGAUAUGGAAAGAGCUCUCCUUUGGCUUCUAAAUCAGUUGUUGUGCAAUACCCCUACAAGGUGCCUGGACCACCUGGAACCCCAUUUGUUACAGCAGCUUCCAAGGACCAUAUGAUCGUACAAUGGCAUGAACCAGUUAAUGAUGGAGGAAGCAAAGUUCUUGGCUACCAUCUUGAGCGUAAAGAUAAGAACAGCAUUCUUUGGACAAAACAGAACAAGUCACUUAUUGUGGACACCAAAUAUAAAACAGAUGGCCUUGAAGAAGGUCUUGAAUAUGAGUUCAGAGUUUCUGCUGAAAACAUUGUUGGCAUUGGCAAAGUCAGCAAAGUAUCAGAACUGUAUGUUGCCCGAGAUCCUUGUGACCCACCUGGUCGCCCAGAGGCCAUUCUUGUUACAAGAAGUAAUAUCACACUGAAGUGGAAAAAGCCUGAAUAUGAUGGUGGAAGCAAAAUAACUGGUUAUAUUGUAGAAAAGAAAGAAUUACCAGAUGGUCGCUGGAUGAAAGCCAGCUUUACAAAUGUGUUGGAAACAGAAUUUACAGUAAGUGGUCUUGUUGAAAACCAACGAUAUGAAUUUAGAGUAAUUGCAAGAAAUGCAGCAGGUUGCUUGAGUGAACCAUCUGAAAGUACAGGGCCUAUUACUGCCAGAGAUGAAAUUGAAGCACCAGGUGCUUCACUGGAUCCUAAAUACAGAGAUGUCAUUGUUGUUCAUGCUGGAGAAACCUUUGUUCUUGAAGCUGAUAUCCAUGGCAAACCUAUUCCUGAUGUUACAUGGUCAAAAGAUGGUAAAGACCUUGAAGAAACAACUGCAAGAAUGGAAAUUAAAUCUACCAUUGAGAAAACAAUUCUCACUGUCAAAGACUGUAUAAGAGUAGAUGGAGGUCACUAUACUCUUAACCUCAAAAAUGUUGGUGGCACCAAAUCUAUACCAAUAACUGUGAAAGUGCUUGAUAGACCAGGACCUCCUGAAGGACCUUUGAAUGUUACAGGUGUCACUGCAGAAAAAUGCUACUUGUCAUGGUCUCCACCUUCACAUGAUGGUGGCUCUAGUAUCUCACAUUAUAUCAUUGAGAAGAGAGAGACAAGUAGGCUUUCAUGGACACAAGUAGCAACAGAUGUGCAGGCUCUAAAUCACAAGGUAACCAAACUCCUUCCUGGCAAUGAAUACAUUUUCCGUGUAAUGGCAGUGAAUAAAUAUGGAGUUGGAGAGCCCUUGGAAUCUGAACCAGUUGUGGCUCGUAAUCCAUACAAACCCCCUGGUCCUCCUUCAACACCUGAAGUUUCAGCAAUCACAAAAGAUUCUAUGGUGGUAACAUGGAGUCGCCCAGAAGACAAUGGAGGAGCUGAAAUUGAAGGUUACAUACUUGAAAAACGAGACAAGGAUGGUAUCCGGUGGACCAAAUGCAAUAAGAAAAGGCUGACAGACUUGCGAUUCAGAGUAACAGGUCUAACUGAUGGGCAUUUCUAUGAGUUUAGAGUGUCUGCUGAAAAUGCUGCAGGGGUAGGGGAACCCAGUGAGCCAUCCAUUUUCUAUCGUGCUUGUGAUAUAUUAUAUCCACCAGGUCCACCUAGCAAUCCAAAAGUUACAGAUACUUCCAGGUCAUCAGUUUCCCUUGCCUGGAGUAAGCCCAUUUAUGAUGGUGGCGCUCCUGUUAAAGGGUAUGUAGUGGAAGUAAAAGAAGCUGCUGCUGAUGAAUGGACUACCUGCACCCCACCAACAGGCCUACAAGCAAAACAGUUCACCGUGACAAAACUGAAGGAGAACCAGGAGUAUAACUUCCGCAUCUGUGCCAUCAACUCAGAAGGAGUAGGAGAACCCGCGACUAUACCUGGUGCAGUCUUAGCAGAGGACAAGAUGGAACCUCCUGAAAUUGAACUUGAUGCAGAUCUCAGAAAAGUAGUCACUGUACGUGCUAGUGGUACUUUACGGCUGUUUGUCACCAUCAAAGGAAGACCAGAACCUGAAGUUAAAUGGGAGAAAGCAGAAGGAACAAUUAGUGAGCGAGCUCAGAUUGAAGUCACCAGUUCCUAUACAAUGCUGGUCAUUGACAAUGUCAAUAGAUUUGACAGUGGUAGAUAUAACCUUACUUUAGAGAACAACAGUGGCAAAAAAUCUGCUUUUGUUAAUGUCAGAGUGCUUGAUACACCUAGUGCACCUCUAAACCUGACAAUCAGAGAAGUGAAAAAAGAUUUUGUAACUUUAGCCUGGGAAGCACCACUUAUUGACGGCGGAGCUAAAAUUACCAACUACGUAGUUGAAAAGCGAGAAUCCACAAGAAAGGCAUAUGCCACAGUUACAAGCAACUGUACUAAGAAUUCCUUCAAGAUUACUCAACUACAAGAAGGAUGUAGUUAUUAUUUCCGUGUUCUAGCUGUAAAUGAAUAUGGGGCUGGUUUACCAGCAGAAAUUGCUGAUCCAGUUAAGGUGUCUGAACCACCUUCUCCACCUUCAAAGGUCAUUCUUGUUGACGUGACUCGCAAUUCUGCAUCAAUUAAAUGGGAAAAGCCAGAGAGUGAUGGUGGUAGUAAAAUUACUGGUUAUAUAGUAGAAAUGCAGACUAAAGGAAGUGUAAAAUGGAGUGCAUGUACACAGGUGAAAACAUUGGAAGCAACAGUAACAGGCUUAAGUAUGGGAGAAGAGUACAGUUUCAGGGUGAUUGCCAUUAAUGAAAAAGGAAAAAGUGAUCCAAGAGAACUUGGUGUCCCAGUCAUUGCAAAAGAUAUUGAAAUCCAGCCAUCUGUUGAGCUUCUUUUUAACACAUUCACGGUGAAAGCUGGAGAUGAUCUUAAGAUUGAUAUUCCAUUCAGAGGGCGACCUCUUCCCACUGUUAGCUGGAAGAAGGAUGGGAAUCCCUUAAAACAGACAACCAGGGUAAAUGUUGAAACAUCAAAGACUUUAACUUCACUGUCCAUCAAGGAAGCUACAAAUGAAGAUCUGGGACAUUAUGAAUUGCAUCUUUCAAAUACUGCUGGAACAACAACAGCUUCUCUAACCGUAGUUGUUCUUGACAGACCAGGACCACCAACUGAUGUUAAAAUUGAUGAAGUUAGUGCUGAUAGUGUAACUCUGUCUUGGAAACCUCCAGCAUAUGAUGGUGGAUGUCACAUUAGCAAUUACAUUGUGGAGAAGAGAGAUACUACCACAACAACAUGGGAGGUCGUAUCUGCAGCAGUUGCAAGAACAUCACUUAAAGUAACUCGACUCAUCACUGGAUGUGAAUAUCAGUUCCGUGUUUGUGCAGAAAACCGCUAUGGGAAGAGCACUUAUAUUAAUUCUCCUUCUGUUGUGGCAGAAUAUCCGUUUAAGCCUCCAGGUCCACCAGGAACACCUCGUGUGGCACACGCAACUAAAUCUUUCAUGAUUGUAACUUGGCAGGUACCAGUUAAUGAUGGAGGUAGUGUAGUACUAGGAUACCAUUUGGAGCAUAAAGAAAGAAGCAGCAUUCUUUGGACAAAAGUCAACAAGACCCUUAUAACAGAUACACAAAUGAAAGUUACAGGUCUUGAUGAAGGACUGAUGUAUGAAUAUCGUGUGUAUGCAGAAAACAUUGCUGGAAUAGGCAAAUGCAGCAAAGCAUGUGAACCAGUUGCUGCAAGAGAUCCAUGUGAUCCUCCUGGUCAACCAGAAGUUACUAAUAUUACAAGAACAUCUGUCUCAUUGAAGUGGACUAAACCAGAAUAUGAUGGUGGAGCUAAAGUAACAGGAUAUAUUAUUGAACGCCGAGAACUGCCAGAUGGUCGUUGGCUAAAAUGUAAUUUUACUAAUGUGCAAGAAACGUACUUUGAUGUAGGUGGACUUACAGAAGACCAGCGUUAUGAAUUCCAUGUGAUUGCAAAGAAUGCUGCUGGACUCUUCAGUCAGCCAUCUGAAUCAACUGGACCUGUGACUGUGAAAGAUGAUGUAGAGGCUCCAAGAAUUAUGAUGGAUGCCAAAUUCAGGGAUGUUGUAGUUGUGAAAGCUGGAGAAGUGUUUAAAGUCAAUGCUGAUGUUGCAGGACGGCCGAUACCAGUGAUUUCAUGGACAAAGGAUGGCAAGGAGCUUGAAGGAAAAGCUAGAGUUGAGAUAGUGUCAACAGAUUACACUACUGCAAUAACCAUUAAGGACUGUAUCCGAGGGGAUUCAGGACAGUAUCUACUAACAUUACAGAAUGUUGCAGGAACAAAAUCUUUGGCAAUUAAUUGCAAAGUACUUGAUAGACCUGGCCCACCUGCAGGCCCAUUAGAAAUAAAUGGCCUUACUGCUGAAAAGUGCCAUUUAUCAUGGGGACCCCCUCAAGAAAACGGUGGUGCAGAGAUUGACCAUUAUAUUGUGGAAAAACGUGAGACCAGCAGAAUUGCAUGGACACUUUGUGAAGGAGAGCUUAAAACAACAUCUUGUAAAGUGACAAAAUUACUGAAGGGUAAUGAAUAUAUUUUCAGAGUAAUGGGAGUUAACAAAUAUGGCGUUGGUGAGCCUCUAGAAAGUGUUGCUGUCAAAGCCCUAGACCCAUUUACAGUGCCAAGCCCACCUACAUCUUUAGAGAUCACCAGUGUGAGCAAAGAUUCAAUAACUCUGUGCUGGGCAAGACCUGAGUCUGAUGGGGGCAAUGAGAUAUCGGGCUAUGUAAUUGAAAGGCGUGAGAAAACCAGCCUAAGAUGGAUUCGCGUAAACAAAAAGCCAGUUUAUGAUUUAAGAGUGAAAUCAUCGGGUCUCCGUGAGGGAUGUGAAUAUGAAUUCCGGGUUUAUGCAGAAAAUGCUGCUGGCCUCAGUCUCCCAAGUGAAACCACACCAUUGAUUAAGGCAGAAGAUCCAAUCUUCUUGCCAUCGCCGCCAUCUAAACCUAAGAUUAUGGAUUCUACAAGAUCAAAUAUCACAAUUGGUUGGACAAAGCCACUGUUUGAUGGAGGUGCUCCAGUGACAGGAUACACAGUCGAAUACAAGAAAACCGAUGAAACUGACUGGACAACAGCUAAUCAGAAUUUAAGAGGCACAGAAUAUACCAUAACUGGAUUAACAUCAGGCUCUGAAUAUGUUUUUAGAGUGAAAUCCAUUAACAAAAUGGGUGUCAGUGAACCAAGUGAUGUCUCAGAACCUCAGGUGGCAAAAGAAAGAGAGGAAGAGCCUGCCUUUGAAAUUGACAGUGAAAUGCGGAAGACUUUAAUUGUAAAGGCUGGUGGAUCAUUCACAAUGACUGUUCCUUUCAGAGGCAAACCAGUCCCAAAUGUAACAUGGAACAAACCAGACACUGAUCUCCGUACACGUGCAAGCAUUGACACUUCAAGUAAUUGUACAUCUCUUACUAUUGAAAAAGCAACAAGAAAUGAUUCUGGAAAAUAUACAUUAACGUUGCAAAACAUCCUGAACACUACCACCUUGACUUUAGUGGUCAAAGUUCUUGAUACGCCUGGCCCACCAUCUAAUAUUGCAACAAAAGACGUAACUAAAGAAUCUGCUGUGUUAUCUUGGGAUGUUCCUGAAAAUGAUGGUGGAGCACCUGUAAAGAACUAUGUAAUUGAAAAACGAGAAGCUAGCAAAAAGGCGUGGGUCACUGUGACAAACAACUGUCAUCGCCUGUCCUACAAAGUGACUGGUUUGCAAGAAGGUGCCAUCUACUACUUCCGUGUCUCUGGAGAAAAUGAAUAUGGUGUUGGAGUGCCUUCUGAGACCAAGGAGGGAACAAAAAUAACAGAAAAACCCAGCCCACCAGAAAAGCUAGGAGUAACAAAUGUCACAAAGGACAGUGUUUCUCUUUCAUGGCUAAAACCAGAACAUGAUGGUGGAAGCAGAAUUGUUAGCUACCUCCUUGAAGCUCUUGAGAAAGGACAGCAAAAAUGGGUUAAGUGUGCAGUUGUAAAGACAACUCAUCAUGUUGUCCAUGGUCUUAAGGAAAACGUUGACUAUUUCUUCAGAGUGUCUGCAGAAAACCAAGCUGGUUUAAGUGAUCCUAAGGAACUACUGCUCCCUGUUACAGUUAAAGAACAAUUAGAAUCUCCUGAGAUUGACAUGAAGGGCUUCCCUCAUAACACUGUAUAUGUUCGAGCAGGAUCAAAUCUAAAAGUUGAAAUUCCAGUUUCUGGAAAACCAAUGCCAAAGGUGACACUGUCUAGAGAUGGUGUCGCACUGAAACCUACCAUGAGAUUUCACACAGAAACCACUGCUGAAAGUCUCAUUAUCAACCUUAAAGAAAGUGUGGCUGCUGAUGCUGGCAGAUACGACAUUACUGCUGCAAACUCAAGUGGCACCACAAAAUCAUUUGUUAAUAUUGUUGUGCUGGAUAGACCUGGUCCUCCUGUUGGUCCUGUUGCCCUUAGCGAUGUCACUGAAGAGAGUGUAACACUCAGAUGGCAGCCACCAGCUUAUGAUGGUGGCAGUCAGGUUACCAACUAUAUUGUACUGAAGAGAGAAACAAGUACUGCUGCUUGGUCUGAAGUGUCUGCCACUGUUGCUAGAACCGUUAUCAAAGUUAUGAGGCUCACAACAGGAGAAGAGUACCAAUUCCGCAUCAAAGCUGAGAACCGCUUUGGCAUCAGUGAUCACAUAGACUCGCAGUGUGUGAUUGUCAAGCUUCCUUACACUACCCCGGGCCCUCCUUCUACACCAUGGGUCACUAAUGUUACCCGAGAGAGUAUUACUGUCGGAUGGCAUGAGCCAGUCACUAAUGGUGGCAAUGCUAUCAUUGGGUAUCACCUGGAAAUGAAAGACAGAAAUAGCAUAUUAUGGCAGAAGGCUAACAAGACCCUUAUUCGCACCACUCAUUUCAAAGUCACCACAAUCAGCGCUGGCCUUAUCUAUGAAUUUAGAGUUUAUGCAGAAAAUGCAGCUGGCAUUGGAAAAGCAAGUCGUCCUUCUGAUCCAGUCCUUGCAAUUGAUGCUUGUGAACCACCAAGAAACGUUCGUGCCUCAGAUAUUUCCAAGACCUCUAUCACUCUCUCCUGGCAGAAGCCAGCAUUUGAUGGUGGUAGCAAAAUCACUGGAUACAUCGUAGAAAAACGUGAUCUUCCAGAUGGCAGAUGGACAAAAGCUAGCUUCACCAAUGUUAUUGAGACUCAGUUCACAGUAUCUGGCCUGACACAGAAUUCCAAGUAUGAAUUCCGGGUCUUUGCAAAGAAUGCUGUCGGUUCCAUCAGUAAUCCCUCAGAUGUUGUGGGUCCUAUCACAUGUGUUGAUACAUACGGUGCACCUGAAAUCGAUGUGCCACCAGAAUAUACAGAAGUGGUAAAAUACAAAGCGGGAACUUCAGUUAAGCUAAAACUAGGCAUCUCAGGCAAGCCUAUACCCACAAUUGAAUGGUUCAAAAAUGGCAAUGAGGUACUAACCAGUGCACUAGUGUCUUUUGAAAGCACAACAGAAUUUGCUUCUAUACUCAUCAAGGAUGCAAAUAGACUCAACAGUGGCACCUAUGAAUUAAAACUGAAAAAUGCCAUGGGUUCAGCAUCAGCCCAUAUUAGAGUACAGAUACUUGACAAGCCAGGACCCCCAGGUGGACCUAUACAGUUUAAGACAGUCACUGCUGAAAAGAUAACAAUAAUGUGGGACCCACCAGCAGAUGAUGGUGGUGCACCUAUAACACACUAUGUUGUUGAAAAGCGGGAAACAAGUCGGGUUGUAUGGUCUUUAAUUUCUGAAAAACUGGAGGGAUGUAUCAUAACUACAACAAAACUCAUCAAAGGAAAUGAGUAUGUGUUCCGUGUCCGUGGUGUGAACAAGUUUGGAAUUGGUGAUCCACUGGAAUCUGAGCCUGUUAUAGCCAAAAAUUCAUUUGUUACACCUGGACCACCUAGUACACCAGAAGUCACAAAGAUAACCAAGAAUUCUAUGACUGUUGUCUGGAGUAGGCCCACUGUUGAUGGAGGCAGUGAAAUAUCAGGAUAUUUUCUGGAAAAACGUGACAAGAAGAGUCUGAGUUGGUUCAAGGUCUCUAAAGAAACCAUUCGGGACACCAGACAGAAGGUAACAGGUCUGACGGAAAACAGCGAAUAUCAUUUCCGAGUUUGUGCCGUCAAUGCAGCUGGACCCGGCCCGUUCUCUGAGGCUUCUGACUUCUACAAAGCUGCAGAUCCUGUUGAUAAGCCAGGCACACCAACAAAGCUGAAAGUUGUGGAUACAACCAAGACAUCUGUUACCCUUGGCUGGAUUAAACCUGCUUAUGAUGGAGGAAGUCCAAUUACCCACUACGUGGUGGAAAAGAGGGAAGGUGAAGAGCAAGAAUGGACUGUAGUCAGUACCAAGGGAGAAGUGAGAACAACUGAAUAUGUUGUAUCCCACCUUCAGCCAAGUGUUAAUUACUAUUUCCGUGUCUCUGCUAUGAAUUGUGCUGGACAAGGAGAGCCUAUUGAAAUGAUGGAACCCGUUCAAGCUAAAGAUAUUCUUGUGGCACCAGAGAUUGAUCUGGAUGUUGCUCUUCGGACAUCUAUUGUCGCUAAAGCAGGUGAAGAUGUGGAAAUAAUGAUUCCAUUCAAGGGAAGGCCUCCUCCAACAGUCACAUGGAGAAAGGGGGACAAGAAUCUUGGGACUGAUGAAAGAUAUAUCAUCCAAAACACAGAAUCAUCUACACUGCUUAUUAUUCCUCAAGUUACACGAAAUGAUACAGGAAAAUAUGUUCUUACAAUUGAAAAUGGAGUUGGAGAAGCAAAAUCAUCAUUUGUUAAUGUAAAAGUACUUGACACACCUUCUGCAUGCCAGAAGCUGCAGCUCAAGCAUGUCUCUCGUGGCACAGUUACACUGGUAUGGGAGCCACCUCUCAUCAAUGGUGGUUCUGAAAUAACAAAUUAUGUUGUUGAAAAAAGAGAUGCUACAAAGAGGGCCUGGUCAACUGUUACAACAAAGUGUUCUCAUACCACCUUUAAACUGACUAACCUGUCAGAAAAGACUGCAUUCUUUUUCCGUGUUCUCGCUGAAAAUGAAAUUGGACUAGGUGAACCUUGUGAGACAACUGAACCAGUGAAAGCUGCAGACGUACCUGGACCUGUAAAAGACCUAGCCAUGAAAGACUCUACAAAGAGUUCUGUUAAAUUGCAGUGGAGCAAACCUGACUAUGAUGGUGGUAGCAUUAUAUCAGACUAUGUUAUUGAAAAGAAACUUCAGGAAGAGAAAGAAUGGACCUAUGCAGGCACAAGCAAGAGCUGUGAAUUUGUAGCUGAAAAACUUAAAGAGCUUUCUGUCAUGGAAUUCAGAGUCUUUGCUAAAAAUGAAAAAGGCAUGAGCGACUCUGUUACUGUUGGACCCAUUACUGUGAAAGAGCUUAUAAUAACACCUGAGGCUGACCUUUCUGAUAUUCCUGGUGGUCAGAUUGCAGUAAGAAUUGGACAUAAUCUGCAUGCUGAAUUGCCCUAUAAAGGUAAACCUAAUCCAUCAAUGAGCUGGCUCAAGGAUAACCUCCCUCUUAAAGAAACAGAACAUCUUCGUUUCAAGAAAACUGAAAACAAGAUAAGUUUAAGUAUCAAGAAUGUGAAAAAGGAGCAUGGUGGCAAAUAUACUUUAAUUCUUGAUAACGUAGUCUGCAGAAAGUCAUUCACAAUCACUGUAAUCACUCUUGGUCCUCCAUCUAGGCCAAAAGCACCUUUAAGAAUAGAUGAAAUCAAAGCAGAUAGUGUAGUUUUGUCAUGGGAGGCUCCUGAUGAUGAUGGGGGAGGAGAAAUUACUGGCUACAGUAUCGAGAAGAGAGAAACAUCACAAAUGAACUGGAAGCUGGUCUGUUCAAGCGCUGCAAGAACAACCUUCAAAGUACCCAACCUUGUUAAAGAUACUGAGUAUCAGUUUAGAGUUCGUGCAGAAAACAGAUACGGAGUGAGCCCACCUCUUGUCUCAGCAGAUGUUGUGGCAAAGCACCAGUUUAAACCACCAGGUGCCCCAGGCAAGCCUGUUGUAUACAACGUAACUGCUGAUGGAAUGAGCAUUUCUUGGGAUGCUCCUGUUUAUGAUGGUGGUUCGGAGAUUAUGGGAUACCAUGUUGAAAAGAAGGAAAGAAACAGUAUUUUGUGGCAGAAGGUUAAUGUUGCAUUAAUAUCUAACCGAGAAUACAGGAUUACUGGACUGCUUGAGGGCCUGGAUUACCAGUUCCAAGUAUAUGCUGAAAACGCUGCAGGUUUAAGCCGAGCUAGUGAGCCAAGCAAAUUUACUUUGGCAGUCUCUCCAGUAGACCCACCUGGUACUCCUGAUUAUAUUGAUGUCACUAGGGAAACAAUCACCCUGAAAUGGAACCCCCCUCUGCGUGAUGGAGGCAGUAAGAUUGUGGCUUACAGCAUUGAGAAGCGGCAAGGAAGUGCAGACCGUUGGCUCAGGUGUAACUUUACUGAUGUCAGUGAGUGCCAGUAUACAGUUACAGGGCUCAGUCCAGGUGACCGAUAUGAAUUCAGAGUGCUUGCAAGAAAUGCUGUUGGUACCAUCAGCCCACCUUCACAGUCUUCAGGCUAUAUCAUGACCAGAGAUGAAAAUGUUGCUCCAACAAUUGAAUUUGGUGCUGAACACUUUGAAGGCCUUACUGUUAAAGCUGGAGAGAGCAUUAGACUUAAAGCUCUAAUCAGAGGACGUCCAGUACCUAAAGUGACAUGGUUUAAGGAUGGUAAAGAGAUUGAUAAAAUGAUGAAUAUAGAAAUAACUACAGCUAUUGGAUAUAGUACAAUCUUCAUUAGAGAUGCUGUCAGGGAACAUCGUGGAGUGUACACAGUAGAAGCCAAAAAUGCAUCAGGCACUAAACGAGAAGAUAUUACCAUCAGAGUACAAGACACACCAGGAAAAGUUGGUGGACCAAUACGAUUCACAAAUAUCACUGGAGAAAAAGUCACAUUAUGGUGGGAGCCUCCAGCUAAUGAUGGCUGUGCUUCUAUUUCUCACUACAUAAUUGAAAAACGUGAAACCAGCAGGAUUGCUUGGGCAUUAGUUGAAGAUAAAUGUGAAGCUUGCAGCUAUACGGCACUUAAAUUAAUUAAGGGCAAUGAGUAUCAGUUCCGUGUCUCUGCAGUGAACAAAUUUGGAGUUGGCAGACCAUUGGAGUCUGAUCCAGUUAUCGCACAAAUACCUUACACUCUCCCUGAUGCACCAGGAACUCCAGAGCCUACCAAUGUAACAGGAGACAGUAUCACACUCACAUGGGCAAGACCAGAGUCAGAUGGUGGAAGCGAGAUAAAUGAGUACAUUCUUGAAAGGAGAGAAAAGAAGAGCAUGCGCUGGGUUAAAGUAUCCAGUAAGAGGCCCAUUACUGAGAACAGAUACAGAGUAACUGGCCUUAUUGAAGGCAAUGAGUAUGAGUUCCAUGUCAUGGCUGAAAAUGCUGCAGGGGUUGGACCUCCAAGUGACGUUUCAAAGCUGAUUAAAUGCAGAGAGCCAGUCAGCCCACCAAGUGCUCCUAAUGUUGUCAAGGUGACAGACACAUCAAAGACUAGUGUAAGCUUAGAGUGGACAAAGCCAGUUUUUGAUGGAGGCAUGGAAAUAAUCGGAUACAUCAUUGAGAUGUGCAAAGCUGAUCUUGAAGCAUGGCAGAAAGUCAAUGCAGAGACUGUUAUUGCUACUAAAUAUACCGUUGUUGAUUUGGAGGCAGGAGAACACUAUAAAUUCAGAGUUAGUGCUGUCAAUGGUGCUGGCAGAGGAGAAAGUUGCGAAGUUCCUGCUUCAGUCCAAACCGUGGACAGGCUUUCUGCACCUGAAAUUGAUAUUGAUGCAAACUUCAAGCAGACUCAUAUUGUAAGAGCAGGUGCAAGCAUUCGUCUAUUCAUUGCCUUCUCUGGAAGGCCAGUUCCUACUGCAGUGUGGUCCAAAGCAGAUGCAAAUCUUAGUUUGCGUGCUGACAUUCAAACAACUGAUUCAUUCAGCACGUUGACUGUAGAAGAAUGCAAUAGGAAUGACGCUGGCAAGUAUGUCUUUACUGUGGAAAACAACAGUGGAAGCAAGUCUAUUACAUUUACUGUCAAGGUUUUGGACACACCUGGUCCACCAGGUCCUAUUACCUUUAAAGAUGUGACUCGAACAUCUAUUACUUUAAUGUGGGAUGCUCCUGUUCUAGAUGGAGGUUCUCGUAUCCACCACUAUGUUGUGGAAAAACGUGAAGCAAGUCGUCGUAGCUGGCAAGUGGUGAGUUCAAAAUGCACUCGACAAAUCUUUAAGGUCACAGAUCUAGCAGAAGGUAUGCCAUAUUACUACCGAGUAUCAGCAGAAAAUGAAUAUGGUGUAGGUGAACCCUGUGAAUUAACAGAACCAGUUGUGGCCACAGAAGAACCUGCUCCACCUAAGAGACUAGAUAUUGUUGAUACAACCAAAUCUUCUGUAGUUUUAGCUUGGCUUAAACCUGAUCAUGAUGGUGGUAGCCGUAUUACUGGUUACCUUCUUGAAAUGAAACAAAAAGGAUCUGACUCCUGGACUGGAGCUGGACAAACCAAGCAACUUACUUUCACCGUUGAAGGCCUUGUGGAGAACACAGAAUAUGAGUUCCGGGUCAAGGCGAAGAAUGAUGCUGGCUACAGUGAGCCAAGAGAAGCUUUCUCUUCUGUUAUUGUUAAGGAGCCACAGAUUGAACCAACAGCAGAUCUCAGUGACAUAAGCAGACAGCUUAUAACAUGCAAGGCUGGAAGCACCUUUACUAUUGAUAUACCAAUCAGUGGGCGCCCAGCUCCGAAAGUGACAUGGAAACUUGAGGAGAUGAGGCUGAAGGAAACUGAAAGAGUGACCAUCAAGACAACAAAAGACCGAACCACGCUGACUGUCAAAGACAGUAUGAGAGGUGACUCUGGUAAAUACUACCUUACACUUGAGAACACUGCUGGUGUGAAAACAUUUACUGUCACAGUGGUAGUCAUAGGAAGGCCAGGUCCUGUCACUGGCCCAAUUGAAAUAUCUUCUGUAUCUGCUGAGUCCUGUGUGUUGACCUGGAAAGAACCUGAAGAUGAUGGCGGUAGUGACAUUACAAACUACAUUGUAGAGAAACGUGAAUCUGGCACAACAGCAUGGCAGCUGGUGAAUUCCAGUGUGAAACGCACGCAGAUCAAAGUCAGUCAUCUCACAAAAUACCAAGAGUACAGUUUCCGAGUAAGCUCAGAAAAUCGAUUUGGUGUCAGCAAGCCAGUUGAAUCAAAAACUGUAGUUGCUGAGCAUCCAUUUGUCCCACCUAGCCCACCCUCAAGGCCAGAAGUCUAUUCUGUGUCUGCAAGUGCCAUGGCCAUUCGCUGGGAGGAACCCUAUCAUGAUGGUGGCAGCAAAAUCAUUGGAUAUUGGGUGGAAAAGAAGGAGCGCAACACCAUCCUUUGGGUGAAGGAGAACAAAGUACCAUGCUGUGACUGCAACUAUAAAGUCACGGGGUUGGUGGAAGGCCUGGAAUAUCAAUUCAGAACCUAUGCUCUAAAUGCUGCAGGUGUUAGCAAAGCUAGUGAAGCUUCCAGACCUGUAGUGGCUCAAAAUCCAGUUGAUCCACCGGGAAGACCAGAAGUAACAGAUGUCACCAGAUCGACAGUGUCACUGAGCUGGUCACCUCCACUUUAUGAUGGUGGAAGCAAAAUAAUUGGAUAUAUUAUUGAGCGCAAACCAUAUAACGAAUCUGGUGAUGGACGUUGGCUGAAAUGCAAUUAUACCAUUGUCUCAGAAAACUUUUUUACUGUGACAGCUCUUAGUGAAGAUGAAGCCUAUGAAUUCCGUGUACUAGCAAAGAAUGCUGCUGGUGUGAUUAGCAAAGGAUCUGAAUCAACUGGUGCUGUCAUUUGCAAAGAUGAAUACACACCACCAAAGGCUGAACUUGAUGCCAGACUGCAGGGAGAAGUUUUGAGCAUUAGGGCUGGAUCAGAUCUUGUUCUUGAUGCAGCCGUUGGUGGAAAACCAGAACCGAAAGUCUUCUGGUCCAAAGGUGACAGGGAACUGGAGCUAUGUGAAAAGAUAUCUCUGCAAUAUACCAGCAAACGAGCUAUUGCAAUUAUCAAGUUCUGUGACAGAAGUGAUAGUGGAAAAUAUACCCUAACAGUUAAAAAUGCCAGUGGGAUGAAACAAAUUUCUGUUCUUGUCAAAGUGCUUGAUUCACCAGGUCCAUGUGCAGGCAAAAUCACAAUUAGCAGAGUAACAGAAGAGAAAUGUACUCUGGCAUGGAACAUUCCUGAGGAAGAUGGAGGUGCAGAAAUCACUCACUACAUCAUAGAAAGGCGUGAAACCAGCAGACUUCACUGGGUUAUUGUUGAGGCUGAAUGCCAGACUUUAUCAACUGUAGUAACAAAACUUAUUAAAAAUAAUGAAUACAUUUUCCGUGUGAGAGCUGUCAACAAAUAUGGAGCAGGUGUUCCACUUGAAUCAGAAACUGUGAUUGCCAGGAAUGCUUUCACUAUUCCAACCCAGCCUGGUGCUCCUGAAGAAGUGAGUGUUGGCAAGGAGCAUAUCAUUAUUCAGUGGUCGAAACCAGAAUCGGAUGGUGGCAGUGAGAUUAAGGACUAUCUUGUGGACAAACGUGAAAGGAAGAGUCUGCGCUGGACACGAGUGAAUAGAGAUUAUACCAUUUAUGACACCAGACUGAAAGUCACUGGUCUCAUGGAAGGGGGCCAGUACCAAUUCCGUGUCACUGCAGUGAAUGCUGCUGGAAACAGUGAACCCAGUGAAGCUUCACAAUACAUGUUAUGUAAAGAACCAUCAUACACUCCUGCAUCACCUUCAGUUCCAAGAGUUGUGGAUACUACAAUGCACAGCAUCAGUUUAGCAUGGUCAAAGCCCACAUAUGAUGGUGGUGCUGACCUCUUAGGCUAUGUUCUUGAAAUGAAAGAAGAAGGCAGUGAGCAGUGGUAUCGAGCACAUACAGCCGCCACUCUGAGGAAUGCUGAGUUCACCGUGACGGGUCUUAAAACAAACCAGAAAUACCAAUUCCGAGUUGCUGCAACAAACGUGAAUGGUAUGAGUGAAUUUAGCGAAUCAUCAGCAGAAAUAGAACCUGUGGAAAGAAUAGAAACACCUGAACUGGAGCUUGCUGAUGAUCUGAAGAAGACAGUUACAGUCAGAGCUGGUGGCUCCCUGCGCCUAAUGGUCUCUGUAUCUGGCAGACCUGCUCCUGUAAUCACAUGGAGCAAGCAGGGUGUUGACCUUGUCAGUCGAGGUAUUAUUGAUACUACAGACAGCUACACUCUGCUUAUUGUGGAUAAAGUUAAUCGGUAUGAUGCUGGAAAAUACGUCAUUGAGGCUGAAAAUCAAUCAGGAAAAAAAUCUGCAACUAUUUCUGUGAAAGUGUAUGACACACCCGGUCCACCACCUGCAGUGAGAGUUAAGGAAGUAUCAAAAGAUUCUGUGACACUUACUUGGGACAUUCCAGUCAUUGAUGGUGGAGCCCCAGUCAACAAUUAUAUAAUUGAGAAACGUGAAGCUUCCAUGAGAGCUUACAAGACUGUCACUACCAAAUGCAGCAAGACAUUUUACAGAGUUACUGGACUUCUGGAAGGAGCUUUGUAUUAUUUCCGAGUACUACCAGAAAAUAUUUACGGCAUUGGUGAAGGCUGUGAAACAUCUGACGCAGUACUGGUAUCUGAUGUCCCCAUGGUACCACAAAAACUCGAAGUGAUUGACACCACUAAAUCAACUGUUACACUUGCUUGGGAGAAACCACUGCAUGAUGGUGGCAGCAGAUUGACUGGCUAUGUCAUUGAGGCCAGCAAAGCUGGAACAGAAAGAUGGUUGAAGGUAGUGACGUUGAAGCCUACGGUCUAUGAGCAUACCAUUAUCUCUCUCAAUGAAGGUGAACAGUACUUGUUCCGGGUCAGAGCACAGAAUCAGAAGGGCGUGUCAGAACCACGUGAGAUUGUCACAGCAGUGACAGUUCAGGACCGAAAAGUUCUACCAACAAUUGACUUCACUGGAAUACCUCAGAAGACCAUCCAUGUACCUGCUGGCAAGCCCAUUGAAUUAGCCAUUCCAAUUGAAGGACGACCACCUCCAACUGCAUCUUGGUUCUUUGCUGGUUCUAAACUAAAAGAAUCAGAGCGCAUCAAAAUGGAGACUUCUGCCAAAAUGGCCAAAUUAACUGUGCGUGAGACCACCAUACAUGACACAGGGGAGUAUACACUUGAACUGAAGAACACAACUGGAACAGUUACUGAUACAGUAAAGGUUAUAAUCCUUGACAAGCCUGGACCACCUGUUGGACCUAUCAGAAUUGAUGAAAUUGAUGCAAAUUAUGUAACCAUCUCCUGGGAGCCUCCUGAGCUGGAUGGUGGAGCUGCCCUUAGUGGGUAUGUGGUAGAACAGCGUGAUGCUCACCGUCCUGGAUGGCUGCCAGUUUCAGAGUCAGUAACCAGGACAACAUUUAAGUUCACCAGACUUGUUGAAGGUGCAGAAUAUGUGUUCCGUGUAGCUGCUACAAACCGCUUUGGAAUUGGAUCUUACCUGCAGUCUGAAAUUAUAGAAUGCAAGAGCAGAAUCCGUAUUCCUGGUCCUCCUGGCACUCCUGAAGUGUUUGAUAUCUCUCGAGAUGGCAUGACAUUGACUUGGUAUCCUCCAGAAGAUGAUGGUGACUCACAGAUUACUGGUUAUAUUGUGGAACGCAAAGAAGUUAGAGCAGAUAGAUGGAUCCGUGCAAAUAAAGUUCCAGUCACCAUGACUCGUUACCGUUCCACUGGGUUGGUUGAAGGAUUAGAAUAUGAACACCGGGUCACUGCAAUCAAUGCCAGAGGCACUGGGAAACCCAGCCGUCCUUCCAAAUCUGUUGUUGCCAGAGAUCCAAUUGCUCCUCCAGGUAAACCUCAGAAUCCAAGAGUCACUGAUACUACAAGAACAUCUGUCUCCCUGGCUUGGAGUCCACCAGAAGAUGAAGGUGGCUCUAAGGUUACUGGCUACUUAAUUGAGAUGCAGAAGGUUGAUCAAUUUGAAUGGACCAAGUGCAACACUACACCAACCAAGAUUCGGGAAUACACCUUGACACAUCUUCCCCAAGGUGCAGAGUACAGAUUCCGAGUGCUAGCCUGUAAUGCUGGUGGGCCAGGAGAACCUGCUGAAGUGCCAGGAACAGUCAAAAUUACAGAAAUGCUUGAAUAUCCUGACUAUGAACUUGAUGAAAAAUACCAAGAAGGUCUCAUGGUGAGACAAGGAGGAGUAAUCAGGCUUACAAUACCCAUUAAGGGUAAGCCCAUGCCAGUAUGCAAAUGGACAAAAGAAGGACAGGACAUCAGCAAGAGGGCCAUGAUUGCAACUUCAGAGACUCACACAGAACUUGUGAUCAAAGAUGCAGAAAGAGAAGAUUCGGGCACCUAUGAUUUGGUACUUGAAAACAAGUGCGGCAAGAAAGCCGUGUACAUUAAAGUCAGAGUGAUUGGCAUUCCAAAUCCACCAGAAGGACCACUUGAGUAUGAUGAUAUACAAGCUCGUUCUGUCAGAGUAAGCUGGAGACCUCCUACAGAUGAUGGUGGUGCAGAUAUCCUGGGUUAUAUUGUUGAGAGAAGAGAAGUACCGAAGACUGCCUGGUACACUGUUGACUCUAGAGUGAAAGGGACAUCACUAGUCGUGAAAGGACUCAAAGAAAAUGUGGAAUAUCACUUCCGUGUUUCUGCUGAAAACCAUUUUGGUAUUAGCAAAUCUCUCAAAUCUGAAGAACCAGCAGUACCAAAGACACCUCUAAAUCCACCAGAGCCUCCAAACAACCCACCUGAAGUCCUUGAUGUUACAAAGAGUUCUGUCAACUUGUCCUGGUCCAGACCUAAAGAUGAUGGUGGUUCUCGUGUAACUGGCUACUAUAUUGAACGUAAAGAGACAUCUACAGAAAAAUGGGUCCGGCAUAAUAAAACUCAGAUUACCACUACAAUGUACACAGUCACAGGACUUGUUCCAGAUGCUGAAUAUCAAUUCCGCGUCAUUGCUCAAAAUGACAUUGGUGAAAGUGAAGCAAGUCCUGCUUCUGAACCAGUUGUAUGCAAGGAUCCAUUUGACAAACCUAGCCAACCUGGAGAAAUUGAGAUCACUUCCAUCUUUAAGGACAGCAUUACAUUAGAAUGGGAACGACCUGAAAGUGAUGGUGGCAAAGAGAUCCUUGGCUAUUGGGUUGAAUAUCGCCAGUCUGGAGAAAGCACCUGGAAAAAAUGCAAUAAGGAACGCAUCAAGGACAGGCAGUUUACAGUAGGAGGUUUACUAGAGGCCACAGAAUAUGAGUUCCGUGUUUUUGCAGAAAAUCAGACUGGCCUCAGCAGACCUCGAAGGACUGCUAUGGCAGUGAAAACUAAAUUAACAUCUGGAGAAGCACCUGCCAUAAAGAAAGAAAUGCAGGAUGUUACAACUAAACUGGGUGAGGCAGCUCAACUGACAUGCCAGAUUGUUGGAAGACCUUUGCCUGAUAUUAAAUGGUACCGCUUUGGCAAAGAGCUGGUACAAAGCAGAAAAUACAAAAUGUCAUCUGAUGGACGCAAUCAUACACUGACAGUAAUGACAGAUGAACAGGAGGAUGAAGGUCUUUACACUUGUAUGGCUACCAAUGAUGUUGGAGAAAUCGAAACUAGUGGCAAGCUAUUAUUGCAGGCUCCUCCUCAGUUCCACCCUGGCUUCCCAUUGAAAGAGAAAUACUACGCAGGCGCAGGUGGCACCCUCCGCCUUCAUGUUGUGUAUAUUGGCCGGCCAGUACCAGCAAUAACUUGGUUCCAUGGCAACAAACCUUUGAGAGGAUCAGAAACAGUUACUAUUGAGAACACAGAACAGUAUACUCAUCUUGCUAUUAAGAAUGUCCAGCACAAGACUCAUGCUGGGAAGUACAAAGUACAACUCAGUAACACAUUUGGAACAGUUGACACUGUACUUAAUGUGGAAAUACAAGAUAAACCAGAUAAACCAGUAGGACCAAUUGUUAUAGAGUCUAUAUUGAAGAAUUCUGUGGUGAUAAGCUGGAAACCACCAGAGGAUGAUGGAGGUGUUAUGAUAACCAAUUACAUCAUAGAGAAACGUGAAGCCAAGGAAGGAGCAGAAUGGCAACUUGUAUCUUCAAGUAUUUCAGGCACAACCUGUAGAAUUGUUAACCUAACUGAAAAUGCAGGCUAUUAUUUCCGUGUUUCUGCUCAGAAUAUGUACGGCAUUAGUGAAGCACUGGAGGUUUCAUCAGUAGUUUUUAUAAAGCCUCCAUUUGAAAAACCAGGACAACCCGGCCAGCCAGUAGCAAGUGCUAUCACAAAGGAUUCUUGUGUUGUCUCAUGGAAACCACCUGCAAGUGAUGGCGGUGCAAAGAUUAGAACUUACUAUCUUGAGAAGCGUGAGAAAAAACAAAACAAGUGGAUUUCUGUAACAACAGAUGAAAUUCGUGAAACAGUCUACUCUGUGAAAGAUCUUAUUGAAGGUCUUGAAUAUGAGUUCCGUGUAAAAUGUGAAAAUCUUGGUGGUGAAAGUGAGUGGAGUGAGGUAUCCGAACCAGUCAUUCCAAAAUCUGAUGUACCAAUUAAAGCUCCACAUUUCAAGGAAGAACUAAGGAAUCUGAAUGUGAAAUUUCAAGCUAAUGCCACAUUUGUUUGCAAAGUCACUGGUCAUCCUAAGCCAAUUGUCAAGUGGUACAGACAGGGCAAAGAAAUCAUGCCAGAUGGGGAAAAGAUCAAGAUACAGGAAUUCAAGGGAGGCUAUUACCAGCUGGUCAUCACAAAUGUAACAGAUGAUGAUGCCACAGUAUAUCAAGUUAGAGCUACCAACCAAGGAGGAUCUGUGUCUGGCACUGCCUCUCUGGAUGUUGAAGUUCCUGCAAAGAUUCAUUUGCCCAAAAACUUGGAAGGCAUGGGAGCUGUUCAUGCCCUCCGAGGGGAAGUGGUGAGCAUCAAGAUUCCAUUCAGUGGCAAGCCGCCCCCUGUGAUCACGUGGCAGAAGGGACAAGAUCUUAUCGAUACUAAUGGACACUACCAAGUCAUUGUUACACGGUCAUUCACAUCUCUUGUUUUCCCAAAUGGUGUUGACAGAAAAGAUGCAGGGUUUUACAUUGUUUGUGCCAAAAACAGAUUUGGAAUUGAUCAAAAAACAGUUGAAUUAGAUGUGGCUGACGUGCCUGAUCCACCAAGAGGUUUGAAGGUAACUGACGUUUCAAGGGAUUCAGUCAACUUAACCUGGAAUGAACCAGCUACUGAUGGUGGAAGCAGGAUCACAAACUACAUUAUUGAGAAACGUGCUACGACAGCAGAGCGAUGGAUUCGUGUUGCACAAGCUCGUGAUACACGAUACACAGUGGUGAACCUAUUUGGCAAGACCACCUACCAGUUCCGUGUAAUUGCAGAGAACAAGUUUGGCCAAAGUCAGCCUUCUGAACCUACUGAUCCAAUUGUAACAAAGGAAGACAAGACCAGAGUAAUGAACUAUGAUGAAGAAGUUGAUGAAACCAGAGAAAUUACGGCAGCUAAAGCAGGUCACUAUUCUACAAAGGAACUCUAUGACAAAUACAUGAUUGCAGAAGAGCUUGGACGCGGGCAGUUUGGCAUUGCACACCGCUGUGUUGAGGCAGUUUCAAAAAAGACUUACUUGGCCAAAUUUGUCAAAGUAAAGGGUGCAGACCAAGUUUUGGUAAAGAAAGAAAUUUCCAUCCUAAACAUUGCUAGGCACCGAAAUAUCCUGUAUCUUCAUGAGUCAUUUGAGAGCCUAGAAGAGUUGGUCAUGAUCUUUGAAUUCAUUUCUGGUGUUGACAUCUUUGAAAGAAUCAGCACAGCUUCAUUUGAACUUAAUGAAAGAGAAAUAGUGAGUUAUGUACGCCAGGUCUGUGAUGCACUAGAAUUUUUACAUCGUCAUAGCAUUGGACAUUUUGAUAUUAAACCAGACAAUAUUAUUUACUUCACAAGAAGAAGCUCUGUAAUUAAAAUUGUUGAAUUUGGUCAAGCCAGACAGCUGAGGCCUGGAGACAGCUUUAGACUCCAGUUCACUUCUCCUGAAUAUUAUGCGCCUGAAGUACAUCACCAUGACUUGGUCAGCACAGCUACGGACAUGUGGUCAGUUGGUGCUCUAACAUACAUACUUCUCAGUGGCCUUAACCCUUUCAUUGCUGAAACAAACCAACAAGUUAUUGAAAAUAUUCUAAAUGCUGAAUACAGCUUUGAGGAUGAAGCAUUCAAGGACAUAAGCGUCGAAGCCAUGGACUUCAUUGAUCGCUUACUAGUAAAGGAAAGAAAAUCUCGGAUGACAGCUGCUGAAGCGCUUAAUCAUGUGUGGCUAAAACAGCAGACGGAAAAGACCAGCACCAAAACCAUUAAGACUUUAAGGCACAGGCGUUACUAUCAAACUCUAGUAAAGAAGGAGUGGAACACAGUUGUGUCAGUAGCCCGCAUUUCCUGUGGAGGCGCAAUUAGAUCCCAGAAAGGCAUAACAGUGGCUAAAGUUAAAGUUGCCCCAAUAGACAUUGGGCCUAUUGCUGGGCAGAUAAAGCAUAAUGUUGCAGAAGAAGGAGGCCAUGCCAAAUAUGUAUGUACAAUUGAAAACUAUGAUGAGUCCACACAAGUCACAUGGUACUUCGGUAUGAGGCAAUUAGAAAGCAAUGAGAAAUACGAAAUCAAAUAUGAAGAUGGUGUGGCAACCAUGUAUGUCAAAGAUGUUUCUAAAUCAGAUGAUGGUACCUACAGAUGCAAGGUGAUGAAUGAUUAUGGUGAGGACAGCUCUUAUGCAGAACUUUUUGUUAAAGGUGUGAGAGAAAUUUCUGAGCACUACAGAUGCAGAACUGUUAGAAAAGUGAAACGACGGGUUGAUACUAUGAGACUAUUAGAGCAUCCCCCAGAAUUUACUCUGCCUUUGUAUAACCGCACUGCAUAUGUUGGAGAAAAUGUCAGGUUUGGAGUAACUAUAACAGUUCACCCAGAACCUCGCUUAACAUGGUACAAAUCAGGCCAGAAAAUCAAACCUGGGGAUGAUGAUAAGAAGUAUACUUUUGAAUCAGACAAGGGUCUUUAUCAGCUUGUCAUCAAUAAUGUCACUGAAGAGGAUGAUGCUGAAUACAGUAUUGUGGCACGCAAUAAAUAUGGUGAAGACAGCUGCAAAGCUAAGCUGACUGUGAUUCCACAUCCCCCUCCAGCAGAUGCCACACUCAGGCCAAUGUUUAAAAGACUGCUGGCAAAUGCUGAAUGUCAAGAAGGCCAAAAUGUCAGUUUUGAGAUCAGGGUAUCUGGUGUGCCAAAACCAACGUUGACAUGGGAGAAAGAUGGUCAACCUCUAUCCUUUGGUCCUAACUUUGAUAUAAUUCAUGAAGGUUUAGAUUACUAUGCUUUGCACAUCAGAGAUACUUUACCAGAAGACAGUGGCUACUACAGAGUUACUGCUACAAACAGUGCUGGAUCUACCAGCUGUCAGGCUUAUCUAAAAGUUGAACGCUUGAAAUAUGUCAAGCGUGAGUACAAGACAGAAGAAGAGCGGGAGAGACAUGUACAGAGGCAAAUUGACAAGACCUUACGAAUGGCAGAAAUCCUUUCUGGGGUUGAAGCUGUUCCACUGACACAAACUGCACAAGAGGCUCUCAGAGAAGCUGCUAUCUUAUAUAAACCAGCUGUUAGCUCAAAGACCGUUAAAGGUGAAUAUGAAAUUCAGAAAGAAGAAAAGAAGGAGAAGGAGGAAAGGAGACUUCGUAUGCCAUAUGAGAUCCCAGAGCCUCGCAAACAUGUGCGUGCUGCUCUUGAGGAAGAUCAGCAUAUUAAACACUAUGUGCCUCUGUCAGACAUGAAGUGGUACAAGCGGCUGCGAGACCAGUAUGAAAUGCCAGGAAAACUUGAGAGGACUGUUCAGAAACGCCAGAAACGCAUACGUCUUUCCAGGUGGGAGCAAUUCUAUGUGAUGCCGCUGCCUCGCAUUUCUGAUCAGUACAAGCCUAAAUGGCGCAUACCAAAGCUGACACAAGACGAUCUUGAAAUUGUGAGACCAGCACGCCGGCGUAUCCCAUCUCCAGAGUAUGAAUAUCACUAUAGACCAAGAAGGCGGUCGCUUGGUGACUUAUCUGAUGAGGAAUUGCUCAUGCCGAUAGAUGAUUACUUAGCCAUGAAGAGAACUGAAGAGGAAAGACUGCGCCUUGAAGAGGAGCUGGAGUUAGGCUUUUCUGCUUCCCCACCAAGUAGAAGCCCCCCACGCUUUGAACUGUCUGCCCUUCGAUAUUCUACUGCAGGAGCACAGGUCAGUUCAGAGGAAGAAAGAAAAAGAGAGCUGAGGUAUUCAAGCUAUCACAUUCCAACUAAAGCUGAGACAAGUGCAAGCUAUGCAGAGCUUCGUCAACGUCAUGACAGGGCUGCCUACAGACCACCUAAACAAAAGCAAAGAAUAAUGGAUGAGCGGGAGGAUGAAGAAUUGCUCCGGCCUGUUGGCACUGAUCAGCGACUCUCUGAAUACAGGAGUGAGCUCAAAUAUAUGGCAGAGGAAGAAAAGAGUAGACUCAGGAGAAGGAGGGAAAGAGAAAUAACUGAGAUCACAUCAGAAGAAGAAGAAGAAAUAGAAAUGGUGCAAUAUGCUCACAGGGAAUUUUCACCUCCCUCUAGAUUAUUAAGGAGAAGAAGAUCUCUUUCUCCAACUUACAUUGAGCUGAUGCGUCCUGUAUCUGAAUUAAUUCGACCUCGCUCACGGCCUCCUGAAGAAAGUGAGAGAAGAUCCCCAACACCAGAGAGAACUCGACCACGAUCACCUAGCCCAGUUUCUAGUGAAAGAUCUCUCUCCCGGUUUGAGAGGAUGGCAAGAUUUGAUAUAUUUUCUAGAUACGAGUCCAUGAAAUCUGCUCUGAAAACUCAAAAAACUAUGGAAAGGAAAUAUGAAGUUCUGACUCAGCAGCCUUUCACCCUUGACCAUGCUCCUCGCAUUACCCUGAGAAUGCGCUCACACCGAGUACCGUGUGGCCAUAAUACUAGGUUCAUUCUAAAUGUCCAGUCAAAACCAACCGCCGAAGUGAAGUGGUACCACAACGGUAUUGAGCUCCAAGAGAGCAGUAAGAUUCACUUUACCAAUACGAGUGGUGUAUUAACUCUGGAGAUUCUUGACUGCCACAUUGAUGACAGUGGAACAUACCGAGCUGUAUGCACAAACUACAAAGGGGAAUGCUCUGAUUAUGCAACACUAGAUGUUACUGGAGGAGAUUACACUACAUACUCUUCCCAGAGGAGAGAUGAAGAAGUACCAAGGGCAAUUUUGCCUGACUUGACAAAAACAGAGGCAUAUGCAAUCUCCUCGUUUAAGAAAGCAUCUGAAACAGAAGCAAGUUCCUCAGUAAGAGAGGUCAAAUCAGAAGUGUCAUCAACAAGAGAGUCACUUUUAUCCUAUGAACACUAUGCUGCUUCUGAAGAAAAAGUCACUGCUGCUGAAAAAAAAUCACUGGAAGAAAGGACUUCACACAAAGCAUUUAAAAGCACUCUGCCAGCAACAAUCCUUACAAAGCCACGGUCAAUCACAGUUUCUGAAGGGGAGACUGCGAGAUUUUCCUGUGAUGUUGAUGGUGAACCAGCACCAACAAUAACAUGGCUCCAUGCAGGUCAACCUAUUGUUUCUUCAAGGCGCUUCCAAGUAACACGAACACAGUACAAGUCUACCUUUGAAAUUUCUUCCGUCCAGAUAUCAGAUGAAGGAAGUUACACUGUUGUGGUGGAAAACUCUGAAGGAAGACAGGAAGCCCAUUUUACUUUGACCAUUCAAAGAACAAAAAUUCCUGAAAAAACAAUUACAUCACCUCCAAGGAUCAAAUCUCCUGAGCCUCGUGUAAAGUCACCAGAGCCAGUUAAGUCCCCUAAACGAGUGAAAUCUCCUGAACCCAUCAGCAGUCCCCCAAAAGCUAAGUCACCACCUGGAGACAAAAUGGUAUCAACAGAGAAAGUACAAUUACCAACUGCUUCUCCACCAAAGAUAAAACAGCAUCUGAAAGCAGAAACUCUUGGAGAUAAGGUAAAGUUAUCCUGUGCAGUUGAAAGCAAUGUUUUAAGUGUCAGAGAAGUGGCUUGGUAUAAGGAUGGUAAAAAACUGAAAGAAGACCAUCAUUUCAAGUUUCAUUAUGCAGCAGAUGGCACUUAUGAGCUCAAAAUCCAUGAGCUCAUGGAAUCUGAUAAAGGAGAAUACACCUGUGAAAUUAUUGGUGAAGGAGGUGUUUCGAAAACUAACUUCCAGUUUACCGGCCAAGUAUUUAAAAAUAUCUAUUCCCAGGUAAGAGGUGUAACUGAAUCUCAUAAAACAGUUCAGAAAGAAGAUGAGUUACUUAUGGUUUCUAGCCAGAAGAAAUCAGUAGUGGCAACUGAAGAGAAAUCUGCAGUUCAAGAAGUCAUUAAAAAGUCAGUUGUUACAGAAGAUGUCAAACAAAUGAAAGCAGAAAUUACAGCUUCUUCAACUAAAAUGACAAUGUCUGAAGGGCAAAAAGUGACACUGAAGGCCAACAUUCCUGGUGCCUCUGAAGUAAAAUGGGUGCUGAAUGGAAUGGAGCUGAGAAAUUCAGAUGAUUACAGAUAUGGUGUUUCUGGAAGUGAUCACACGCUAACUAUCAAAAAGGCCAGUAAUAAGGAUGAAGGUAUACUCACCUGUGAGGGUAAAACUGACGAAGGCAUUAUUAAAUGCCAGUAUGUUGUGACCCUUUCUAAAGAGCGCUCCAGUGAACCAGCAUUCAUCAUGCAGCCUAAGUCUCAAAAUGUCAAUGAAGGACAAGACGUAUUGUUCACCUGUGAAGUUUCUGGGGAGCCUUCUCCUGAAGUUGAGUGGUUAAAGAAUAAUCAGCCUAUUGCAGUUUCAUCGCACCUCAGAGUAUCCCGCUCUAAAAAUAUAUAUUCUCUUGAGAUUCGAAAUGCUGCAGUGAGUGACACUGGAAAAUACACAGUCAAGGCAAAAAAUUACCAUGGGCAGUGUUCUGCUACAGCAUCUUUGACUGUACUCCCUCUAGUUGAAGAACCUCCGAAAGAGGUAGUAUUGAAGACCAGUGGCGACGCAAGCAUGCACGAAAGUUUUUCUUCUCAGUCCUUUCAAAUGGCUUCUUCUAAACAAGAGGCUUCAUUCAGCAGUUUCAGCAGUAGCAGCAUGACUGAAAUGAAAUUUGAAAGCAUGUCUGCCAAAAGCAUGUCCUCCAUGAAAGAAUCCUUUGUAGAGAUGAGCUCCAGCAGUAUUAUGGGGAAAUCUAGCAUGGCUCAACUGGAGAGUUCAACUAGUAAAAUGCUUAAAUCAGGUCUGAGAGGAGUACCACCCAAAAUCGAAGCUCUCCCAUCUGACAUCAGCAUUGAGGAAGGAAAAGUUCUCACACUAUCCUGUGCCUUUUCGGGUGAACCUGCUCCUGAAAUAACAUGGUACUGCAGAGGGAGAAAAAUUACGAGUCAGGACCAGCAAGGCAGAUUCCACAUUGAAACCAGUGAAGAUCUAACUACCCUGAUCAUCAUGGAUGUCCAGAAGAACGACGGUGGACUUUAUACUCUGAAUUUAGGGAAUGAAUUUGGUACCGAUUCUGCCACUGUGAAUAUAAAUAUCCGAUCACCUUAGAGAGCUUAAUCUGUAUUAUUUACACUUGUAUUUUUACAAGUGAUUCAUAUAUGGACUGAAAUAUCUGAUAUGUAAAUAUAAAAGAAAAAUAUUUUUUUACCUACCUGAACGAGACAAAGUCCAGAUCUAUACAUUAUGACUUAUAGUCAUUAUUGACCUAAGAAUUUAAAACACUUUUUUCACUGACAUGUACAUACUGUAUAUAGCCGAAGUUAACGGUUAUGAAGUUUUGUACCGUUUAUUUUAUGACAUUUUGAAACGUAACUUUUGGAACUAACAGUUGGUAGGGGAAAGUUUCCUAGCAAAUGACUACCCUGCUCAACAUUUAACUAAUUUUUGCGCCUCAACUCAUUGUUGAUGUCUAAGAAUGCCUCAACAGGUAGAGAAGCUCCCUGUUGAAGAUUACCUACGCCUAAGACAUGAUACUGUGCACAGUAUUUCAUACGUGCACAAAUAUUUAUGUUGAAUCAGAAAUGUAAGGCAUUGGUGAUGUUUGCAAUUACCCUCCUGUAAGCAUUGCUUUAAUGCUUUACAUUGGAUCUGAUUACGUCAUAAUUUUCAUACCUGACUGACAAUUUCUGAACAAAGUGCAAGCGGCCAGCACUUUGUUCACCCACUGUGUACUGUUUCUGACACAUUGACUGCCUGAAUAGCUUUUAAAAAAGUAACAUCACCUGGCCAUCCCCUUAAUCAACAGAGCUAUUUAGGUAUUCAAGUGCAGCAGCAGUACCCCAUCUCGGAGGUUCUUAGGGUGCAGUGAUUGAGUUUGUGUGGUAGUAUUAGACACCCAGUAGUCACUUCCGGGCAACUAAGCAAUGAACCACAGUUUGAAAACAAACUGUUGCUACAACAUCAAAUACCAGCCUGCACUUCAAUUUGCUUUAGUUCUCCUAAUGUAGUAAUAGAGCUUGGUAGCUGUUGAACCUCCUAGAGAUAGAAUUGUUCAUUUGAAAUAAAGCAUGCUUUCUGCACCAUAAAA